AUGAAGCGAAGGAGAACGCGUACGCCUUCGGAUGCAGGUAGUCCUCCACAGGAAAAGAAAACGGUCAAAUCUUCAACCAGUUCCAACUCUUCUUCGAUUAAAGACGGUCCUUCUAAAUCUUCAGAUGCCCAAAAUGCCGCCAACCUGGAAGAAGCGGAAGUGGAAAAAAGAACUGCUGAAAGUGAUGUUAAGUCGUUCGAGAAAGGAACGGAGGAGAUCAGGAAACUUGUAGCUGACAUUCAGGGGCAAAAAUUCGCGGUAAGUAUCAUCUGUUGCUAGGUGCCAUGGACUCGAUAUCAACAAGCAAUGUUAAAUCAUGCUUCCAUCUAUAUCUGUCACUUUGUCUGGUAAUUGUCUUGCACCACUCCAGAUCUAAUAAUGUAAAAAAAAAAUGUUGAAAUGUAUCAUGGUGGAAACAAGGUUACUUGCCCUUUUUUUAAAAAUCAGAAUGCUGAUACAAAUGAGUCCAGAAUCAGAUGUACACUGCUGUUUACAAUCUUGAAAAAGCUCAACCGACUUGCUCACAUGAGAUGCAAGAAAUCCAGAGAAAGAACCCAAGAGGUAUGACCAUAGUACUAAACAUGCAAUAAAGUAUACAUAGUAAGGAUGUAUAGUAUAAUUCAGUGAUUCACUGGUCAGAACAUGUUCAGAGCUGCAGAUGACUUUUGGUCAUUGGACAAAGUCAAAGUGGGAAAACUGUGAUCACCAGAAAUAUUUCUGAGAUGUUAUUGUGUUGCAAGAAAAAAGUCAAUUGGACAUGGGAAACAAAACUUUAAGCAAGGACAUUAACUAGUUUGAGGUUUUGAGGCUAGUUCACCUGUCCUGAUCUUUGCUGUGAUUGGUCAUAACACAAUAAACAUUCCUCAAAUAUUUCAAGUUUUCAAGUUUUUGCCAGUUUGACUGUAACUAUGGCUUAUGUCUGAAGAAAUCAUUUCUGUGAUUGGAUAUAUUAUAACUGGACAAAUCAAAUACUAAACAGUGUCAUUUUAAAUUAAAGCUGAAGAUUUGCUUAAUUACAAAUAAAACGUAUAAGUCAACGAUGUAUUUCUAAGAACUUUUCUGGUUUGUCUGAGCAAAACAUUGACCUAGUCAAACAUGUUUCCUUUCCAAAAAGGGAAAUUGUUUACAGGUCUAAAUGUGAGUGCACCCCUGAAAAAACCACCUUGACUAAAGUUGGGAGGUUAUCCCUGCUAGAACAUGUCUAAUAGGUUGGAAAGACUCCACUAAUCUUAAUACAGAGAGGUGGCACCCGGCUGUGUACAAACAUUUUGACUACUUUCCUUAAAUCAGAGAGUUGAAAUGAUCUGUCAGGGCUGCAACAAUAUAAUGUCUCUUUUUGGAAAGAACAUGUGCCUUAUUAUGCCACCUUUUCUCAUCAGACAAACCAGAAACACUGUAGGGUAUACUUUUUGUUAACUUAACUUUCUGUAAGAACUAUGUAAAUCUUCAGCUUCAAAUUAUUAGAGUCUCUCAAAGCUCUUAGGAAGCACAACAUUAUUGCGGUUCAACAUCGUUUUCACAAUUUCACUUCUUUCAGGCUAAACAAAAGGUGGACAGUCUUCACUUGCAGUUACAAAACCUUCUAUAUGAAGUGAUGCAUUUGAAAAAAGAAAUAACAAAAUGUCUUGAAUUCAAGUAAGUGAAUAAUUUUAAUUUUGUGUUUGUACAUGUCAGGAGCCUUGUUUUUAUAAUAGGCUCUGUAAAGUGUACAGUAAGAGUUAGAAACUAAAUGCAAAGAAGAUCAUUGCAAUUCAAGUCGCAACUUACUUGCCUUACUGGGAAAUCUGUUGCUUAGACCAUAAAUAAUUCACAAAGAAAAAACUAUUGAAGGGUGGAGAAGGUCAUUAAGCUUUGAUGUGACUUAUAUGAAUCUCUGUUAUGAAGGUCAAAGGAUGAAGAAAUAGAGCUGGUUUCAGAAGAGGAGUUUUUUAGGGAUGCACCUAAAGAAAUUUCAAAACCGGUAAGUGACCUGUUAUAAUAGUGACCAUGGCAAGAAAACAAGGAAAAGUGUGUAACAGUUUCCAUAAAACACGUAAAAAGCAGACUGUGUUUUACACCGGCCUUGAUAGUAGAAAUUUGUGUUUGAAGUUAAAAAUAUGGAAGAAUUCCUUUUCUUAGCUACUUUCUUUGGGGAAAAAAGUCACAUUUUCCAUCUUCCUUUGCAAUAGGAUGACAGGUGCUAAGGGCUAGUUUGAAAGAAGUACUAAAGAAUGUGUUUGCACUUUGCAAAGGUGCUACAGUUUUGAUCUUGUGUUGUAGGUGGAGCAAAAUUCAUUUGUUGUAAAAUAUGGCUUGGAUUCUACUUAUGGAAUUUAAGAUACUUUCGAUGCAUGUCAUUUCAAAGAGAUUUCUCACUAAGCAUUGGAUACUGUAGUAACACCACAGGAUUUUGUCCAGACUUAAAAAGUGUAUAGUGACAAAUAGUCUCACCAUAACAUGGUUUUGAAGUUGAAGGAUUUAAAAGAAAAGCAACUGAACCUUUAUAUUAACUUUUCAGCUGAUCUGUAAAUUACAAUGUCUACAUACUUCCUCAGAAAAUUUAAUUAUUACAAUAUUUUCACUAAGCAUGUGUUGAAAAAAAAAAGAUUGACAGUCAAGGUUAGAUAUUGCUUAAAAGUGGUAAGAGCACUUGUGUAGAUGUAAAAGUGUGGUAAUUUUCCAAAACUUUUAAUUGUAAAGGAAGUUACCAAGACAGAUGCUCAUCAGCUGAUGUUAGCAAGACUUGACUGGGAACUGGAGCAAAGAAAAAGGUAUUUUGUCACCUAGAAAGUGUUUUAUGACUAAGGUUUGUAGAAGGAUGUUAAGGAGAUAGCUUUCUGUAUUCUAUAUUGUUAUGGAACGAAGUAAGAAAGUAAAACGAAGAAACAAGCAAAGUUAAACUUUGAUGAAAUGAUUUUCUAUGAGUAUUUGGGGUAUCAAAGUGUAUGUUUCUUGACCCCUUUUUGUCUCAAAUUGGAACUGCUGUGUGUUUCACAUAAACUGUUUGGUUUUAGAAUAGGGUAAGUUUUUGUAGCUUGUGGAACCAGGGUCUGGAAUUGCAUACCUUUCUUAUUCUUCAUCUUUUGCAAACAGCAGUUCAGGUCUGAAACAGGGCAGGUAAUGAUUGCUAAUAAUUAGCAAUUAUUUCUAAAUUAUUGCUACACAAGAAAAGGAGGGGCCUUGACUAUCUGGGUAUUUUUUAUUUUGCAAAGCAGUAUACCCAAUUUUUUUGAAGGUUAGUCACUUAAACAAGUCAUCUGUGGUGGAAAGAUGGGUAUUUUUAGAGCAAAGCAUUACUGGUAAUUGUUUUAAUUUUUGAACUUGUUUUGAACUCUGUUCCAAUUUUCACUUCAAAUGCCUUUGCAGACUAGCAACCCAAAAAGAACAGUUUCUGAAAAAAAAGGAAUCGUUAUCAAAAGAGAUCCACACCAAGAAAGAAUUCUUGGACAGUUUGCAACCAAGAUUAGAGAAUAUAUUAAAGGUAAAGUGUAGUGAGGCUGUGUUGUAAAAUUUUAAGGUAUUAUUUUAAUCUAAAGGAAAGUCAAAUUUGGUGAGUGUCAGGUCACCUGAAUUGUUGACAUAUCCCUCACCUCACCUCAGCUGGAUUUUUGUACAGAAUGGGUCAUUACUUCUGGUGAUCUCAGAUGCAGUAACUUCAGUGUAGUGCUGCUAAUUGUUUCAUGCUGUAAAAACAGAACUUUAAGUUACCAGGGGAUAAGUUAGAGGGGUUGCAUCACGGCUGUCUUUAGUUUAUUUUUUGAUAUUGCUAAUUAUAUAUCUCUAUUCGCAAUGGACCUCAUAACUUAAGUGAAGAAAUAACUGGCAAAUGACAGAAUCACAGCUUCUUUUCACACAAAUAUAUCUCCCAAACAUCACGUCAAACAUUAUAAACACCAAAAGGAACUUUGAAAAACUGUAAGGCUGAAAAGUUUUCAAUAUCUGCAAUUGCAUUCUGGUUUAAUCUCCUUCAAAUUUGUCCAUCUGUGCCUUCUGUUUUGUAUGCUAUGUUAUUUAUACCUUGUUUUAAUAUUUUGAGGAGUUAUUUUCAUGAUUCACUCAAUAUGGUGGCAUUUCCUACCGUGAGAAUUGCAAUAAAUUUUGUGACACAGCUCCUUUAACAUUAUUAAGCAAAAGACUAUAGCAUUUGGAAAAUGUAACAAUACACUGAAGAAAACAUUCACAUAACUCCUCCUCCACAUCACGGCAACUUCCAUUUCUCUUGCAUGUAGAAACAACCAACAUUUUGUGAUCCCACCACUGGUUGCCCUGCGAAAUAAUGUCUACAGUAUGGAUUUUUUGCACUUUUUCAUUACAUGUCAUUUUGCGGGGGAAACCAGUUCUAGCAUCACAAAAAGGCCAGAUGUUUUCUCAGGCUACCUUUUCUCAUGCAGCUGUAAUUUGUCAAGCUGUUGUCUUUCCUUAGGCUACCCAGCCUGUGCAAGAGUACAUGAACAUGCCGCUGGAUGCCAAGCGUGUACAACAUGAAACUGCACGGUAUCUUCCACAGCCUUUGUACAUUUUGUAUGUUCAAGCAACAGCAUACAAGGAAGCAUGUGAUUCUAAUUUAGAACUGAAGAUUCUUGGUGAUUUGGACGUUGCAAAAGCUGCCAUGGAAACUAAAACUGCUGCUAGAGGUUUGUUUUUUGAAUGAAGAAUAAGUCUGCAAUACUCUGUUGAGAGUGAAGACUUAAAUUGGUAAAGUGAAGUAAAAGACAUUGUUUUACUUAUAUUGAGCAUUCCUUGAAGUUUUGAAUGCUUGCCUCUGGACCCUAAUGCACAAUCCAAUGCAGGGUUAUUUAAAUAACUUGUGAAAGCCGACUCUUUAAAGGUAAUCAUUCUAUAAACAAAAUUACAAUUUGAAGAGAAUCUUUAUAAAAUUCUCGCUGACCAUGGAGCUUACUAUGGAUCUGCUGUCUGUAUGACAUGCUGGGCUUUGUUCCCAUCUAAAUGUCAUGUACUCUGAAUAGUAAGUCCAAUGAGGUUGAAAAAAAUUAAUAGACCUUUAUAUGAGUGUCAUUAAUCAAAUCAAACCAUAAUUUCAAAUAUGUGCAGAACUCCUUGAAAGAGUUAUUGUCAUGACGUUGUAGAUUUUACAUGAUCAUACUGAAUUCCAGAAAUACAUUCUCUAUCUGAAAUUACAGUUUUCUGUUAUACAGUGUAGCACAUUGAGUUGCAAUAAAGUAUUUUUAAGCUAAUACAUGUUUUGUUUUCUUGUAGAUGUGGACAGUGAUUCAGACCAAGAAAAUGCUGAAGGACAUAAGAGGGUGAGAACGCAAUAAUUAUAUUUUAUCGGUAUUGACUUGUUUUUCAAGCUUUACGGUGUAUCUUGUUGAUGAAAACAAAACAAAAACCAUUCUAAGUUGUCCAAGUUACUCAAUAAUAACCUGGUUACCUAACUAAGUGCUGCUGCAGACAAUGGUAGUCUUUACACUAGAGCCUAAAUAAGCUAAGAAAUAUUUCAAGACAAGUAAAUUUUAAAUUCUUCAAGCAAAAGGAAGCUUCACACACAACCGUUUCUUUUUUACUUCAGGUUAACUUAAGGCUAUUUUCCCACACAACACAAUUAAUACUGAUUGACGUGAUUCACGUUUUUCAAAGCUCAAGAAACCACAGUUUUAAGGAAUGAUGGUUUUCAAGUCACUUGGGACUUUCUUGAAUUGUUUCAACUUUCCAACUUUAGUGAGAUGCAAAGUAAAAUAACUUGAGAUUUAAUUUAGGCCUUCACACAUGUAUCUUUGGUUAAUAAAACUUAGCAGCCCUUAAGUCCUACUAGUGUCAAGGCAACUAAUGUAUAUUUUCUUACUUUGUAAUCCUUUUUAGUCAAAACACAGGAGAAAAAAAGAAGAAUCUCGUUUAGAGGAGAAGAGAAAGUUGCUGCUUAAGAAACAUCCACUUCAAAUCCUUGUGCAAGUUCGGUGUAAAGGUUAGAUCUAUAGUCAUUAGAAUAUUAUUGUCAUUGUUUUAUUGAAAAAGUCCAAUGAAUAGUGCCAAUGUUUUUGCUGUUCUUUUUGUACUAAAUGGUUUAUUUUCAUUAUUUUUGUAGACAAAGCAACAGUAGACUUGUUGUUCUCAUAUUUGCCAACAUUCAGCACAGUUGUAGUAUCACCUUCUUUGUCGUUAACUGAAGCUCUCCCUGAACCUGUAUUGGCAAACAGGUGAGUUCAUGACAAAUGAUGAAGAUUACAUGAAAGCUGGGGAUGGAUAUGGCACUUCCUCUUGCAAAUGUUAACAUAUAACUGCUUGCUGAAACUUCAGAGCAAUUAAUGAUCCCAUGGUUAAAAAAAAAUUAUUCUUCUUGACAAAUGAAAUAGAAUUUUUUGGUGCAAAUCGACGUUGUAGUUCAAAAUCAAAUUAUUAUUCCGAUUCAAAGGGUUUCAAUGUAGUUUAACUCUCAAUAUCCCUUGUCCUCUUGAAGAAUUUUUUAUUUUGGUGCAAAUGGAGUUCUAACCAGCCGAGGAAGUAAUUUGUGAGGAUAGAGAGAGAGAGAGAGUAAUCUGCAAACUAAGUUAAAUUAACAGUUACGAGGCUUAAUGUUAUAUAAAGCUUAAACCUUAUAUAUAAUGCUUAAACCUAAGUGCCAGCUCAUCACAUGAUGUGGCAUGACAUUUGCUAGGGACCUUAAAAGAAGACUUGACUAUUAGUACCAGUUUAGGGCUUAGUAUGAGUUUGAGCACCAAUCUUAUCCUGAACAUUUAAUAACAUGUUAGUCAGCAACAGGAAAGAGUUAUAGUUGUGGGGGGAGGGGGGAGUACAUUAGCUUGCAAUUGUUAAGAACAGAGAUAUACUCACACUCGAUUCAUAUUUGUGGUCAAGUCUGAAGGUUGCUAUUGUGAUGUCAUUACUUGUGAAGUAGGACACCUUGAUCAUUUCCACAAACUGCUUGGGUGUCCCAAACUCUGCACAAUUUACAAUGUAUUCAAACAAUCUCCAGGCCCCACCUGAUACAUGUAGCAGUUGCUCAGGCUUCUGAAUGGUCUUCCUUCAAGUAAAUAGACCUCUCUCUUUCAGUAAGGGUGCACAGGAGCAAUAAGCACAACUUUCUUUAAAUAUGCCAAUGUGCCAAGUCUUUUUUUCAGUAAUCUUGUUUUUGUUUUCAGCACUAUUUUGUCCCCCGAUUCACUGUUGACAAGUUUAUUUCCUGAUGACAGUGGAAAAAAGGCACCAAAUCCAGCCAGUCUCUAUCAGCUUGCUAAAGUUGGGUAAGUAAAGUCCUCUGUUAUAGUCAUGGACUUGUCUGUGUGUAAACUCUUUAGCCUUGGUUGACCUCACUAGUGACACAUGCAUGAACAUGUGCUCCGGAUAAAGACCAGGCCCUAAUUGUUCAAACACGUGAUAAUGCUGUCGACUGGAUAAAUCACUCUCCAGUGGAUAAGUAGUAGGGGAAACCAAUUGUGCAAUCCAGUGGAUAGAGUUUUAUCUGGUGGAUAGCAUUAUCCCCUUUUAAACAACUGGGGCCUGGAUAUUUCUCUCCACCUGUGAUAAACUUAAGGUAACAUACUUCUGUAGGGGCAGACAUAAAAUUUUGGUGCAACUAAUGUUGGUGCAAAAGAAUAAUUUCAAAAAAUGCAAGCAUAAAACUUUGUUACUCGUGCUUGUGCCUUUUACUUUUUUUGUUUAUGGUCAGUUGCACACAUCUAUACAAAAAAAACAGAAGGCUUUUAUAUUCUAAAAGGACAUUGCAAAAAAAAGACAUAAAAUGUCUUCAAUUUUGAAAUAUUUUCAGCCAAAAUCAUGAUAAGCACCCAUUUCCACAUUCCAGUAAUAUUACUUGUUUAUAACAAUUCACGUCAUAAAUAAUAAUUGUGUUCUUUCAGAAUUAAAGACUUUGCAGAGUUUGUUAAUCAAGUCGGCAAGCCUUACAUGUGGGCUCAGAGGAUAUGUGGACUUGACUUUUUACCUGAAGAAAUACACGUAAGAGGUUUCUUUGAUUUGUUUAAUAUACAUAGACUACUUUGCCAAUUCUCUUGUUAUGAUACAAAAGGAAUGUCUUUUGCAUUUGUCUUUCAAAUAUUUUGAGUUAUAAGUUUAACCAUUCAUCUCUACAGUUCAUGAUUCUUCCUAGACAAAGUGAAAGUUACUUUUAUUGAGCACUACUUUCCCAAGCCCUAGAAAACAGCCAACAUUUCGCGAAGCCCCACCGGUUUCCCUUUGAAAUGUUGUUUGAGGAACGACCGCAGAAAUUCCAUACUAAUAAUUAUUACAUGUCACUACACAGAUCUGGGUAGUGUUUCUGAUUGUUUGAAGCAAAUUUCCCUUGGGGCACAACCAAUAAGAAUCACUACCUAGAUCAUUAUGGAUUUUCUACAGUCAUUUUUCAAACUUUGCAUAGGAAACCAGUGAUGUUGUUGCAAAAUGUUGGCUGUUUUCUCAGACUAUACUUUCCGAAGUCUUUUUUACAUGUCUUGGAUGCAAGCGCAUAGGCUUUUAUCCUUUAAGUAUAUGGAUAGAAGUGUGAUCAUACUUACAGAAGCUACUAGCAUUAUUCCUGUGAUGCUGGUUAUUGUUAUUAAUUUUUUGUAAAGGUGGCUUUUUUUUAUUCUUUGGAUGCACAAAGAGUGUUGCCAUUGAAAUAAAAGCUCCUCACGGAAGCUGCUGAGCAAUAAGUUCUUGUCGUGUUGUCUAUUACACUUUAAAACAUGGCUCUACCUUUUGAGUUUGUGAAUGAAAUCCCCUGAGCAGUUAUUUCCUGUGGUGGCGGCGGUGGUAGAAGUGAACUUUAUUAACAUCUGAAGCGCAAAGCUCUAAUUGGUGACACAAAUACAGAUAUAAAAUAAGACAUAAAAAAGAUAAUAUGAUAGCUUAAAAUUAGGGCUGUUUACACAAAAAAUUCUAAAAUACUUUAUGUGAAGUAGUCAUACAAGAAGAGUAAUUAUUUUGUAAAAAAAAGUGAACAUUUAAUUAAACGAAAGUUCACGAGUCUUGUUUUGCCUGAUUUUUCAGUAGUGUCUUAUUAUUCACUUACCGGUAUUUUGACUCUUUUUUUUAAUAAUAGUAUUAUUUUUUUAGUAAUAAAUAUUUCUUUGUUUAACAGGACGUUGUUGCCAAGUCAUCAGUAAGCUUGUCACACAUGGAAGCUACAAUCAAAGCCAUCAGGACAAGAAUCCUAGCUAGACUCGCUCUUCAGCAACAACUUACGUCCUUAGGUAGAAACGGCGGAUUGUUUUCUGCUUAUAUUUCUUAACUGUAAGCGGUCCCCGGCUACUUAGGUUCUUCAAAGGUGGUUUUUCGCGUGAAAAUUUUUCAUCCAAUUUAUCUUUUCAUUCUGUAUCGUGAUGGAACAUUCCUCUGAAGGAACGCUUAUCGAAUGGUUUUUGUUGCCGCCAAUCGUCGAGUAAACGAUUGGCGAUUGUGUAACACCGUCUGGAGGCCUGUCUUGGAGAUUUCUUUGUUGUGAGAUCGAAAUGUCGUUGUAGCACAAGGGAGGCCUAUGUUAAAAGCUAACUUUCACCCCCCCCCCUGCGCCCCCAAGCCAGAUAGUGAGGGGCUCUACAGGAAGUUGUUUGCCUUCCCAACUUAUUCCCUUUUACUGGUUUCUGAGUGAAGUCAGUGUGUUAAAGUAAAUAAUCUGGGCGAGUUGAGCUUAACAGAGAUUAGAGAAUUCUCAGAAUGGAUAACAAUGAUUUUUUUCUCAAAUGUUGGUAAAUUUCAUCAGUUUCUUUUCGAAGUCUAAAUUGAUAUUAGAACUUGCGCAACUCACCGGGGGGACUGGGGAUCUUCAUCAAAACCGAAGGACUUAGGAAUACUUACAGGACCGGGACAAAAGAAUGUCUUUUAAAGCACCUGCUAAACGAUCAAACCUUUUUGUGCAACAUCGCGUUGGAAGAGCAUGUUCUACCGGUUUAGCCACCCCUCUCAACGUUGCAUUUAAAUGGCUUUCGUUCGAUGUUUUAUCUAGGUCAAACAUUUUUAUCCAACACUUCACAUCAUAAGCAAAUGUUUGACAUUUAGCAACGUCAUGUUGUCCAUCGAAAUACAAAACUGGACGAAAAAGAUCCAGGUCCUAACUCUCUUAAACUACAGUAAAACGGGCGACAAAAAACGUGCAACUUGUUUUGCAACAUGGCUGGAGAGCGAUGUUGCGCGUUUGCCACCCACGUUCGAACCUUUCUUGGCACAAAUAAGGUUGCAAGAGUAUUUUUCGUUGGUAAACGCGUAACAUCGCUAUUCAACUCGUUUUGCAGCAAUGCUGCAAAACAAGUUGCACCUUUUUUUGUUGCCCGUUAUACCAUACCUUUAGAAGAAAGACUGCCGUAAGAUUUUUCUGUUGCUGUUAAUAAACGUCUUUGAAUGGAAGCUUUAGUAAGACACUUGUUAGUAUUCAGAUGAAAUGUUGAUUUUUUUUUAGAGAGUCUGACGAUUCCUCAAAACAAAAAUUCUCUUCAAAUGUUCCCGAGCAAGAUAUCAUCGGGACUGACUUCCUGGCGCCCAUCAACUUUGGAAGAGUUCAUGGUAAGAACGAUGUCCAUAAACUUAUCCGGAACUACCAGCGGUGACUGCGUGUGUAACCUGGGAAAAGCAAUGUAGCCAGACACGAGAUCUUUACGAGUGGUUGCCGGGUUGGUUUACUGUUUAUCAAUCAAAUCUGUAGAUUUCGUUUGUUUUACAUGCAACGUAGUUGGAACUACAUCCUUUUUCAGAAUUCCCCUUUGGAAAAUUUCCAAGAUUAAAAUGGUGGUUCUUUUGGUCGGGUUAAGAUGUUACAAAUAAAAAAUCCGUUUCAUUUACACGUUUUGUAAGGUAAGCACCACAUCUAAAAGACUUCGGGCUUUCCUGACCAUUUCCAAGAUUAAAAUGGUGGUUCUUUUGGUCGGGUUAAGAUGUUACAAAUAAAAAAUCCGUUUCAUUUACACGUUUUGCAACUUAAACACCACAUCUAAAAGACUUCGGGCUUUCCUGACCAUUCCUCAUGUAGGAAUUACGAUUAUUUGUAAAGAAAACACCAAUUCUAUGAUCGUGGGGUAGAAGUCGGUUUAAGAGCGAACGUGAGGUUAAAAGAAAGUGACAGUUAAGAUUAAUCCUUCAUCUCAUUCUUUGUGUUGGUUCUCCGCUUUAGCGACCUCGUUUGAAACAUGCAGUUUAUUUUUCCAGGAGCAGCCAGUUCUUAGAUGCCUUAUCGAUGAUGGGUUUAUUGUAGAAGAUGACAUGCUUUAUCAAGCCGUGUUUGAAAGAGGAAAAGGUGAAAAAUCCUUGGCCUAUAAAUAAAUAAUAGAAAAAAAAGAGAAUAAGUAAAUGAAACACUAAGACGUUUAACAGUAUUCAGGUUGAAAUGUCUUCUAAAGUGUUGACCUUCUAUCUUAAUGGUCGUUGGAGUACUUAUGUUUACCACUAACAUGACAUGAGAAAACCGAAAAUUCUGUUUGGAAAGUCAAAUGAUUUGCGCUAUUUUGUUUGGAGAGCUUCAGAAACAUGGGUUGUGAUUUGAGGGGACGCAAUUUUUCUACUCUUGUUAGUUUAUUUAGCUGAUUUUGAUAUACAUCGGGGGCACCCAACGACAAUUUUUGGAAAAUAUCUGUUCGGAAGACGAUUUGAGAUCUAGAAUUUUCGGAACAUUUGUUGUAAAAUUUCUUCGCCGCUUGCCUGCCUCCCCUAGGAUUUUCGAACAUCUCAAUAAAUGGUAUAAUUGCCCAUUUUUUAACGGAUUUUUACCCUAAAAAGGUCACCUAGAAUUUUCGGGGGCCUUAUUUCUGGCUGAAAUUUUCGAAAAGGUAAGUUUUGAUCCCUAUAAUUUUCUGAUCAUUAAACGUUCAGCUGGGAAAUCCGAACAGAUAAAAAUUUUUAGGGGAUAAAAAUGUGUCUGUAUCUACCGUUCAAAUACUAAAAUACGUUCAACAAUGCUAUGUUUAAGUGGUUUUGAACUAUAUUCUCGUUGGAUGCCCCUGAUACAAUACAUUAUAGCGAAUGGUUUUGCCGCCACAUCAAAUUUUGUAGUUUAGUGUUCAUGCACAAAAUUUCCUCUUGGUUAGUUUGGGUAUAUGGUAGGCGCCCUUGGUCUUCCUGGUCGUAAUCCUCCUCCUCCGUCUCAGUAUCGUUAUUGUCCAAAUAGUAUUAACAAAAAAUUCAGGUAACGGCUUUGAAUUUAUUGUUGAUAAGGGGAUCGCUUUGCUAUAAACUACACCUCUACACGUUACGGAUGUAAAUUUGACUCAAGUUUGCAAGAAAAUUCAGAAUCACAGUCACAAGCUUAAAUUCAGUUUAGACUGUAGGCAGGGAGGGGGACUGGUUUUACUUGCUGUAUUCGGCCCUAAACCCUCUAGCCUGUUACAGGCGUUCAGAUAGUGGGGAGCGGUGCAAAGUAAAAGGGAGGGCGAAAAAGUAAAAGCGAGGGAGGAGGAGAGGUGAAAUGGGGUUGACAGACCUGCGCAGCUCCUGCUGUGUGACCGUUGUGUUGUUAUAAGCCUUUACAGUUUUGCUUUAACAAGCAUGUCUUUGAGCGACUUUCCUUUUCUAUAAGAGAUCAAGGGAGGUUCCUUGAAUAUCUCUCUGAGUAGUGGCUGGUUUUCUAUUAAAUGCCAUUUUUCCAUUAGUAUGUUUUUCAAACCUGGUAAUGACGGUUGAAAUUGCGUGACAAAGGGUAAAAGUAUUUUUUGCGCUUUCUGUUUUUGUGUCAGAGCUGUCGCUCUAUCUGCAUAUUUAACUUCUGAGAGGAUCUUUUCUACCAUACUCUCUGGGUAGCCUCUCGAGAUAAGGCGUGUUUUAAAGUUUUUAAUAUUCUUGUCAAAUAUGACUUUAGAAGAGUUAGUUCUUAGAAGUCUAAGAGCCUCUCCUUUGACAAAACCUUUUUUAACGCCUGGUGGGUGGCAGCUGUUAAAGUUAGUGUACUGAAACGUUUCAGUAGAUUUAAAAUGUGUGCGCACGUCGAGAAUUCUUUCUUUCUCAAAUCUCUCUCCCUUAUAGACUGUCGUGUCCAAGAAUGUGGUUUCAAUUUGUGAUAUUUCAGCAGUGAACUUGAUUGUAGGAUGAAAAGAAUUGGCUUGCUCAAUGAAAAGAUCUAUAUCUUCUUUGUUUGUGUCCCACAAAGAGAAUAUGUCGUCAAUAAACCUUUUCCACGUUAGUGGUUUCCUUCUGCUUUGUUUUAAGAUCUCCUUUUCUAUUGUUGCCAUAAAAAUGUUGGCAAAAGCUACUGCCAUUUUCGUGCCCAUAGCAGUUCCGUGAGUCUGGAGAUAGUCUUUCCCAUUGAAAUGGAAAGAGUUCUCUUUAAGGAUAAGACUGAGCAUUUCUUUAAGCAGGUGUGUAGCUAUAGGAGGGUUUUUGUCAUGAAAUUUUUCGUAUGCGUUGCAUACUAUAGUAAUUCCUUUCAUCGCUUUCUCUACUCCACACCGCUCUCCACUAUCUGAACGCUUGGAACAGGCUAUAAACCCUCGCUUUCAAAAAGUUAGGCCAAGUACAAUACAAUACAAUACGCAAAACUAAGCUAGUUGAUACUUCGUUAAAAAGUUGAAAAGUUGUUUGUGUAUGUGUGACGGAAAAAAGUAUGCGGCUAAGACGGCUAUAUAUUAAUUUUUUUUGGAUAUUGGCUUGGUAAGCCAAAACAUUUUUGUCUGACUUCGGUCCUAAAAGAAAGUCUGUAGAACCAAACGGAUCUACUAAGAUUGGUAGUCGAAAAUUAAACUUAUUAUACGGCUGAAUCCGCGAGCGGGAAAGAUGAAGCGAAUCCUGCGUUCUGAUUGGCUACGCGGGAGGCCCGCUCGGGAUUUCCCGCGUUGGCUCCACAAGAAAAAGUUAUCUUUUUGGCCAUGUAAUAGAUCCUUUAUUGACCAAGCUUGUUCGAAAAAGAUGGCUGCACAUUCACCUCGUUCUAUUUCUGCGUUUUUCAUUGACUAAGACUUCGUCUCGGUCAAUUUAAACGCGAAAAAGAACUUGGUCUGUAUCCAGCUAUCUUGACCGAACAAGCUCGAUCGGGUUAAUUACUUAAUAGUGAGUGAAAGAAAGUUUUGGCUCGUGAAUGGAACUUAGAUGCGUGAGAAUAUUGAUUAAAGAGAGACCGAGUACGCGUGAUCGACUAAGCCGUUCAGUUCUGUUUCUACCUUUUCUUUUCAGCACAGCUCAAGGCUUCGGUAAUCGUGUCUCAAGAAUAUCCAACAGCACCGCCAUUUUUCUCAGUUGAAGUAUCUUGUGGAAAGACCAUAAUUAGAGACAGCCUCACAAAGGUAUUGGGCCAAAUGUAGGCUUUACUUUAAAAGGAUAGGUCCCCUAAGUCAAUUAUAGAAGUCAUUGUCAUCAUUAGAGGCUCAAUUUAAAAACACCUUCAUAAGUCUAUCACCAAAUCUUUAAAAACUACAAAUUAUUAUUAUAUACAAGAAUAAUUUAAUUCAGUUGGUCAGGGAAAUUUUACAUUUGUUAGGGAAACGUCAGGGAAUUUCAGAAACCUCUGGCUGUGGCAACCAUGUAUAAGCACAGCUCUGAAGCCUCUCCAAAUUUUCUGUAUUAAAUACCCUGUCAUAGCACAUCACGGAAAGAGAUCGCUUGAAAUGUGGUUUCUCACAUAGAUUCGAUUCUGGUGUUUAUACAAACGUGCCCACGUUGCAGUGUUACUGUGCUUUUCACAAACAUGCGAACUCUAAAGUUCAAAAGACGCCUUCACAAUUGCGUUUUUCGCUGCCGUGAAUCAAAAUUACGACCACAAGCAACGAACCUUGAAACACAGUAACACACAAAACGGAUCGAAAUCCACCAAUCACAAAUCACAAACCAUGACCUUUUGAACCCGUUAAAGUAAAGUUUUGUUUCCUAAGAGGUCCGUCAAGAUGAUUGACGGCAGCGAGAAACGCAAUCGUCAGUUGGCUUUUGAACUUCAGAAUUCGCAUGUUUGUGAAAAGCGCAGUAAAUUAUUACUGAGUUCUCAGUUCAUUAGUCACAAAACGUAAGCUUGUCGAAUGCGAAGACGCUGGCCCAAAAGGACAAAAUUGUUAGGCUGUCGUUUUGCUUCAAAUUCCAUGUAAAGCGAACGGCCGCAAGUAGAACAACGGUAAAAAAUGAAUUGCUUGAUUUUCUCGCAUUUAAUUGUAGUGUCGAAAUCAACCCUGUUGCAGGAGGGGUGGGUGACCCCCCACCGAACCCCGAUGUUUUGCAGUUCACUCUUCAAGUCAGUUGCAUCUCUUCAGUUUAGGUCUGUUAUUUCAUUCAGCAUCUCAUGUAUUUUGUUGCUAAUAUGUUGCCUUUCAUGAAUCAUUCUUUAUAACAGGCUGUGGAAGGAGAAGUGAAUGUCUUUUACCCAGAGCUUACUGCCGUUGACUCUCCUUUCAAUCUUCUAACCAAUCAGCUACGCCGUUUGCAAGUGAGUCAGCCAGUCCCCAAACAAUUAAAAAGAGAUGCCUUUUCUUACGGUCAUUACGAACACGGCAUUACUGCAUAGUGUUUAAGUUUCUGUGGAAACUGUUAAACACAACAACGGUGAUCUAAUCAGGAGGUCUUGGAUUCGAUGCUCACCAUUGUCAGAAAUAUUAUCUUUCUUCUUGUGUGCUCCUGUUUCCAUGCGUUGGAUAAAAUGGAGUUUGAAGAGAUGUUAUGACACUUGAAGUCACCCUUAUUUUUGUAGAAACCUGUUUGACUCUAUUAGUGUAUAUUCGAAAUAAACUGCAACCGAUUCAAAGCGAUGAAAUGUAAUUUAAUUUUCCCCAUAAGCAUUACCCGCAGCACUUUACUUUCCAAUGGAAACUACUCGUUUAGCCGCGUUUCUAAUUUGACUUUUCACUUGUAGAUGUGUUUUGAUAUUUAUUUGGAGAGUGGCAGUUUGAACCAUGUGGAGGGUGCUGAAACGUUCGAUCGGGAAAAGUUCUUCCUUCGCGUCAAGAAGUAAGUGGAAAUAACAUAAGCAUUUGCAAAGAACCAAAUGGAAGUGGAUUCAAAGAGCAAUCCAGUCUUGUUUUUGUGAAGUUGUGAGGACCUGGAAACAAAACUUCGCAGACAAGCAUCAAAUAAUUGCGGUCCUCGUAGCGUAAUAAAUUGAGACUUCUUAGCAACUGCAACUGAAAGAGUUUUGAAACGAUACAAGGAAAAUCAUAGACCGUUUUCACUGUUAGAACAACUUCUUACUGCCUUCGCGAAACGAGAUUUUGCAAAGGCAAAGAGUCGUAAGACAGAGAAAGGAGAGGGGGUACGUGUCGCCAAAGGCGAGGGGUAAGAGAGUCAGAAGUUAUAACCCAAAUAAGAACGGCGUUACUUGGCAAAAGAUACUGAAAUUUCGGGAUAGAUGGCUUAAAAAGGCAAAAGGUCUGCAAUGCCCUGGUGGGCUACGAGAAUACCAGCGUUGUGCGCAGGCAGAAUACGUGGUUAUUCCAACAGUGAAAAUAGUAAACCAUUUUCACUGUCAGAACAACCACUUAUUGCCUUCGCGAAACUAAGUUAUGAGAACUGGAGAAGCGAGAUUUUGGCACCGUCAUCAGCUCUAAAAUAAUCGAAACUGAGAAAAGGAGCUGAGCAAUGACAAACAGGCGCUUUAAUGAUGCUCUCUCCAAACCUCAGAAAAGAAAGGAAGCCAUUCCUUUUUACAACAUUAGGACAACAAACUAAAAGGUAAGAAGGAAAGAGGUCCGUUCCAGCUAGGGAAAUUACCCUCCUAAUCACACCAACAACUUCACAACUUGAGCCUUUUCAAUUUGCUACCAAAGGACCUGAGGGUGCGCCCCUGUAGACGAAAAGGAAAAAAGGCUGAAAUAACUAGCCUGAUAAGGGUAGGCCUGCCUCACAUACGUAAGCAACAACGACAAAACAAAACAAAUUAGGAAAGCGAGAUUAGCGCCCGCUAGCGCGACUGGACCAGGAACCCAUGUCCUAAGAUAGGUUAUAGGGUGUGGUUUAGAUUUCCCUUCUGUUCACGGCAGGGUUGGGAAGGGAAAAAAAGCCCAAUAAAAAAUAUAGCAACAAAAGGUGUGACAUACAACCAAACUCUUUCCAAGGUCGAACAUAUACUUGACCAGACUCUUUCUAAUACUGAACAGACGACUUAAAUUUUUGCCAGGUCGACACAUGAAUGAAAAUCUUCCACAGGUCGUGCACACUGCCAAAAUCUGUCAAAGGUCGGAAACAAGACCAAAUCUUUUUAAAUCGAACGCACGACCAGAGUUAGUCUUUCUGUGGCGGUCAACAUACGACCAAAGAAUCAUUCUAAUCAUUCUAAGGUCGAACACACAAUCAAAACUUCAUUGUAAGGUCGAGCACACGAUUUGAAAAAUCAUUCUCAGAUAGAGGACACGACCAAAAAUCUUUAUCAGGUCGAACACACGACCAAAAUCUUUCUCAGGUCGCACACACGACCAAACACAUUCUCAGGUCGAACACACGACCAAUAUCUUUCUCAGUUCGAACACACGACCAAUAUCUUUCUCAGGUAGAACAUGCGACCAAAAUCUUUCUCAGGUCGAACACACGAACAAAAUCAUUUUCAGUUCGCACAUACGACCAAAAACAUUCUCAGAUCGAACACACGACCAAAAUCUUUCUCAGGUCGAACACGCGACUAAAGUCUUUCUCAGGUCGAACACACGACAGAAAUCUUUCACCGGUCGCACACACGACCAAAAUCUUUCUAAAGUCGAACACGCGACCAAAAACAUUCUCGGGUCGAACACACCACCAAAGUCUUUCUCAGGUCGAACACACGACAGAAAUCUUUCACCGGUCGCACACACGACCAAAAUCUUUCUGAAGUCGAACACGCGACCAAACUCUUUCUCAGAUCGAACACACCCCAACAUUUUCUCAGGUCGAACACACGACCAAACACAACUCAUGGAUCGAACACACCAACAGUUCCUCAGGUCGAACAAACGACCAAAGUUUAUUAAGUCGAACAAACGAGUCUCAAAAUGCUUAUCCUCGGGUCGAACACAGCACCAAAUCAUUCUCACGUCGAAACGUACAAACCAACUGCAAGAAAAAGACGUGCGACAGAAUGCUGCAAUUAAUACAAGAGAGACAGAAAAUUUCGGGAAAACGCAGGCAAAUGAAGAACACAAUUAGGUGACAAACAAAAUUCCGGACGACUUAACUCACAUAAAGGCGAGACAAAAUGCAAGAUAGACAAAGCAAGUGUUAUCGGUAAACAAAGGUAGUAGGGAACUUAAGAUGGAGACGUUUUCGGAGCGACGGCAACUUCAACCGGACGUGACGUCAUGAUUUGUGCAAUAUUGCGCAUGCUCUUGCUCACCACAUUGUCGUCCUGCUCCCGUUGGCGACGUGAAACUGGUCUGUUUGGCGUUGUGGCGAGAACGUGAGUAUUUAACUUUCAUUUCAAUCAGGUUUGUUGCAUUUAGCAACCAGAAUUUUGCAGAUUAUCGUUUAAAAGGUCCUUGUUUUCUUUGAGUCACAUUCAAGCUCGAUCUCCAAGCUCUGUUCUUUAUAAUGUUUCUAUGUUUCAUGUCACAGAGUCAAGAUCCAAUCUGAUCCAAUAUGGCAAACAGCAAACCGUAAGUGAGCUUUACUUGGACAAAAUUGUCCUAUUAGCCAAAUGAAAGUGUCCAGACAAAACGUAUGAACUCCGAUAUUUUAAUUGUGUUUUUAGCUCACUUUUUUGGUUAGAGUAUCGUGUAAAUGAAACGUAUGUAUUGAAAAUUGUUUAGAAUAGAAGGUAAUACCACGUACUAACCUGGGAAUACUGAAAUAAAGUUGUUUUUGUUGCUGUUAUUGUUGUUUCAUGCAAGCAGAUAAGCAUUAAUUCUCUUAAUUUUUUAUGCGUAGCCAUAUUUUCCUCUUCGGUAGUCUUCGAAGGCGCCGUCCUCCUGAGUUCACUGCGAUCUUAAUGUUCGAAUUUUGGAGGGAAGCGACGACAGCCUCUGUUCCAGGCUUGCUCUGCCAGUCCGGUCGCCGUCGCCCCGAAAACGUCUCCAUCUUAAGUUCCCUAAUAACUGAAUAGCAUACGAACGCGGAAUAUAACCUGAGAAGAAACAGGAACCAAACCCGGAUGAAUGAGCCUAAAACUGCAGCAGCUUGUUACUUGGGCUACAGCGACCUUUCCGCCCCCUUCUUGAGGUUGUUGUUCUUGGACUUGGGGUUGUUUAAGGCCCCCCUUGUUCUAGUGCAUUAGCUUCCAAGUCGUUGGCCAAAACUUCGGAUUAAGUCCUACAGAAACGGGCAAGUAAAAUUUCCUUGGCCUUGGCGACGCGAGAAGAAACUCGUUCAACAAAUAUAACCCGGCUUAGAAAGGCGUUACUUGACAAAAAACGCUGAAAUCACGGGAUGGGUGGCUUAAAUAGGCAAAAGUACUCCCCCGAAACUUCCACACAAUUGUCCGCAAUGCCCUCGGGGGCUACGAGAAUACCAGCGUUGCGCGCAGGCAGAACCCGUGGUUAUUCUAACAGUGAAAACAAAUUCUGACUUUUACGUCAAGCUCUGUUCGACUUGUGCGUGAAAAAAUACACAUUUUUAUUGUGAGGCGAUUUCUAGCCAUCUUAGAAGACCUAAAUGUCCAAAUUUCCCGGGAAACUUUUCCCUGGACCUCCUACUAACACUAAUGUGCUUACGAUUAAGGCAGGAACACGCUGAGCGACAAGUUGCAGCAACACAUGGCGGUGACAAGUCAUAGCAAUAAAUCGCCUCGUGUGUCUGGAGCAUUUUUGCGCAAAUCUUUGUCAACGAAUCAAAUCAGAUUGAAUUCGUGCAACUUGUUGCGGGCGACUAAGAUUUUCACAUGAAGCGAUUUGUCGCUGCAACGUGCCGCGUAACUUCUCGCUCGACCUGGAAUCAAGGAGUGAUUUGUCGUCGAUGAUUUGUUGAUGAUUUGUCAUUUGUUGAGGUGACAUGUCGCCUAGUGUGUCCCGACGCGUUUGGUGCAGCCUCCUACCUCCCCACCAACACCUUAACUUGUGAAUGAUUUUUGAAGCUCACUGUAUCCCUGUUUUUUCUUUGUUCGCUUGUAUUCAUCCUUAGGGGCAGAGAUCGAGGCCUUCCUUUGAAAUAUGACGCAGGUCAAGGAUUGUUUACGCAGAGAUGACAGUUAGCACCAACCGAACUAGGAACUGUUUCUUAAACUUGCAUUUGGAUUUCUUUACAUGAACUUUUUUAAAAAAUGCGUCUUUGUUACAAGUGUUAACAUUUGCUCUUAAUGACGUUGUCCCUUCCUAAGGAAUCUGUGUCCUUAUUUGUUUGUUUACAAGAAACAAUGUGAAUUGUCUUGAUUAUAUGUACUGUGUUGGAGGUUGCACAGUCAAAAACGGAAUUAAACGCUACCCGUCAUCUUUAAAAAUACGGUUGUAGUUUAUCAUUUUACUUUAGUUAAUUUAUUUCUGAAAAUACAACGAUUUAAUUUUAUCAACUGAGUUGACGAGGAAGAUUGGCCACCGUAGGGGAAAUGAGAAGAUGACGUUUUGAGCGUCAAGCCUUUGUGAGGGAGAAUCAGGAAACUGGUUGUUGUGCGUAGUAUAGUUACCGUUUCGGUACCGAAAUUUGAAUUAAAGGACUGGUUUGGUAUGUGUGCGCGCAAGCGUAUGGUGUUCGACAUGUUUCGAUUUUCCUUUAAAUAAAAGCGUCGUCAGCAGACAGUUGGAUGAUGAUAUAGUAUCAAGUAAGUUUAUGUGAAUGUGCCCAAUAACGUUUCUUGUACGCCAGAUUUUUACCGGAGAGCAGCUGGUGUACGAACCAUUAACGACUUCACGCUGAAGGCGAUCGGUGAGAAAGUCUUUAAUCACAAGUUUUACGUUACCACAGAUACCACAGUAAUCAACUUUGCCAAGCAACCGCUGGUGAUCCACCGAGUCGAAUGCCUUGGCAAAGUUCUGGAAGACCAUUCGUGUACCACUAGAGAGACCUUUUCGGAACCCAUGUUGAAACAUAGAUAUGGUUGAAUUUGAAGAGGAGGAAGAACAGACGAUGAGUUAAGCGGUGCUUUGGAACAUAUUCUGUUGGUUUCAGGACCAUGUUAACGUAAUCACUUGGGCGCAGGUUUACGCAACCUUCCAAUUGAUCUCCUUAUUCGGUUGCUCUCAAAAGUGCAAUAGGUCUGUGAGCAAGAUUUGGCGCGCAACAAAAGGUCUAGCCGUCGAACCAACAGGUCGCUUAGCGCCGGCUAAACAAUGGAAAUUCAUCUGGGCUCGCAGGUCUUAUUUUUGCGAUUGUGGAGGGCAUGCGAUAUGGUCACGCUCAACAGAUAUACAGUCAGAAGUGUCAAAGGCAGUAGAGCGGGCGCACCUUGCCAACUCCCUUGGAGUCGAGAUUGUAGCUAUCAAGGAGAACCGCUAAGUCUACCAGGAGCCUGUUUCUCAAAGGUCCCAGUAACUUUUCGGGCCCGGGAAGCUGUUUAGUGUUGCUGUAUUUUCAUUCAAGAUCAAAGUUUUAAUAAUUUUGAAAAUAAUACAGUGAAACUAUCAGUUAAGGAACAAAACUGACUGGUUUUUGGACUAGAAACUGGGCUACUAUUCAACAGGUUUUGAUUUUAACAUUUGCCUUCGGGCCCGAAAAGUUUCCGGGUCUUUCGAGAAACGGCCCCCAGGCCUGACUCACUAGUGAAAAUGACUUCCUUAUAAUUUCCUGAGCACUGAGAAAUUAGAUGAAGAACAGUUUAUAUGGUUUUCGGGGGACGCUGUCGCAAAAUUUCAGACGUUUGUAUGGAUCUCUAACCAUCUUUCAAGAGUCAUAACUUGAUCCCUGUUCAACUUUAGAGCACCAAACUUGGUCAAAUAACGAGUGUCAACAUGAUCUUUUAUAUGGUGGUGUCAGUUUAUCGAUGAGUUUACAUUUGAAACUCGCCCCAGUUCCCUACGCAACCCCGAAACGGCCAAUGUGCCCUCAAGGAGGCAGUUAAAGAUACCAUGACGUGGAAAGCGUCUCUUAAAAAGUGUAUUGGCGUUCUUUUCUGAAUCUUAUUCGCGAUGAUUCCAAGUCGCUUACUUUGUUAAAUGUAGGCACCACUCUGCUUGAGUUGUAGUCGGGCAGUGACCCCUUCAGGUUAAGUAAUGUACAAAAAAGUGUGGUGCAUGUGCAGGAAAAUAUCAGUGAACCUUAACAGGAAGUAGCUAAUUUAUCACCAUGCGCCUCCCAUGUGUAGUUACUGUGAAUGUGCACACGGAGCAGGUUUUGUAGUCCUUCUUUUCCGACAGUCAAGUUGAGUGGGCAAUCGGCCAACUUGCGAUGGGUUGAGCACGUGAAUACUGACCUCACCGGUCAGGAUUAGCGGGCGCCAUCCCAUGUUAUUGAGCGAGGAGGAAGGAUUGAUAAAAAGUUUAAAAGUUGUAGACCACGCCCACUAACGCUUUGCUGUGCUUGUUUCGGGCACAAAUUUCUAAUUGACAGAAGUCAUCUUAUGUGACUGGACGCUGAGUUCAAACACAUCAGAGCAGCAAGCUAUAGAGUAUAAAAGGCAAUUUAUGGAGAGCAAAGAUCUCUGGAUGACUGUCAUUGCGACCCAUAUCUUAUUAUACAGUUGUUGUUGUUGAUGUCUUAUGGAUACAAGCACGGUAUAGCAUUCAAGUCAGGAACCUUUUCCGUAUUUUGGAAGAUUAAGAUAAAGAUCUUUGAUACUAGAGUCGUUGAGGCCUUGCUGCAGCUGCCAACCUCUGUCCCACAGAGGGCCAAGAAACAGAAGCCACUCAGAUCUAACACAUUGAGGUUGAGGUUGUGGCAGCUAGGGAAGGACUGAAAAGGCUUAGUCUCUCUAGUGGCAAGCAGCAGGCCCCGGUUGUUCAAACGUUGGAUAGCGCUAUCCACCGGAGAAAUCACUAUCCAGCGGAUAGCGUAAUUGAUUUCCGUAAUAUUUAUCCGUUGGAUAGUGCUAUCCAACAUUUGAACAACGGAGGCCAGCUCCAGAAAAGACAAGUGCUGGACCACGCUUAACUCUUUACGAGGUGUACUUUCAUAUACUUUAAAAAACAGUCCUCUGAGAGGACAUGAGUUUACUGCAAUGAAUAGUGUGUACAAAAGCCACGUGCUUGCACGUUCUUCAAGGCAGUCACGUUGUGUAGCGACUUUUCGGCACGUUCACUCUUUGGCACUGUUUGUUUCUUGCUAUAUAAAGUGCUUUAUAGCACGCAAGGUUGGUUCGGCGGCCAUAGGCAAAGUUAAAACUUUCGCAGAUAAGGUUCUGGGACUAUUGUAAUUUCUUGUCAAGAUUAAGCACGUUAAUGCCGUGACGAAAUUUCCAUGAAAUGAAAUUUUAAGUGAUCUUCCCAAUGUACAUGCCUCACCAGAUGAAUAUAUUCCUGAUUGUCAUCUGCAGGAACUAAAUCCCAGGAAUUAAAAUUUUAGCAGAUCGAAGCAACUCAGGCUCGUUCACCUUAAUACUCAAAGCAUGGUCUCUUCAUUCUAUGGAGUACUAUGCACCAUCAAUGAGUAUCGUUUCGAUAUAACAAUGAGCCAAACACGGUUAAAGGAUAACCCACAUCUACUAAAGUACGUCAGCAUCCCUGGCUUCUAAAGCGUCUUUCGCGAACGUUACAAAAUACGUGGAGGAGGAGUUGGGGCGUACAUCCUUGUUAAAAUAGAGAUCGCAAAGAAAUGGAUUUGCUAAACCAAUUCGAGAAUUAUCGUAAUUCAAAACAAAACACUUUUCCUGUACGCACGAGUUUCCAGGACCGCACAUUCCUCCCCUUCAAGUUCCUAAACAAUAUGUGGCAUCUCGCCUUAAACUAAAUGUUCAUUGGGGGUAGGAGGGGUUCAUCAGUAAUAACGUUGUGGUGGUCUUCGGUCCCUUACUAGAUAUCGUCGCACCGGGGUGGCAGGGACUAAGCUUGGGUCUUCGGGUGUAAUGGGUCACUCCAACUCCCCACAGGUUACUUCAGGGCUAUUCACAACGGGUACUGCAACCUUUAGAACGACACUGCCCUCUUUGCUAUGGCCUGCCCUUUGAGCUGUUGGACUGGGGCAAAGAGGCUCUGUAGUACAAAAAAUUAAUUGGUCAUGAUGUCUCCGAACUACCAUUCCAUCUUCUAGUUCCACUCGCGCAGACAGAAAGCCGGUUUCCUAGAUGAUAGUUCCAGGGACCCACUUCGACCUCCGGGAGUAGUUUCGGACACUCACGGCAUCGACAAGCUUCACUCCGCGCGUUCGGCUAUGGUGAUCAUGCUGUUUCUUUUGUCUAGACUGGGCCAAAUACACCCUUGUCGCUACAUCCGGUCGUAGCAGAUCGAGGUGAGAGAGACCCAAGACUACGUCCCCACCGUAACUGAGCUGGAGAUUCACCAGUAGUGUUUUGCGGGGUAAUCCGGUAGCUUAGAAGAAAACGAGCCAACUUGGUGUCAACAGAACCAUCACCCUGUUUCUUUUUCCUUGCUUAAAGGUCUGUACCGCUCGCUCCACCAGACCAUUUGUACUGGGGUGGUAAGGUACUGAGGUAAUGUGCUUGAUGCCAUAUUUUUUGCAAAAAUGACUUAAAUUCACUGCUCACAAAAUUAGUUCCAUAAUCAGACACUACAAUCUCUGGUAAACAAUAUGAAGCGAAAGCUGACCUCAUAUUGUCUAUGGUCAGUGGAGGUGGCAGAGUUCACACAGUGGAUAUACAUCCACUUGGAAUGGGCGUCAAUGAUCAGCAAGAACAUAUUUUCCAUAAAAGGACCCGCAUAAUCUACGUGCACUCGCGACCGAGCGCGGGCCGGGCAUUCCCAAGGGUGUAAUGGCGAACAGGGAGAGAUCUUUUUGGUAACUCUGACAAGUAGCACAACUUUUCACCUUCUCUUCUAAAUUUGUGUCCAUUUUUGGCCACCAAACAUGGCUCCUGGCUAAACUCCUCAUUUUGACUCUUAUCGGGUGAGUAUCGUGUAAUAUGUUCAACAACUCUUCUCGCCCUUGAGGGGGUACUAUGACUCGAGCUUCCCAUACGAGGCAGCCAGCGUGUACACUCAAUUCUUCUCUUCUAAUAGAACAGGGAUUCAGGGCUUCUUCUUCUACCCCUGAAGGCCAUCCUUGAAGAACUAACUGUAGAACUUGGGAAAGCACUGGAUCGCAGGCUGUCCACAAUUUUAUCUUAGUAGCAUCUACUGGGCCGUAGAGAGUGUACGCGAGGCGUAUGCCACAGGUCUCUCUGAUCAAUCUUCCAUAACAUGGGCUACAACUGCGCCAACACCAUAGGGUGAUGCAUCACAGAAUGCCACCAGCUCUUUCUCGGGAUCAUAAUGCACUAGUACGUCUGAUGACUGAAGCUGGUUUUUGGCUUUAUCAAAUGCUUCUUGCUGUUCCACCUCCCACUUCCAAACAACAUCUUUCCUCAGCAAACUAUGUAGUGGUUCCAGAAUCGACGACAGGUUAGGUACGAACUUCCCAUAGAAGUUAAGCAUACCAAGGAACGACUUCAGCUCAGUGGGGUUUUUCGGUGCUGGGGCCUCUUGAAUGGCCUUUACUUUUGCUUCGACAGAAUGAAACCCCUCUGCAUCAACUCGGUGCCCCCUGGCUUCAUGAAAUGACACUUUACUGCCUUGAGUCGUAGACCAGCUUCCGAGAGGCGUCUCAAAGCUUUAUUGAUGUUGGCUAAGUGCUCUUCAUUAUUGGGGCCUGUAAUAAGGAUGUUAUCUAACAGAACUCCCGUUGAAGGGAUUCCUUGAAGCAAACCCUCCAUGGUUCUCUGGAAAAUACCAGGUGCUGAGGCUACCCCGUAAGGGAGACGGUUAUACCUUUUACAGGCCUUUGCGUAUGUUAAUCGUUAAAAAUUCCUUAGAGUUCUCAUCCACAAGCAUGGCUUAAAUCUAGCUCAGUAAAUGUUUGACCUCCAACUAAUUUCGUAUACAGAUCAUCAAGCUUGGGGAUAGGAUAGCCAUCCAGUUUUGACACUCUAUUAACUGUGAGCUUAUAGUCUCCACAGACUCUUACAGUGCCAUCACUCUUCAUGACAGGGAAAAUCGGGGUGGCCCCCUCGGAAUACUGGACUGGCUUAAUGGUCCCUGCCCUUUCAAGUCUUUCUAGGUCUUAUUCAAUUUUUCUCCUUCAGAGCAUACAGUACUGGUCUGGCUUUAUAUGGAAGAUAAGGGUAGCAGUGGGGUCAACAUGGAUUUGGCCUUUGCCCCUUGUAGAGUUCCAAGCCCCUCCUCGAACAGCUGAGCAUGUUUGUGCAAAAUCUCCUCCAGUUGCUUAUUGUGUGACGAAAGUGGUUUGAUUAUGGGCCAACUCAGCUUGAUUUUCUCAAGCCAGUUCCUACCUAGCAAAGCAGGCCCCUUGCCGCCUACAACCAAAAGUGGCCAGGAGUAUUCAACCCCGUCAUAACACACACACUCACAGAACAAGAUCCUUUAGGUUUGACCUCUUCCUCGGUAUAUGUGCGAAGGACAAUUCCUGACUGUACAAGUUGAAGCGCUUUACCUGCUGAAAAAAGGGAGUUGUAUAGUUCGUCGCUAAUCACAGACAAGGAGGCCCCCGUGUCAUUUUCCGUUUCAAGGGGUUGCCUAGCAACACUUAGUUUUACUUCGUAGGCUAAUGGGCGUUGACUGCCAAAGUUAAACAAGGUAUAUGCACCCACACCCUGUUCCUCCCCUUGUGUUUGCAUGGCACCUUCAAGAAGUUUGGUAGGCUCGGAGUUGCCGGAUUUCUUCUCAUUAUUUGGCUGCGGUUGCUUCCCUUUACAUUCUAGCUGGGCAUAAUCGAGCUAAAUGGCCAACUUUACCACAGCAAUACCAUUUGGCAUCUUUAAAAUGACAGCUUUUGGGGUAGUGGUUGCCACCCCAUCUAGUGCACUUAACUUCGCUUCCCUUAUGAACUUUGACGUCUACUUUGUUGACAGAAGCAUCCCCUCCCUGACCAUCUGCCUUCCUUAUCUCUGAAGCAUCCUUAUCUGCUGCUUCAAUGGCGAGAGCUGGAUCAAGUGCCCGCUUCAAUGUUAAUUUGGGUUCAGCUAUAUAAUCGGCGCUGUAUUCUGAUAUUACGAACAUCACUCACCAGCCGAUCACGAAGCAUCUCAUCUAGCGUAAUUCCGAAUUCACAGUGUUCAGUGUUCAGGUGUCUUAAUUCAGCUAAAAACAUUGUAAUGGUGUCACCUGGUUGUUGGGAGCGUGUGUUAAACUUGAAUCGUUGAACAAUAGCGGAAGGUUUAGGUAUGAAAUGGUCUUGGAGGAGUUUUGCUAAAUCCUCAUAGCUUUGAUCCUUUGGAUCUUCCGGGGCAACCAAAUUUCGCACAGGUUUAUACGUUUUCGCUCCCACACAAACCAGAAAAAUGGAUCUCCUCUUGCCAGGGUCUGUGAUUUGAUUCGCUUCGAAGAAAUGGUUUACACGCUCGAUGUAAUAGCGCCAAUCUUUAGUUUCGUUGUACCCGUCCAACUUCCCAAACGUGGGCAUGAUUCACGUAGACGUCCUUUCCUUUGUCUACCUUGCAGUGGGCGUCCGUACAGGUUCCUCGUCGCCAAAAAUGUUGUGUAUCGGGCCGACUAUACUUCUUAGAUACUUUCAAGGAACACAACGAGUCAACAAGCACAUGGUUCGGACGAAGAGAAUAACACGACAGGGGUCACGUGACCCCCAACAAGUUUCCCAGGACCGCAGAUGGUGCCGAGCAUUUGAAGUAGUAGAGGACGGCUGUUCAGGGCUUUUUUUAUCGAUUACUUGACGAACCAAUUACAAAACAAUAUAAGGAACACAUGACCAAUAUCGAUUAGUGACAUCAUCACUCUUGAUUAAAGGAUUUAGUUGCGUUUUAAUUGCACUCAGACUGUACCGGAACUGGGGGAAAAAAUCACUCGAUAUACCUUUAUGGAAAAGUUUUAUUUUUACCCAGGUGCCCUCCGGUACUAGCCUGCAGCAACGCAAAUAAUAGAUAAAGAUCGGUGUCAAUAAUUCUUAGAGUUGCUGGCUUCCAUGAUAGAAAGGCCGCAGGUCGGCCAUAACCCACCCUUAAAGUCACGUCACGCAAAAUUGGAAUUAGCACGCAGUAUGUUAUUCUUUUUACUAAACGUUUAAUAGUAAAAGGUUUUAACAACUUGAAUUAAAAUGUAAAGCCUUUUUAGUUACAAUGCUUAUUCAACUAUCAUUAUAAACGUCUUCAACACUGAACCCACGACUCCUCAAUCCUUUCCAGUCUUUUGGCCUUCUUCCAUCAGAUGGUUGGAAAUGCUGUAAUCAAUUUAUGGUUUGUGGUGUCAUAUAUGACUGUCACUGUAUAACAGGCAUCCUUGGAGAACCCAUGCACUCCAACUAUUUCAGAAAAGGUCUUUUGUCUCACUCCUCUAUUGUGUAAUUUUCUGUGAGGCAUUGACUUGUCUGGCCUUUUCAUGGUCUCUUGUACUAACUGCUUGUAAAUAAAAGCCUUGUCAUUGCUGACAAAAUAACUUUUAUCACGUCGCUGGCUGUGUGCCAUGUGGUUUCUUGCAAUAUGUUUCAUUACCUCAAUCUUCUCUAAGGAAAUAUCCACGGAAACAUCCCCCUGUUUGUAGCCUUUGCUUGGCAAUUUCAAAGGGUAACAUCUUUGACGUUCUCUCCGACAUGAAGCAUCACUUCCCUCCAUCUUGAUAAAAAUGAGGACGUUCUGGUCAGACAGUUCUAAUAACGACAGGAAUGCUCCGCCCUUUCCACGGGACAACAGUUAUUGGUCAAUUUCCACCAGAAAGGCUGUGGUUGGUUAACUCUUGAAAGGUUGACAGGUAAUUGUCAAAUUUCAGCCAAUGGGAACACGAGUUUUUGAUUUCGCUUUAGUUAUUUUUAGCUUCUUAGAAAUCAGCUCAACGUCUUGUCCUGUGGCACUUCCGGUUUAACAACUGGUGACGUCACUAAAAUCGAUAUUAUCUUUAACGUUCUCUCUGACAUGGAACAUCGUAGCCUUCCGCCAUCUUGAUAAAAAUGAGGACGUUCUAGUCAGACAGCUACUAAUAACGACAAGAAUGCUACGCUCCGCCCCUUCCAAGGGGCAAACAGUGAUUGGUCAAUUUCCACCCGAAAGGCUGUGAUUGGUCAACUCUUGAAAGGUUGACAGGAAAUUGUCAAAUUUCAGCCAAUGGGAACCGAGUUUUUGAUUUCGCUUUAGUUAUUUUUAGCUUCUUAGGAAUCAGCUCAACAUAUUGUCCUGUGACACUUCCGGUUUGACAACUUCCGGUUCACAGAUAGUAGUGACACUAAAUCGAUAUUGGUCACGUGUUCAUUGUAUUAUUUUAUAAUUGGCUCUUUAACUAAUCGAUAAAAAAAGCCCUGAACAGCCGUCCACUACUACUCGCAAGUCACGCAACACCACCGGAACAAUCACGCUGCACGUCACUCUUUAAACGGAAAUGUAAUGUUUAAACCAAAAGUUAAAUUAUUACAAUUGAAAGGAGGACCUUCUACGCAAAAUCGGAAGUAAGCUGAGGGGCCUUUAGCUGGGGACAUUGGCUUCGGCUUUUUGGAAGGCCCUGUAGUAAUAAUUUAUCAGUGAAGCCAAGGGGUGACCUGUGAAAUUUUUGGUCACAAUGAAGGGGUUAUUUGGAAAAUAUUUAAGACACAUUGACUAAUUUAGUCCAUAACCCUGCUCCACUGAUAAAAACCUUUCCAGAAUCGUUUCUAGAGUCCCGAGAAACAGGAAGUGAACUUUAAAUUAUUCCAAAGAGAUUUACUUUUUAAACACAACCCACCAACACUCCCCUUGGUUACGUGUUCGGAGCAUCAAGAGAUUCCAUUUUUAUUGUGAAGAAAAGUUAAGUUUCACAAUGUCUACGACUUAACUAGAACUUAGCAAAAACGAGUCAUACAAACAAUCUCUUCAGACGUGGCGUCCCUUAGCAAUACAGCACUUCCUCUCCAAGCAGUAGAAAGGGGCUCGUAUAGGUAAGCACGAGUCUACGUGGUGAAGUAGUUAACAAAAUAUUCAGGCGUGGCUGCAAGGGAUAGUUUCCCGCAAUGUAAAGGAGGAACGUCUCACGGCUGUGUAAUAAAUGUCCAGGAGAUUGUUGUCGAAGAAGUUUUGUAACACUUCAGGGUCAACAAUUUCGAGCGCUUGCUCGUGUUGUUAGUUUGUUGCCCAAACUUUCCCAUAAACAAUUUAAAAACACAAGCUUUGCCAAACAGGUCCUAUGAGCGUCCCUUAGAACCAUCCAAUUGCACAUGUGACUCCUUCGAGCCGAUCACUAAUGUUCUCUGUGAGACUGGUAUCCUUGUGCUGGGUUUUAAUACAUGAUAUACUCGGCCCUCGCUUGUACUUGAUCCGACAACAGAUCUAUGUAUCUUCACAUAGGGAGGAGUAUCCUGAAUAAUAGCUUCUCGUCUCACUCGCCUUCAUUAUCGAAAAGCCAGAAAGUCAGGUAAAAUUUCGAGGUUAAUUGUCGUCAUCCUCAUCCUUUCUCUCUUCAUACCCGUACGGAUAGGACUGAAAGGUGAUGGGGUCGAGGGCGCGUUUGUUAAAGACGACCCUGUAGCGUUUGUAUUGAGGAUAUGUGCACAGCUCGGAGGUAGUGGCGUUGCGUACAAUGUGGUUUGACUGAACGACGGUGAUCUCUCGGGGUUUUGAUUUGGGGUCCUUCACCUCAUCCAAGACAUUCUUCCUCAUGACCUCGAAAUUCAACUGCGCCGACCCCUCACUGUUGAGACAGAACCCCCGCACUUUGCAAACUACUUUCCCGUCUUUGGUGACAUAACCGUAGUUCUUGGGUCCUGCAGCCACAAAUUCUACGAUGACGUCUCCGUUCAACUCGUCUUUCAUUUCCCCAAGGUAAUUGCCGGUGGGAAUUUCAGGCAGACCAGGGCGCCACUUGUAAAUGAUGGAGUCUGUAUCGAAAUACAGAACUUGUUCUCCAAGCAGUUGAAGGGACUCGUAUAGGUGCAAACGGGCCCAACAGGUGGUGAAGCAGGCAACAAAGAUAUUCAGGUGUGGCUGCACAGGACAGUUUUCUGCAAUGUAACGGGAGUGAACUUCUACUGUGUUUUCGUUUACUACACCUAUGUAACGAAUGUCUCGGAGAUCACUGUCGAGGAACUUGUGGAACUCUUCAGGGUCCACAAACUCGUGGACCUGGCUCUUAUUACUUUGUUGUCCAAACUUUCCCCAAAAACAGUUCAACAUAAGUUUAGCCAACGAUCGCAAACCGGGGUUCUUCUUGAUGUGGUCGGGACGGAGACGAAUCUUUUCACGUCCAAAGUAGUCCUCAAUGUAUUGAGCUUGCUUGACUGGAUCGUCCUCCAAGUCUUUUGGCCAUCCUUCUGCUUCUUGUUUGACUCUUAGCCAAACGUUGAUGUACUCUUUAAACAAGCUAUCAGAUGUCUCUGGGAAGUGCCAAACCUCGUAGACAUGGAUCACCCGGUAGCCCAUCUUCACAGCCUUCUCGACCUCGGGUGUACACCACGUGCCCACGAAAGCGCGCUCAUCGUCAUCAUGUGGGCACGUCCAUGGACGAUGCAUGAGAGGGUUCUCAGUGGCCAAGGCUGCACAUUUUGUACACAGGGGGAAGAGCAGCUUUUGUUGUUGGCGAAUGGGUAGUACGGGGUAAUACAACUUACGAGGGGGGACAAGGCAACAUUUGACAAGUCCAAAGUAAUUGGAAAGGGUGGCAGGGUCAACCUGAGAGAAAAAUUGAGGAUGACCAACAGGAUAUUGUUUGUACUUGUUGACGAAAGGGUAGAGUGAUGUCACGUCUACGUACCGGAUCUCCUCUCCCUCGCCGAUAUCCGCUCGAUGGUACAUUUUAAUGGCGUUGGUUCUUCCCCCGAAAAACGCGUCUCUCGGGUUCAGUGGAUCCAUAAAAUCUAAUCCUUGACAAAAUGCCCGUACAUUUUCGUCCUCGUCUUUGAGACGAGCCCAAUCACAUUCCCACAUUUCCACCACAUUGUAACCGCGCUCCUCUUCCAAAAAUUGAAUUUUUUUCCGAGUGUUGUUGUAAACCUCUUUCAUGGUCAGGCCCAGGUGUCGUGGGUGACGUGUGUCUCGAUGCUUGAAACAACGAAGACAACCAUGCCAAAAGCACCCUUGAAAUUCGUAUACAGUAUUGCUGGAAGGGUCGAAACCGUCCACAGUAUAGCGGCUUUCGGGAAUCCUGUACUCCCCCUUGUUUUUAGCGUGUUGGAUGGGUUUCAUCUGCGGAGGACGCUCUUCAUGGGAAUGGGCGUUGUCAGCGAGGUUGAGCUGUUCACAUUCUUCUAUGCUUCCGGCGUUGUUGAUGGCUUGGACACGUUGAUGGUUGCACCAAUGGAGCCAUUCGCAACCUACUCGUGAGUGAUUCUGUUGCAGCCGCCACCCGUGUAAAGGUUCGCUGGCUAGUUGGUUUUCUUGCAUUCUAUUCAUUCGAAAGUCUCUAUUACAUGCCGAAGCGAUGGUUAUGAAGUUGAAAGGAUUAAAUCCCGUCAUCUUCGUGAACAAUGAUUUGAAUUGCUGGCAACCCGCCUUUAACAAUUUUACGUCAGAGGUGCAAUACUCAACUAAUUCCUUUUUAAAUGUGAAUUGGUAAUUUUCCGCUUGCCUUUCAUCGUACCACUGUUUGAACUUUUCUCGCUCUUCCAACGACAUACUCUCGGGUAUGUAAUAAUCUUCGGCGGGUAGGUUGCCAACAUAGUCCUGAUUUUCCCGUUUGUUAAAAAGGUGGGGAAAAUACCCUUUUUUCUGUUCAGCCAGUCCAAACGUGGACGGAAAACGAGCAAGGGCAAACGGACAAAAUGAAAAGGAGUCGAUAAAACGGAUGGAUCCCGUUGUCAGCUGCAAGAUCUUGGCACCAUUCCGCACUUGCUUCACCUGACGAUUCUGGUUGUGAUAUUCUUGUAAAAUGAAAUAACCGUCAUAGCCUUUGAAAUUGUGCGCCAGGACAGUCACGGGUCGCUGACCAUACUCAGACAGAUCAUCCAGCCAGUCAAGAAACUUCUCAAUGCAAGUCUCUCCUGCAAAUAGUUCCGUUUCAGCUUCAUCGUCUUCCAACUCGGCCAUGAGUAAAUUAGCUACGUGAUGACCAUCAGGCUGCAUGGCCUCGAUGUCGAAGUAAACGUGCACAGGUCGUGAUUGGUCUUUGUCGUCCUCCUCUUCCUCUAUAUCAGAUGCAUUGGCCUGGAUUGCUUGACGUCCCGCAGCCGCACCCCUUUUGAUGGGUGGACCAUUUUUGUCUCCGCGACGCUUUCGUUUAUAUUUGAAUCUUGUUUUUUUCAAUUCCUCCUCGGUGGGGGCUUUCUGGAUGAAGCAACGAUGGGACGCAAUGUCCACGUAGUUCCCACACGAGGGACAAUCGGCAUGUCCACACUGAUGACGUUGGAAAUCGCGCGGAGAGCGUUUGGUAAAAAGACAUUCACUACAUCUUUUACGAAUAUCACAUAUGGAUUUUUCUUCCAUGCCGUCGGCAGAUUUUCCAGUGCUCCCCUUGGUCCUGUGGGCCUCCAAACAUAGGUCUCCGAAAAAUUGGCGAAGACAGUCCGGACAUGUCAAGGUGGCCCGUUCCCCCCUUUUUACCUUGUCCACGAAAUCCUGACAGUUGCGCUGAAAGCAACAUGAACAGGUAUUGGAAGCCUUGCAGCGGUGACGCUCUACGUGAUCGUACGGCGCGUGACAAUAAGCGCACACGAAUGAUGUACCAAAAAAGCCAGGGAGUGAGGUGAUGACGUCGUAAUGCCCCUCUGUGUAAUACAAGAUGAGCUGCUUGUCACGAGGGGGUCCAAACGUACUGACUUUGUAUUGACGUGUGGCGUCCACCAACAAGACUUGAUAAUCAACUAGAGAGGGCGCCAAGGCAAACCGGUUAAUCUCUUCGUAGCUGCAUGGACCAAAAGGAACGCCUGCUUCAAAAUGAAGAUCCUGUGCUUCAACUUUCUGAAUUUUGCAUCCCCUUUUGAAUGAUUGCCACUUACGAUUUUCCAACCGGGCUCUUGCAGUGACGAGAGCCCUGGCACAACACAUUUCGUCCUUGUUCUUUAUUGUCACAAUACUGCCUUUCAAUGCUCGAAAUGCGGCUUGGUUUCGUUGACCUGGUCGACGGUACUGGGGUCUGGAACCCCGUGGUGCAUCUAGCACGUGUGUUAUACUGAGUUGAAAUGUGUCGUCCAACUCAAAUUGCUCGUUUGAAUUAAGCAUUUUGGCCAAAUGAUUGAGAGUAUCAUCCACGCGGGCUUCUCCCGCGCGCCACUCCCCCACCCGCAUGGCGUACCCAUGAUAACUGUUUGUGAGGCGAUCGGAAUGGAUAUUGAAAAACACCCGAUCCCUAUCGUGUAUUUCUUCCCCUUGCAGCACUUUGUCGAUGGCCCGUCUCAACGCAGAACGAAGCUCCAUCCAGAGGUUUGCUCGUUCAGGCAUGUGCCCAGUCCGUCGCAAAACAGUUUGAAAGUGUCGUUCGUGAACGCCCAACGCACGACUUCGACGAUCGACAAAGGGGAGCAGGUCAAAUGUAAGUGGUUGCAAUAGACUUUCAUGUUGCGUAUUUUCCAACCAGUGCACCCAAUCAUUGUCCCUACCACUGUCAUCUGCGUAGACAGCAUAUACACUGUUGGAGCUAGGACUUCCACUCAUCUGUUGGCUCUGACUGUAAAGAGAAAAGGUAAUGACCGAGUAUUGUUUUUGUUAUAUUUAUAAGUCGUAUGGAGCAUGCGAGCAUACAUGCAACUAGGUGGGUUCAUACUAAGCUUAGUACGUAUACCUCAAGGAUACUUAACGCGUACUUCAGAUGUGAACAUGUCUAAUUUCAGCGUAAAUAUCACACGGCAUCACAUCAAUGAAAUUCUUCGCCGGUAAAAUUUCAUUAAAAAGUAAAUAUUUUCUUUGUUGAAAAGGCUACUUGUAAAAUAAAUAGAACAAGGCGCUAUCGGAGCGUGUGUGACACGAAAUUUUUGGGGAUCGGCAAUUUUUGGUGUUUCGCGGCAAUUAAUUCUUGCGACUAGGAAAGUUGUUUUUCUUGCUGGCAAUUAAUUUUUGUGAUUUUUAGAAAGUACCCACUACCCAGCAUUGAUGAGAACGAAACAAGAAGAAAAAUCUGAAAAGGAAAACAAGCGAAGUUCCUACCACAACUACAGCAAAGAUAAAGAAGACAGAAGAAUCCAUUAAAGUACUGAGAAGUCAUUUGCGAGGGAACACUUGUCCGAAGUCUGUAAAAUACUCUGCUGCACGGGCCAACAUACCGGUAGACGAACAAUUUAAAAAGGACGUUAAGGCCAGCAAACAGAAAGCCGAGCACGGUUUUGUCGGCUUGAUAAACAGAGAAAGAAACUUCAGGUGUUCAUGGCAAACCGUAAGGACAGCAAAACUGUAAACGUAUCAACUACAGAGGAUCGAAAUUAAAUCAAAGCUCUAGCUUCCAAGCUAAAAGAACAGUACGAUUACCUUACGUCAAAACGUGAUAGUGAAAAGUGCUCAUUUGUGUAUUAAAUGUGUGAACAGCAUUGCGGGUGGGUCGAACACAAUUAAAGAGAAAUCAUUCUCUAGAAAAAUACAAAGGAAGACUGCUACACACAAAGAAAGGAGAAAAAAGUCUUCCAAGAAGGAAGUGAGCUCUCAAAAGACCACAGGGGAAGUAUCAGUCAAAACAUUAGCUGACGCACAAAUUUAAUCUGUCGAGGACUCAAAUCAAAUCAAACAAAAACAAAAUACGACAGUUGCUACGAGAUUUCGAAAAUUUUGUAAGGCGAAUGCGCCUUAAAUAUAUGGUUCACGAAAGAAAAAAAACAGGGUAGUUCACCCUCUAUACGUUAAAUCCGACUGGAACCCACCGGUUCAGCCAUCAGUAGCCCUCGAGAGGUAUGUGGAAGGGGUUAAAUCACAACUCGCAGAGACAAAAAUAACAAAGCCUAAAUAUAACUUGUCAGGCAAGGAACCCCAGGCAUAAACAGAAAUAAAGCCAAACACAGAUUACAGCAGUCAUGAACAAAACUGACAAAAUAAGAGAGGGUCAAAUUAUAACUCGACGACGCACGUAUUUACAGACUUCUCUCUGAACCUAAAGGUGAAAGAAACGCACAGCAAGGUCUUGCGCCUUGUUACGGAUUUUCACCGUGAAAAACAUAUUGAUGACGCGACAAGAAAAUUGCUAGAUCUCAAACACCUAACCUACCCAGAAUACUAUAGUUCUACACUAACUAAAAUUCACAAGCCAACCAUUACAGGGAGACCAAUAAUCUCCGGAUGCGAUGGUCCAAGAGAAAGAACUUCCUAUUUCGUUGAUACACUACUACAACCACUAUCAAUGCACAGAAAUCAUACCUUAAAGAUACCACCGACGUUAAAAAUUUUAUUGAAAAGACAAAGAUGAAAAACCGAACAUUGCUUGUUUCGAUGGACAUCACAAGUCUUAACACAAAUAUACUACAGAACGAGGGUAUUGAAAUUGUCUGUAAAGCAUAUAAAAAUUUCUACAAAGACAACCCUCCUAUUCCCUACACAUUACCAGCCUGCGAACCCUCAGACGUAUUUACGGUCGUCGCUUCUCUCCCUCCGAAAAAUAAUGACGGUCUUCCGGAUGCUCUCGCAGGCUAAAACAUUAUCUGCGAGAAAUGCUUGGAUUAAUCCUCAAAGAAAAUUCUUUCCAGUUAAAUGGAAAACACUACCCACAAACAUGGCCAGAAGGACAGCAGUUUCUUUACCAAUAUUUUCAAGGCACGUACCGAAACAAAAAUUCUAUGCAAAAUCGUCUUGAAACUUACAGUUUGGAAACGCUACAUACAUGAUAUCUUUUGAGUUUUCCCUAUGGGACAUAAGUAAACAAGAGAUCCAAGCCUUCAUCGAACAAGCAAACUUACGUCACUCAACUAUUAAACUCACGGCCGAAAUAUCUGACACCGAGACCGUGUUUUUAGACACGGCUGUAUACAAAGGCACAAGAUUCAACGAAAAAUCUAUCCCUGUUGUAAAGACACAUUUAAAAAAAAACGGAAACCUUCCAGUACACACAUUUCAUUUCUUGUAACCCACUAAGUGUUAAAAAACGAUUUGUCAAAGGAGAAGCCUUGAGAAUCCUAACUCCUAAGAAACUACAUUGGAGGAAAAUAUUUCAAAUUUCACAAACGCUUGAUCGACAGAGGCUUCCCACAAACUUUGAUAGAAAACCUUCUAUCAGAUAUAAAGUUCACAGAGAGGGGGUCUGCACUCUUGCAACACAACAACAAAGAAGAAAAAGAAGUAUUGCCUUUUCUCACACAGUACCAGCCCUCAGUGUCUACUUAAAAGAAGCUUUAAUGAAAAAAUGGAAUCUUAUACAAGACCAACCGUUAAUUCGUCAAAUUUUCAAAGAACCACCUAUCAUUUCCUACAAGAAAAGAAAAUCCCUAAAGGACAUGCUCGUUAGAGGUAAAAUAUAAAAGGUUAACACGAGGUUUCACGCCAGUACUGGAUGUACGGCCUGUCACCCCUAGCAUUAUCCCACGAAAGAUCUGGGCUCGGUGUAGAGGCUCCAGCCCCUAGUUUUAUCGCCAAACCGGUCAAAAUUCAAACGCCAAUGUCCGCCUGCGACCCUAAUUCUAUUCAAAAAAUUCCAUUACCCCGAAAGCAGUUGUCAGGGCAAUAUAAAUAUGUACCGCUCUAAAGGUGAGGUUUUUGAUCCGUUUUCGUUGCGAACGGGUAUAAAUUGUGCCCACUUUUGGUCUGAGAGUAGCUAAGGUUUUCGAGGGGGUAUAACCUGUUUGUCGUUUCAGUUCCAAAUGAAUACGAAAGAAAGACUUAAGAAGCAGAACCGCAAAUUUAACAAUUGAAUUUUAUCAAUUUUUGUAUUUGUCGGUCUAAUCUAAUUGACUUCUACAAUUCCUGCAUUCACGAAAACCAACUGGUUACAUGAUUUCCUGGAAGCCACAUAUACCUAUUAUGCAUGCACCACUAGUUCAAAUUAAAAAGGGUCGAAACAUGUGCAAAAACGUAAGAAUUACAUUUUGUUUAAAACGGUGCCCCUUUAAAAGAACUUCGAAGACAGUUUUAAACAGACCGGUUGCUCAAUUAAUUUGGCGCCAAUACUAAGGAGUAUUAUAUUCCAUACUAAGACAGCAACAAAAAUACCCCUUCUAGAUCAGCAAAAAAAUCAUUGAAAGUGAAAGACACCAAUGAAAUAAUUUUCUUUCACUGGAACUCAGAACCGGCCCUUCAACCGCCAUAAACAAUGCAAAUGGGUAAUGAAAGCCUCAUAGAACUCCUUCCAUCUUGAGAAACGGGAUGAAAAAAGCGAUCAGUGAUGCCAGUUUAAUAAUGAAGUUCCCGUCAAUAUAAAGGCUGACCAAUCAUCGUCGUUUAGCACCUUAUAGAGGACAUUACCUGAUGCUACGUCAUGCAAGUAGGUUACAAGAAAGCUUUCCGUUGCAAAAUUGGCGCCAACAACGCUCUCUAUGUCAGGUUAGUGAUACUAUUUUGGCGUCAAACAACGAAGACAUUUUGCGCAUCUAAACUUGGAGUAAAACCUAAAAUGUUUUUAACCGUAGAUAAACCACUGUUGAGUCGACAGAAACAUUUUUACGCGCAUUAUUUAAAUCCUAUAGCACUUCAGACCAAGCAGUUUGGCUCAAGAAGAUGCUAACUACUAGAUUUGUUUCAAAGGGGUCCUCAUGAUGCAGCGAAACGACCGGAGACCAUUCAAUCAGAUUCAUCCAAACAAAAGCUUUUGAAUCACUUUUUGAUUAAAGAAAUUCGAAGAAACUUUUAAACAGACCGGUUUCUCUUCUAAAUGGGCGCCAAUGAAGGAGCGCGCGCGUUUCGGUUAAUGUAUUUCUUUAUAAUUAUGCCAUUCUACAAAUUCAUCGAGAUGUUAUAGCUAAACUUUAUGUAAAACCGAAAAGGUUUCUGACCGUAGAGAAAUCACUGUUUAACGAGGAAGGAGUCGAAAGAAAGAGGUUAACGUACAUUAAUUAAAUCCUAGAGCACUUUAGACCUAGCAAUUUUGGCUCUAGAACACGCUAACUACUUAGAUUUGUUUCAAAGGGUUCCUAGAUUCCCGAAUUCGAAUAAAUCAGCAAAACGUACAGUACCUCUGAUACCUAAAUCGUAUUAUUUCUUCUUCUGUAUUCCUCUAGUCAGCGUUUAACUCCAAUUCUCUACGCGAGACGAAGACUCUCCGUACUAAGAAAGCGACGAAAAUACCCUUUCUAGAUCAGAAAAAAAAUCGUUGAAAGUGAAAGAGGUCAAUGUAGUUACUUUCAGUGUAACUCAGAAGCAGCGCCCACCAUAAAGAAUGAAAAUGGACAAUGAGAAGCCCGGUAGAACACCUUCCAUGUUUGGAAAAGGAAUGACAAAACGCGAUAAGCGAUGCCAGUUUUAUAAUGAAGUUCCCGCCAACAUAAAGGCUGACCAAUCACCAUUGUUGAGGACAUCACCUGACGCUACGUCAUGCUCGUUGCAAGAAAGCGUUCUCUUACAGAAUUGGCGCCAAUAAGGGCGCGCGCGCUCCGUUAUUAAAUGUAUUUCGUUAUAAUUAUGCCAUUCAACAUAUUUAAAUCCUAUAGCACUUCAGACCAAGCAGUUUGGCUCGAGAAGAUGCUAACUACUAGAUUUGUUUCAAAGGGGUCCUCAUGAUGCAGCGAAACGACCGGAGACCAAUCAAUCAGAUUCAUCCAAACAAAAGCUUUUGAAUCACUUUUUGAUUAAAGAAAUUCGAAGAAACUUUUAAACGGACCGGUUUCUCUUCUAAAUGGGCGCCAAUGAAGGCGAUGUAUUUCUUUAUAAUUAUGCCAUUCUACAAAUUCAUUCCCUCUUUUACGUCGGGAACACUGUUUUUGUAAGCUUAAUGAUAUCAUUUUCGAGUCGGACAACGCAGAUGUAGCUAAACUUAGUGUAAAACCGAAAAUGCUUCUGACCGUAGAGAAAUCACUGUUUAACGACGAAGGAGUCGACAGAAAGAUCUUUACGUGCAUUAAUUAAAUCCUAGAGCACUUUAGACCUAGCAGUUUGGCUCUAGAACACGCUAACUACUUAAAUUUGUUUCAAAGGGUUCCUAGAUUCCCGAAUUCGAAUAAAUGAGCAAAACGUUCAGUACCUCUGAUACCUAAAUCGUAUUAUUUCUUCUUCUGUAUUCCUCUAGUCAGCGUUUAACUCCAAUUCUCCACGCGAGACGAAGACUCUCCAAACUAAGACAGGGACGAAAAUACCCUUUCUAGAUCUGCAAAAAAGUCGUUGAAAGUGGAAGAGGUCAAUGCAGUUACUUUCAGUGUAACUCAGAAGCAGCGCCCACCAUAAAGAAUGAAAACAGACGAUGAAAACCCGGUAGAACAACUUCCAUGUUUAGAAACGGAAUGACAAAGCGCGACAAGCGAUGCCAGUUUUAUAAUGAAGUUCCCGCCAAUUUAAAGGCUGACCAAUCACAAUUGUUGGGACCAUCACCUGACGCUACGUCAUGCUCGUUGCAAGAAAGCUUUCUCUUACAGAAUUGGCGCCAAUAAAGGCGCGCGCGCUCCGUUAUUAAAUGUAUUUCGUUAUAAUUAUGCCAUUCAACAAAUUCAUUCUAUGUUUUAUUCUCGCUGCGCAACGCUCUUUAUGUAAGUUCAGUGCUGUGAUAUCAUUUUGGCGUCAAACAACGAAGACAUUUUGUUGUACCUAAACUUAGAGUAAAAUCGAAAAUGCUUUUAACCGUAGACAAACUACUGUUGAGUCGACAGAAAGAUUUUACGUACAUUAAUUAAAUCCUAUAGCACUUCAGACCAAGCAGUUUGGCUCAAGAAGAUGCUAACUACUAGAUUUGUUUCAGAGGGGUCCUCAUGAUGCAGCGAAACGACUGGAGACCAAUCAAUCAGAUUCAUCCAAACAAAAGCUUUUGAAUCACUUUUUGAUUAAAACGGUUGCUGUUUGAAAGAAAUUCGAAGAAACUUUUAAACGGACCGGUUUCUCUUCUAAAUGGGCGCCAAUGAAGGCGCGCGCGCUUUUUGGUUAAUGUAUUUCUCUAUAAUUAUGCCAUUCUUCAAAUUGAUUCUAUCUUUUACGUCGGGAACGCUGCUUUUGUAAGGUUAAUGAUAUCAUUUUCGAGCCGGACAACGCAGAUGUAGCUAAACUUAGUGUAAAACCGAAAAUGCUUCUGACCGUAGAGAAAUCACUGUUUAACGAGGAAGGAGUCGACAGAAAGAUGUUCACGUGCAUUAAUUAAAUCCUAGAGCACUUUAGACCUAGCAGUUUGGCUCUAGAACACGCUAACUACUUAGAUUUGUUUCAAAGGGUUCCUAGAUUCCCGAAUUCGAAUGAAUCAGCAAAACGCUCUUUAUGUAAUUUUGGCGCCAAACAACGAAGACAUUUAGUUGUAUCUAAACUUGAAGUAAAACGGAAAAUGCUUUUAACCGUAGACAAACCACUGUUGAGUCGACAGACGGAUUUUUACGUGCAUUAAUUAAAUCUGAUAGCAUUUCAGACCAAGCAGUUUAGCCCUAGAACAUGCUAACUACUUAGAUUUGUUUCAAAGGGGUCCUCAUGAUGCAGGGAAAAGACUUCACAACUUUCCUGCGAAUCGACUUCAUUGUGCAGCGAAACGACCGGAGACCAAUCAAUCAGAUUCAUCCAACAAAAGCUCUUGAAUCACUUUUUGAUGAAAACGGUUCCCGUUUGAAAGAAAUUCGAAGAAAGUUUUAAACAGACCGGUUUCUCUUCUAAAUAUUGGCGCCAAUGCCGCGCGCGCUUUUCGGUUAAUGUAUUUCUUUAUAAUUAUGCCAUUCUACAAAUUCAUUCCCCCUUUUACGUCGGGGAACGCUGUUUUUGUAAGCUUAGUGAUAUAAUUUUCGCGCCGGACAACGCAGAUGUUGUAGCUAAACUUAGUGUAAAACCGAAAAUGCUUCUGACCGUAGAGAAAUCACUGUUCAACGAGGAAGGAGUCGACAGAAAGAUCUUUACGUGCAUUAAUUAAAUCCUAGAGCACUUUAGACCUAGCAGUUUGGCUCUAGAACACGCUAACUACUUAGAUUUGUUUCAAAGGGUUCCUAGAUUCCCGAAUUCGAAUAAAUCAGCAAAACGUUCAGUACCUCUGAUACCUUAAUCGUGUUAUUUCUUCUUCUGUAUUCCUCUCGCCUCCGUACUAAGACAGCGACGAAAAUACCCUUUCUAGAUCAGCAGAAAACAUGUUGAAAGUGCAAGAGGCCAAUGCAAUUUUCUUUCAGUGUAACUCCGAGGGGGCCCUUCGCCGGCCAUAAACAAUGAAAGUGGACACUAAAAAGCCUCGGAGGACUCCUUCCAUCUUGAGAAACAGAAUGAGAAUGAAAUAAAGCGAGGAGCGCUGCCAGUUUUAUAAUGAAGUUCCCGCCAAUAUGAAGGCUGGCCAAUCACCAUCGCCUGAGACCUUAUUAGGAGAUCUCCGGAUGGAUCAUACACGUGCGUUGCGUGACUAACAACAGCAGCACUAUGAUGAAGCUCUCAGUGGCUUCUUUGUCUAUCUCUUGGCCUAAACGUCGCCUAAAUGUAUAAUGACAGGUCCUUUUUGACGCUUGAGAUGACGGACUUCACGUGAACCGUAUCGAAGUUGGAUUUUAGUCCACCCAAAUUUACCUGGUGACAAAAGCAAAGGUAAUAGACUAGUAAUAAUCGUCGGGAUAUAGCGCGUCCGCUUACCAUGGCGGCUUCUUCAACUUCAACGUUCACUGCAACUUUAUUUGCACUGUUUAGAUGAAUUAAUCUUAGACAAACAGAAUGAUAAUUUAACAUUAAUGAAUGAGGCUGAGUAUCUUAUGAAGAAUUAUGGAGAUCGAGGAGGAGGGUGUUAAGGCGGAUAACACCCUCCGAGAUCUCCUUAAUUCUUCAUGUGAUACGAAAGCCGAAUUCAAUAAUUGUUUUAUUAUUCAUUCAAAAUAAUUCCUAGUUUAAAAACAUAGCUAAAACAAGCUUACCUGGAUCGAUGUUAAGUUUAUCUCCGAUAGUUUACGUUUAGUUUUGUCCAGCUCCGCAAAUAUUCUCCAAAUAGAAGAUGUCCCCCUCCGAGUUGUCUUCGUGCUGUUUUUGCUAUGUUUUUAGCCAUUAUUUCGCCUAGUUCCAGCUGUAGUUCUUACUCUUGAAACGAGUGAAGUGUCCACCAUUUUAGUUCUUACAACGAAAACAACUCGAUCUUGUCCCCAGGUCUUCUCGGUUAACUGUGCCUUAACCUGUAGCAGGCUGUAUUUUUGACGUCAUUUCCUGGUUAAACACAAAAUUCUUCCGAAUUUGGUCAUCAGUAACUGGUUAUGGUGAAUUAUACGUGUGCUUUUAGCCGAUCAGAAUUGGGGAAAUAUUUUGAAUGAAUAAUAAUCACAAUUAAUGAAUGAGGCUGAGUAUCUUAUGAAGAAUUAUGGAGAUUGAGGAGGGUGUUAUCGAUAACAUCCUCCGAGAUCUUCACAAUUCUAAUUCAUACGAUACGAAAGCCGAAUUCAAUAAUUGUUUUAUUAUUCAUUCAAAAUAAUUCCUAGUUUAAAAACAUAGCUAAAACAUGCUUACCUCCAUCGAUGUUAACUUCAUCUUCGAUAGUGCACGUUUAGGGUUGUUCAGCUCCGCAAAUAUUCUCCAAAUAGCAGAUGUCGCCCUUCGAGUUUUAUUCUUGCUGUUCUUGACAUGUUUUUAGCCAUUAUUUUGCCUAGUUCUUACUCUUGAAACGAGUGAAUUGUCCGCCAUUUUUGUUUCCACAACCAAAACAACUCAACCUCGUCCUUAGUUCUUCUCGGUUAAUGGUGCAUUAACCUGUAGAAGGCUGCAUUUUUGACGUCAUUUCCUCGUUAAUCACAAAAUUCUUCCAAAUUUGGUCAUCAGUAACUGGUUAUGGUGAAUAAUACGUGUGCUUUUAGCCGAUCAAAAUUGGGGAAAUAUUUUGAAUGAAUAAUAAUCACAAUUAAUGAAUGAGGCUGAGUAUCUUAUGAAGAAUUAUGGAGAUCGAGGAGGGUGUUAUCGAUAACAUCCUCCGAGAUCUUCAUAAUUCUUCAUACAAUACGAAAGCCGAAUUCAAUAAUUGUUUUAUUAUUCAUUCAAAAUAAUUCCUAGUUUAAAAACAUAGCUAAAAGAUGCUUACCUCCAUCGAUGUUAACUUCAUCUUCAAUAGUACACGUUUAGGGUUGUUCAGCUCCGCAAAUAUUCUCCAAAUAGCAGAUGUCACCCUUCGAGUUUUAUUCUUGCUGUUCUUGCCAUGUUUUUAGCCAUUAUUUCGCCUUGGUCUUACUCUUGAAACGAGUGAAUUGUCUGCCAUUUUUGUUUCCACAACCAAAACAACUCAACCUCGUCCUUAGGUCUUCUCGGUUAAUGGUGCAUUAACCUGUAGAAGGCUGCAUUUUUGAUGUCAUUUCCUCAUUAAACACAAAAUUCUUCCAAAUUUGGUCAUCAGUAACUGGUUACAGUGAAUUAUGCGUGUGCGUCUAGUCAAUCAGAAUUGCGGAAACAUUUUGAAUGAAUAAUAAUUUUCUUUAAGAAUUGUACUAUUUAAAUGUUUAUAAAUACAAAAUCGAGAGAGGAUGGGCACCGUGGCCAAAGGAGCCGAGGCUUUAGAGUUGGCCACUGUCAUGUUUGAAAUAUAAUCCGACAGAAAAAGCCAAGAUUUAUAUUUGUUAAGAUUAAUGGGCACAGUAUCAUAAUAAUCUACGGUAAAUAUUAUACUAACUGAAGCAUAUCUUAACCUGGGUGUUCAUUUAUGUACCAACGCACAAUAAACAAAGGGCAUACUUUGACAUCUGCUUAGUAGUGAUUGGAAAGAAGAAAUGUUUUAUGCUUUCUAAAAGCAGGUUCAGUUAUGGACUUUAAAAUAAUGUGAUGGGACACUUUCCCAUGCUUGAACUGCCUUAUAUCUAAACUUAAAUUUGUGCUACCUUAUUACAUGAAAUGUUCAUGACACAUUAAUUUCACGAAUUUUGCUGUACAAAAAAAUCACCAAAUUAAAGUGAUGCAAACAAUAAGUGUGGCAAACAUAACACGAUGCAAAAAUUAAUUAACUCACAUUAUGUCCAUAAUCUGCAAGAAAGAACGAGUUUAUUACCACUGAAACGUUUACAAAAUCAAAUUUUUUUAACUUUUCUGAGGAAUUUUCAAUGUAAAUGGAUCUUGUAGCCAAUUGACUCAAGAACAAUAAUUCACGUACAAGCAUCAAUAAUUGAUGCUUGUACGUGAAUUAUUGUGGACAUUGUGAGAACUGCUUUGUUGUUACUGGUGCUCUUGCAUAUUUCUUAAUUUUGAUGUUAUUGUUCCUUUGAUAAAAUCAUUUCAUUUAAUUCAAGGACAUGUUAAAUAACAUUUGUCUAUGAAAUGUAAAUUGUUGUACUCAAAAACGCGAAAUUAAAGUGAAUCAAACUAUGAAAUUUAUACAAAAUUGCGAAAUAAAGAUGUUGUGAAAAUUUCACGUAGUAAGGUAGUCUGUGCGAGUGUUUGUUCUAUACAAAUUUCCUUGGGUAGCAUAUGGAGUUUUAUGAGAGUGUAUGUCUACUGUUGGGAUGAUAAAGUCAGAGAAUAUAGCUGGAGUGUCUUAAUCUUUUUAUUGAGAAUUUUAUGUGUAAAUACAAUGUUUUUGGCAACUCUCGGGUGCUUAUCAAUGAACACACCUGAGUACUUAAUAUGAUCUUUGCGUUCAAUAUUUUGAAUUUUUAUGUCAACUUGUUUUUUAGGAGAUGUUACAACCAUAUAAUAAUUAGUUUUCCUUGAAUUUGGAGACAGCUUAUUAGUAUUACAGUAACUGAAAACUGAUUCAACUGCAGAAUUCAUAACCAAUUCUAAUUCUCUUGGAUUGUCACUAAUAAAAAGAUAUUUGUAUAAAUAUCGGCAAAAAUUCUAAAUGUUGGUCCCUCACAACAGUUAAGGAGAUCAUUUUAUAUAUGGUAGGAAAAGUAGAAGGCCUAAUGUAGACCCCUGAGGUAAGAUAAGGUAAGUGACUUUAUUUAACGAGGGUACGCAUGAGAGUAUUUACAAUUACUGAUAAAGUUGUGGCCCUCUAAAAAUAAAUAAAAAAAUACAAUGAAAUGAAAUAAAAACUAGUAAUAGGUUACUAUUUACAAUAAGAAUAUUUACAAUGAAAUUUUAACAGUAUUCGACUAACGAUAAAAGUAGCUCAAAAUUAGGGACAGUGAGGGUUAAUACUCAUGAGAAUGAAGUGAAGUCUUUUAUUAUUAAUAUCAAAAGAUCCGUUAAUCUUUUGGAAAUUUAAUAUUACUUUCCAUAGUUCUGACUUGAAAUAUUUCAAAGUCUUCUUAGUUGUUAGGGUUCGGGGUAAGUUAUUCCAGUCCUUAGCAGUUCUCAAUGCAAAGGUGUGUUCUACCUCUAAGAUGUUUUUGUGGCAGGGGGACAGUAGAUUUAAAUUACAAUUUCUUGUUAUUCGUGCAUGGUUAUCUGAGUUUUGUCUUAAGGAUGUGUUUAAAUAAUGAGGCAGUGUUCCAUUUAUCCUUUUGAAAGCAAGCGCACAGCAAUUGAUGUAUGCUUCAUUGUAAAAAGGGAGCUAGCUUAAAUUGUCAAACAAUAUAUGUUACUGCUGAUAUGGUGUAAAAGGCCAAGACGCUCGGAGAGCUUGUUGCAGCGUUCAUUGACAUAUACUUUGUAAGUUAGGUCUUCAUUGAUGAUCAAGCCAAGAAGUUUAUAACUUGCAACUUGCUCAAUUUCAGCGGUAUCCAUUACAACUUCCAGCUUUCCUGAAUCUUGGUCCAUAUGUCUCUGUAGACACUUUCGCGUAACCAACAAAGCUUUCGUUUUUUAUGUAUUUAUGUACAUUUUGUUACCUCUAGCCCAUCUCUCUGUCUCUGCCAGAUCAUCAGAUAAUGUUUGGUUUAGUGAUGAAAUAGUUUUCCAAUUUGAACUUGAAGAUAAGGUGGAAUCAUCUGCGUAAAUGUCCACAGUUGUUUUGUGAACAUGAAGAGGCAUAUCGUUGACGAACAAAAGGAAAAGCACCAGACCUAAAAUUGACCCCUGGGACACACCUUGCUUUACACUCAGCUGUUCAGAUUUAACUUUCCCUAAAGUAAUAAACUGCUUUCUCUCAGACAGGUACAAUUUAAACAAAGCAGUGGAAGAGGAACGAACCCCAUAGACAGACAACUUUUUUAGAAGAAGUUCAUGAUCUAUUACAACAAAAGCUUUGUGAAAAUCUAUAAACACCAAACCAGUCAACUCCUUAUUGUCGAUGUUUGUUUAGUAUCUGAUUUGUAAGUCUAAUAAGGGCUGUGUCUGUAGAAUGUCCUGACCUAAAAGCUGACUGGAGCUCAUAUAGCAAGUUGUUAUCUUGCACAAAUUUAAAAUGGGAGUUGGCUACGUGCUUUUCGAGAAUCUUACCCCACAAAGGAGAGGCAAUUAACUAGAUUCUGCAUCACCUAAGGCUAAUUUAAUGUACUGCGUAUGAUGUUUUAAAUAGCUUUCAAACCAGCCAAGGGGGAGAUGCCUGAUUCCAUAAGCAUAUAGUUUUGAGAGUAAUAUUUUAUGAUUAACCGUAUCAAAUGCCUUUGAUAGAUCAAGGAAGACUCCAAAAGAUGUUUACUUUUUAUCUAUCGCUUCUUUUAAUUUUUCAGUGACCUCUAGUGUGGCUUGUUCAGUAGGGAAGUUCUUUUGGAAGCCAAAUUUAUAUUUAUAUAAAAUUUCCAUCUUGAUUUUAUGAUGUACCGAGGGGGCAGGCAUUGGGGAUUAUAGCUCUUUGGGGAGGGGGCAAGAAAAAUUUUUCUCUCCUCCUCCCAAACCGUUCCCUGCCCCCUAAGUAGAUUUGACACUCAUCUAAGAUGGCUGCCCUUAAUGCAAAGUCCUCGAUCUCAACAGUCUUAUGGAAAAAUAGGGGACUGUGAGCAGUCUAAACUAGUAAGUAGAGGUUAACUUGUGGGGGUAUGUUUUGUUCCAAGGGUUUUUUUCAACAACAACAACUUUAUUCUUUGUACAAAAAUACAAAAGUUGGAUAGUUUGCCCACAAAUAGCUCGAAAGCUGUUCAUGAUGGGCAAGACAAGUACAUGAAUAACACAAUUAUCUAAUAAAAUCAAAAACCUUAAACUAUUAGAAAGUAUUGCAACUUAAAAUAAAUAAACCACAGAAGUUAAGUGAUCUAAUUAACACAGCGCUUUCUGACAUACAAUGCUUUAAGACAAGGAGUCACUGACUCUUAAAUGAUAACACAGAAAAAGAAAAGCAGACAUUUAAACGUUUAGCAAGUGUAUCUGUGUACCUACUUUUUUAAUAAUCAUGGGGAUUUGAAUAUAGUCAUCCUCCUUUUCUAAGAUAUCAAAUAGCAAUUUGCGGAGAACUCUUUUGAAAGCUUUUUUUGAAAGCUUUUUUUGUUCUACUUACAGAACUAACCUUAUUCAUCUUGAGAUUUUACAGAAAUGAGUGAUCAGAACUAUAGCUAAAACAACUUUCGAUGCACAUACUGAUCCAAUCUUUCAAAAUCUUGGUAUCUUAAAAUUUCAUGAUAUAUACUUAUUACAACUAGGCUUAUUCAUGUACUCCUAUCAAAACCUUACUCUACCUUUAAAAUUUCAUUGUAAAUUUACCUUACAAAGUCAAAUUCAUUCGUAUAAUACAAGAAACUCGUGUAAAUUUCGUCUGCCUUUCUGUCGUACUCGAACCAAACAAUUUUCCGUUUUUUAUCAAGGACCUAAAUUUUACAACACCUUAAACACCAACAUCAUCCACGCUUCCUCACCUUUCUCCUUUAAAAGAGCACUUAAGGCAUUUAUUUGUAAUAAUUAUUAGUAUACUCCAACAAAAAUCUUGGGAAAAAGCCUUUUAAUAUUCAACAUUUGUAAACUUCCGUAAUAUUGAUUAGUUUAAUUUUUCACCUCAUAUUAUAUUGUAUCCGUCGCCGUGAUUUUUACCCCAUCUUCGAAAAAUUGUAAUUGAGGAGGCCUAAUUAACAUAAGCUCUAUAGUUUCUUUUAGGCCUCCUCGCCAUCUCUUCCUUCCUUUUUUUUUUUUUUGGCAUCUUUUUGUAAUUAUUGUAAUUGUGUGGCAAAUGAAUAAAAUACCUAAAUACCUAAAAUACCUAAGAUCCGUUAUAUAGCAUGGUAUCUUAUUCCUUUCGUGGCUUGUCGUUACCCAUCAUACUGAAUGGUUUUCAGAUUUUGUAGGUUCAGGAUAAGAGAGGAAUUCAUGAAUUGAGAUUGGAGCAUACAAAACACAUCUGUACAGCUCAGUGCACGUGUUUCUUGUAAUUACCCCUCUCCCCACCGCCCAAAAAAAGAAUAAAGAAAUGAUGCCACGCUGUCUUUAGUACAGUGUAAAGAUACAAUCACUUUCUGACAAAUAGAAGCUUGAAUGCAGAGUUCUUCAGGGCGCUACAAUGUAAAUAAUGCUGUGAAGCGAAGGAAUUAUUGAAUGCAUAAAGUGCUUUUCAUCCUACUUCUACUAAAGUGAGAUACAAUAAAUUGACAUACAUGUAUAAAGAAAUUGCCUAGUCUGAUUGAUUGAUUUGAUGAAAUGUUGUAGUACAGUGCCUAAAACUCUUGAAAUACUGUAAUGCUUUUCCAGUUUAACAAUGUGUGAACCCCUGCACACGGUUAGUGACAAGGAGGAAAACAGAUUCUUGGUGACUGAUUAUUUUUCACAUGUGGAAAUAUAGUAAGUGACUCAUAUUUUGAACUGUGCAUAAAGACAUGAAAGUAGAAAUGAUCCUCGCGGUUGAAUAAACAACCUAUGUUGAAAAAGAACCUAUUAUUUUCCCCUCUGUGUCCACUUGUUUAUUCCAGGGGUCACUUUUUUAGAGUUUAAGGAGUUGCAUACAUGUAUAUCAGAUGUACUUGUUAAUUUCAUUGAGGUAGAUGUUUUAGUCAUAAUCUUUAACCCUAUAGGUUUAAUUAUUCUUUGUAGGAGUUCUAUAGAAGCUAACUGUACUAAUGGUUCUUGAAACAAAUGAUACUGGUAAAUGCCCAACGUGAGCACAGAAAUGGAUUGUGGGAGGUUGACUUCAUGCAGUGUUCAAGAAGGAAGAGGAGCUUAAAACAAAUUGCUAGAACAACUCUAGUACAGAAUUUUUCCACUCUGUCACAUUUCUCCAGGACCUGUACUAGGGGCCACUCCAGGUUGCCUUCAUAAUUUAUUGGUAUGAAAAUAUAACUAUUCUCUGGCAUUACUAGUAAUCUGAUCUUAAAGUACACCCUUUUUUAGCGAAGAUGGCACUGAAACUGUCACAAUGUGUGAUCAUGAUUUGCUUGUUGUCAGCAUUGUUUCAGGAGGAUAAAUAUAUAACAAUGAUGAACAUGCAGGACUAAUCUGAAAUGUUAAUUGGUAAGCAAAUUUCAUCUUUUAUUCAAAAUCAGUGAUAACAUUUUAAGUGUGAGAAGAAUAUUUAUUGGUUGAUUUUUGAGUUACAUGUUUACACAGAAUUCAUUGGAUGCUGGAUUCAUUUGCACCAUAUGCAUGGGUCAUGAGAAAAACUGUGAACAAGAAGCAAUUUAGUAGAAACUAAACUCUGCAAAAUGACUGUAUUUAAGUAGUUGUGACAUUCCUUCUAAUUGCAUUGCUUUGUUGAAGUCACUAUGUAGAGAUUAUCGUCCUGUAGGAAACAUGAAAUUCUCAUUCAGACCAGGGUUCCAUUAAGAGCAAUUGACCCUAGUCUUGAUAAAGGUUUAUUUUAUUAUGCAAAAUUAUGAAGCAAUUAAAUAACACAAUCUAACCUUAAAGAGAAUUAAUGUGAAGGUAACUUCUUUUCCCAAAAUAUGGAAGAAACAAAAAGACAUUGACAAAUAUAUCUUCACAUUUCUUUUCUAAGAUUUGCAUUAACUGCUGGUGUCCUAGUUGGUUUCAGAUUUUAAUAAUUAAAAUUAGUACUUUUGAUAUAUCUUUAUUUUAUUUAUAAUAAUUAGUAAAAUACAUUAAUUAAAAAAUGAUAAUUCUUAAUUUGAUACUCUUCUUUGUCUCACAAUAGUGUUUCACACUAACCGACUCACAUAUUGCGACAGUGGUGUUCCUCUCAAAAUUCAUCAGAAGUACAGUCAAACCUGGUUAAUACAGACACUGAGGGGACCAUAGAAAGUGUCCGUAUUAAGCCAGUUUAGUUUAGAUAAAUUAUAAGGGCUUUCUUUCCCCAGGGACAAAGCCAACAGUUCAUAAUAAUGAGGUGUCUGUAUUAAGUGGGUGUCUGUAAAGCAGGGUUUGACUUUACUACAACAAGGAUGUGCUGAUGAUAAAAAAAUUAAAUCUUCAAGCUGACAGUGUAUGGAGAUAUCAAAAUGCAUAAUAUAUUUACACUGUACAUGUAGAUUAAAAACUAAAAAAGGACAAUGGUGUCAGUUAUGGUUUCUGAGAACAGCCAAUCCAGUAACUAUUUAUUCUUCUAUUAUCUAUAUUAUUAUUUAUCAUUCACUCAAAAUAUUUUGCCAUUUCUGAUUGGUCUAAUUCCUCCAGUUAAUUCUAUAUAACCAGCUACUAUUAUUUUACCACAUUUUGAAAUACAUGCGAGCAACGAAUCAGGAUGCAAUGGUAUGUAGAGAGGAGAAGUGUGAUGUCAUGUUACCAUGGUAGCACUAUUUCUGGAUGACAACAAAACCAACGACAACGACAACAGCAAGGAGAACAGCAAAAAAUAAUAUGUUUGUAUUAACAAACAACAACUUUGUAUGUGCAUCACGCUAUUUUGUCGUUGCACCACUACGACAUGAAUCUUCCUAAUUUCACGAGCCCGCUUUAUAGAGUAGUUGAACACAACACAAAAAUUGUCGCUUUCUUUUUUCUAAACUUAGAUAACAAUAUACAAUCCCAAAGAAAUUUUUGCCAAGAUUUGCCAAAUGAAAUGAAACUGAAUAAGAUUGGUGAAGUUUGAAAUAGUGCGAAUAGACUUUUAAGUGACUUUAUCGGUUUUGCUACUAUGGCAACGUUGUGUAACGACUUCACUUCUCUACUGCCCUAAUAUAAAGUAGCAAUCUCAUUUACAGGCAGUGGCAUGGCAGCCUAGCUGUUUAUGUCUGAAACAACUCAAGGGAUUGGGGAAAGAGUUCAUAGCUUUUCAAAGACGAAAUAGUUGUUUUUCUGACUAAAAGUUAAACUAAACAGAAGAAAUGCAAAAAUACCUAAAAAUGUCUCUUUAUGGGUGUUAUCAAUUUUUUUAGGAGUAUCUACAAGAAAAAAAAUCUGUUUAUAUCUGGAAACCAAGUUGGGAAACUGUUAAAUGUUUUGAAGAAAGUCUACAAGGAGGUAAGGUUAUUAAGAAAAAGGAAAUAUCUUCAACAAAUAAAAUACAAAUAUUUGUCUUUCUUGUGACUUGUGGAAUUAUGUAGAUCUUGGAUGCUGACAGCCUCAUUCAAUUUAUUGUUUAUUAUUAUUAUUAUUUUUACUAUUUUUGUUAUUUGAUGGGCAGUUUUUGGCCACUAUACACCUUCUGUGUAUUCCCCUACCCUGCAUGGCUGAGCGGUUAGAGCAUUGCACUUGUAAUCUGGAGGCCCAUGAGACCCUGUGUUCUAGUCCUGCCCUGACUGCUAUCUGGAUAUGUUUUUGGUGCUCCUGAGUUCAAAGCCUCGACCUCAUUUGUAAAAGAGACAACUGGUUCGCCUCCUUUCACUUGGGAUUCUUAACCAUGUUAUGUUUCAUUUGAAUUUGUUUCAGUAUCCCUAAGAGGAUAAUUAGGCAUUGUAAUUCCAUCGUUCCCUGGAGUUUUAUUGUUUUGGAAACUAUCCAAGAUAAGUGCGCAUUCUUCUGGAGUAAUUUCACCUUCACAAGACAUUUUUUGUUCUUCUGACAGUUUAGGAAUGUUUAAAUCUUUUAAAAAGGAUUUAAUUUCGUGCAAAUUUUCAUUAUUCAUGUUCUUACUCGAGUACAAUUCUUGAUAAAAAACGUUGUUGUUCGGACAAGAUCUUUGACGGAUCCGUGGUAGACGAGCCGUUGAUAUUUAAUUUUCUCAUAUGUUUUUUGACAUGAUUUCUUUUUUCUAGGUUUAAAAAGUAUUUGGUGCUUUUCUCGCCAUGCUCGUGCCAGCGGGCUCGCGCUCGAAUAAUUAUUCCUUUAACCUUUUCUUCAUAAAACAAUUCGAGCAUAUCUUUAGCACAGUUAAGAAGAUUUGCAUUCAAAAUACUAGGAUCUGUUUCGAAAGCACACUUUGCAUUAGCGAGUUGUUCUUGGAGUUCCUUUUCUCUUUCACUUCUUUCUCGAGCUUUUCUUUUGGAAUACUGUAUAGUGUGUGCUCUUAUGUUGUAUUUUAACCAGUCCCAAAUACUUCGACAGUUCGAAAGGUCCUUACGACCUUCAGCUAACCAGAUAGGUAUCCUCUCCGUGAUGCCAUUAACGUAGUCUUCAUCAUCUAAAAGGGAGCAAUUCAUUUUCCAGAUACCUGGACCUUUGAUGUCAUCAGAUUUGUAUACAAGUUCAAGAGUAAUAGCUGCAUGGUCUGUUCUAAUUGCCGGGAUUAUAUCUGCUGCUUUAACUAGAUCAUGUAAAGAAUUUGAGAUCAGCCAAUAGUCUAAACGACAAAGAUCGUAGGCAAAUUUUGACUCCAUGUAAAGCUCUUUUUCUGAGGAUUCUUAACUCUCCAUAUAUCGACGAGAUCAAACUCUUCUAGUAGGUUGCUAAUGGUUGAUACAACAGAUUUUCUUGGACUCAAUUGGCCUCCUUUCUUAUCCAUAAGUGGAUUAAGAGGGCAGUUGAAAUCCCCUCCCAUAAUAAUGUUUUCUUCUUCAUCAAAAUUAUUAUUUCGCAAAAUCAGAAGUAGAUUGUUGAAAAAGCUCACGAUAUUCGAAUCUUUAUUCGGAGCGUAGAUGUUGAUUAGAACAUACAUUUUGUCAUUAAAUUCUGCUUUUAUUAUAACAUAUUGUCCUGAGGGGUCCAACACUUUUGAGUGAAUUGUGCAAUCAACAUCCUUUUUAACAAGAAUUGCCACCCCGCGUGAAUUGGAGGUCCCGUGGGCCAUAAUAAUGUCACUCCCCCAUUCAUUUCUCCAACACGUCUCUGAGUCCAUUUUUGAGUGGGUUUCUUGUAAGAAGAUGAAAUCUGCUUUUUGCUUUCGACACCAAGUAAAUAUCGUUCUCCUUUUCUUAAAAUUUCCAAUGCCCCUUACAUUUAAGGAAACUAAUUUGCACGUGCUAGCGCACAUUUCAGUAGUAGUAAAAUACCAGUAAAACUGUGAUUGCAGAAGAAAACAUGAGAUAUGAUUAAAGAGCGCUCCGCUUGGUUUUUGCAAUAUUUAGAUAAGAAUAGACCUUUCCUCAAAUUAGAGGAAAUUAACGCGAAAAAUUUCAUCAGUACAUAUAUAUUAGAAUAAUAGAUUCUAUUGCCUUUUACGUACACUACACAAAAAUGGAACAAGAGGGAAAAACACGAUAAUACACCUACCUCAUGUUCCAGAUUAAUAUCCAUCUACUAACAACCUAGAUCCUACACAGAAGAAAGCUCCUCCGCCAAAAAAAAGAGAAAACAAUAUAAUCAAAAUAAAAGGUGUCCAUGGAGCAAAAAUCUAACAAAAGGAUGAUGAUCUUAUCUGAUGUUGUUUUGAUACAAAAGAGCGAAUAAUUAAAAAUCAUACAUAAUAUUGAGAAGAAAAGAAACUUAUAACUUCGCCAGAAAAUAUUGUAAUCGCCGUUCGGCAAACUGAUGAAUAAAGCUCAAACUCAAAGGAUUCUUUUAGAGUCAGAAUUUAAUAUAUUUACCAUCGAUGUAAAGUUUGUCUGGUUCAGACUUGCUAAAGUUGGCCCGUCUACCUUCUUUUCUUGCCUGUUUUAAUUUCUCCAUCUGCGCUUUCCUCAGUUGAUGUAGUUCCUUUGGAAUGUCCUCAAACAUUUUGAAGUUUGUGCCCUUUAGCUUUCGCCCUUGUUUGAAGACACGCUCCUUGUCUGAAAAUCGUAGAAACCGAGCGAUAAUCGUGCGGCCGUCGUUACCAGUAUCAUCUUUUGGCUUGCCUAGCCUGUGGACCCUCUGGAAUUCAAUAUGUUCGGCGUUCUCAACUCCAAGCGUAUUUUUUAUAAAGUUCACAAGAACGCCUUUGGUAUCUUCGUUUGCAGUUUUCUCUUCUUCAGCGUUUUGGGAAACUUCUGGAAUUCCUUCGAAUUUUAGAUUUUCGAUGGAAUUCCCAUCGAAUUCUAUAAAAAAUUUUGGCCUUUACUUUGUGAGCCUUUCAUUCUCUGUGCUAACGAAUGCUUCGAAAAAGGUGAAAUGUCGCGCUCUCAAAAGCAAGCAGUAAUUACGCUCAUCGAAAAGAAAGGAAAAGAUCGAUCCUUUCUGGAAAACUGGAGGCCGAUAUCUUUGGUAAAUGUGGAUGCGAAAAUUAUGGCUAAAGUUAUAGCUGCUAGAAUACAAAAUGUUCUACCAAGCAUCAUCCAUUACAAUCAAACUGGAUUUAUAAAAGACCGCUAUAUCGGCGAAACAGUACGAUCGAUUUUUGACAUAAUGAACUUCACUGUUGAAGAAAACAUUCCUGGUUUGUUGAUCUUUAUCGAUUUUCAGAAGGCUUUCGAUAGUUUAGAACGCAGCUUUUUACAAAGUUGUCUAGAAUCUUUUAAUUUUGGCCAGAGCUUUAUUAGAUGGGUUUCUUCUUUUUACAAAAAUAUACAAAGCUGUGUUAUCAACAAUGGCAUAAUCUCUGAUUACUUUACAGUCGAACGAGGAGUAAGGCAAGGUGAUCCUCUUUCUCCUUAUCUCUUUGUAGUAGCUGUUGAAACCUUGGCUAUCGCAAUAAGACAAAAUCCAAUGAUAAAAGGUAUUACUAUUGACAAGAAGGAAACAAAAUUACUUCAAUACGCAGAUGACACAACUGUGGUUCUGUCAGACAUCGACUCAGCCCAAACUCUUUUCAGGUUGUUAGACGAUUUUAAGAGGAUUUCAGGUUUAGCCGUUAAUCCCUCAAAAACUGAAGCAAUGUGGAUCGGAUCAUUAAAGGAAAAUAAAUCAAAACCUUUUGGUAUUAAAUGGCCAAAUGAACCAAUUAAAGCUCUCGGAGUCUAUUACACCUAUGACCAAAAAUUACUACACGAGAAAAAUUUUAUAGAAAGACUAGACAGCGUGAAAAAAUUGGUACACAUAUGGUCUGCGCGAGGUCUUUCCCUUUAUGGAAAGGUUACUGUUAUCAAAUCGUUGAUUGUUCCAAAAUUUGUUUACGUGGCAUCAUUAUUAACAAUUCCAAAGUGGGCGGUUCAAGAAUUGAACAGAUUGAUAUUUAAAUUCCUAUGGAGAGGUGUUGACAAGGUCACACGUUUGUCAACAAUAAAUGACUACCAAAAAAGUGGCUUGAAAAUGAUUGACCUAGAAACGAUGGUCAAAUCUUUAAGACUUGCCUGGCUAAAGAGAAUCUUCAGCGAAAACGACAGCACAUGGAAGAAUUACUUGCGUUAUCAACUUAAAAGUUUCGGGGCCUCUUUCUAUUUCAUUGUAACUACGAUGUAAAAGACGUUCUAAUCAAAUCACCUUUUUACUCCGAGCUGCUUCAAUGGUGGGCUGAUUUUCGUGACGACUUUUCUACAGAUAAAAUGCGGUAUAAUAUUAUUUGGAAUAAUAAAGACAUUAGGAUAAAUAAUAAGCCAAUUUUUACAAAACAUUUUUCGACAAUGGUUUUCUUCUGGUUUCCGAUCUUCGAUUUGAUUUAAGUAUUGCAGAGUCACAUAGUAUCAUUAUAAGAAAGAUUGAAAAAACCAAUUUCUUAGUAUGGGCAGGUCUCAGAUAUGCUGUACCGUCCCACUUAAAAGCUAAUCCUAGAACAUCUGAUCACACCUUUUUAACAAUGCCACCCUCCGUGAUAAUUAAGAAUAACGACUUUGAUAUUUUAAAGAAGAAAUCAAAAGAUUAUUAUUCAUUGCUCAUAAGUAAAAAGGCACAGCUUUCUAAAAAUACCUCAGCUUUAAAACGGGAUUUUAAUCUGACGGAAGAUCAGCUAGAAAAAGCAUUUCUUUUUACCGCACAUCAUAUGUUCUGAAUUCUAUGUUAAGGCCUUUCAGUACAAGGUCCUUAACUCCAUAUUAUAUACUAACACUAAGUUAUAUAAAAUAGGAUAUAUUACCGAUGAUAAAUGCUCCUUUUGUAUGUAUAAACCGGAAACCCUUAUCCACCUUCUUUUUGACUGUGUAUAUGCAAAACUUUUCUGGAAGGAUUUUGAAUUAUAUUAUUACUCGUUGUCAAAUGAAUUGAUCAACCUUAGUCUACAGGAUGUGCUAUUGGGUAUAAUAGCCGUACAAUGCCCUUUACUGAACUACUUUCUACUAAUAGCCAAACUAUAUAUAUGGGAUUGCAGAAGAUCACAAACUCGUCCAAUUAUUGCAGGGUUUAAGUUAAGGAUUAAUAUUAAAUUGAAACAGAAAAAUAUAUUUGUACCAAAAAUAGAACUUUAAGUGACUUUUAUAAAAAUGGGCGAUAUUGUGCACCGCGUAACGCUUUAUUAUUAUUAGUAUUAUUAUUAUUACAGUCUAGGCCGUUCAGUUCUCUUUACUUAUCCUUCUAAAUAAAAAGAAAAACACUUAUACUUAAUCUAUAUAUAAUCCUCUUAUACUUUUCUGUUGCCAUUGUGUUUAUAGUGUUAGUAUUGUAAAUUAUGUUAGUAAUCACUUUAGUUUAAGUUAUUAGUCGUCAAUAAUUGUAAUUGUAACUUUCUUUUCUUCUUUCUAUGUAAAAAAAGUAAUGAGUACGGUGUUGUAAGUAGUGUAUGCACUGUAAGUUGUGUUAAGUAACAUUUUGUAAGUAGUGCUUGUGUUGUAAAUAAAUAAAAAAAAAAAAAAAAAAAAAAAAAAAAAAAAUUAGGCAUUGUAAGUACUUAUAAUUUAUCCAGUUUGAAAGAUGUCGCACGUAGCAUCAAUGAUGAGUUUUUAUCUAAUAAUAGUUUGAUUCCCCUUGGCAGAGGAUUUGUACACUUGGUUUGGAAUCUUCUCAUCAGUUCUAUUGCAUUUUUCAGUGUCUUAGACAAGGGGUCACUUUUAAAGGAUCUCAAUCAACCGCUUUGUCAGAUUGGAUGAUACUUUGUUGUGGAAGUCCUGGUGAGCAUAUCUAAUGGUUUAAGAAGUACUGUGCUAAGCUUAGAGUCUGGUUUCUUAAGAAAUGUUGCUGUUUCACAAAAAUUCACUUGAUGCCUUAUACUUACCGUAAAUCUGCUAUUAAGCCCAGCCCUGUCAGUUUUUUCUGUUUUUUGUUUCUUAUAGCAUUAACAUUUCUUUCUGUUUUUUGCCUUCCCUGCCUUGAUUAGAUUUUUCUAUUUACGGGGGAACAUUAAACAUGAAACUCUGCUGUAUAUUGUUGAUGUAUUCCCAAUAAAACUUGUUUGUUUGUUGUUCUCGCCCAACUCGGUCAUCAGUGAAAACUCUCCUAGAUUGUUUCCAAAAUGCCCAAUGCUUUUUUGGACUGAUUCAAACGCUGUUUGUGCUAGUAAAACUUCUCCCCAGGCAUUUCCAUAGUUUCUCUCAAUUCACUUGCAAAGUAAACUUUUACUAGUUCUGUUCAUUUCUGUAGUGAAGCGCAACCGCUUGGAUUAUUGGGUUAAUAGUUUUAGUCGAGUAGUUUUAUAGUUAUUUUAAGUUCGCGGCACCAGCUAAUGGCUUACUUCACAACCGAGUGGUUUUCAAUAGCGUAUUGUUAUUUUUGACAGCCAUUGUCAUUCCUACUAGACUUAAAACAAUAGUUUGCUGGUCUUAAGUAGGCUACGUUUCUACCAGACUUUUUCAAACUCGUAGGUAUAGUGGCUCUUGUCCGUAAAUUUUAAAAGUUAAACGUAUUCUGCACUAUUCUGUCCAUAAAUUUCUGGAUUUUGUUGCUGGUACGUUUCCGGAAAAUCGCGCUCAAAGUCAGCUUCCAUACAAAACAUGUCUGUCUAUCAUCAGUUUUUUUAAGAUCGCAAUUGUAUAUAUACAAGACUAAUUUAAUUCAGCUGGUCAGGAAAAAGUCAAGGAAUUUCAUAAACCUUUUGCUGUGGCAACAAUGUAUAAGCACAACACCCCUGUAAAGUUUCUCCAAAUAUCCUGUAUUAAAUACCCUGCCGUAGCACAUCACUGAAAAAGAUCGCUUGAAGUUUGGUUUCUCACACAGAUUCGAUUCUGGUGUUCAUACAAACGUGCCCACGUUGCAGUGAUAAAUUAUAAUCGAGUUCUCAGCCCAUUAGUCACAAAAAGUAGGCUUGUCACAUGCGAAGACGCUGGCCCAAAAAGGACGAAACCGCUAGGCUGUAUUUUUGCUCCAAAUCCCAUGUAAAGAACAGAAAGAACUGAGUUCUCCAAAAAACUGAAGUCACACCCGACUCCGAGCACUGGCCUAUAAGGGAAAAGUUCAAGACUUUACAUGCGAAAGUCAAGAAAUUGCUCCGCGAAAGCCGUAAGCACUUUUAUGACUCCAUAGAUACGUGCUUUAAAGAGGAAUCCUAAGCGCCUGUGGUCUAUUUUUAAGCUUAAUUCUAAAUCACGUCAUAUUCCAGACCUUGUCUCGAUGGCAACUGCCCCUGAAACUACCGAUGACCAACUGCAUGAUCCACUGAGAGAAAGUUCUGAUUUUCUUGCAGGAAUAGCUGCCCUGUUUAAUCGUUUUUUUGCCUCUGUAUCUACAGUUGACAGUCCAAUGGAGGAAAUAUCGUGCGCACCUUCGAACACUGUUAUGGUCGAUCUAACUCUCACUGUGACCACGGUCCAAACUGCACUUGAAGCUCUGGAAGUCGGUAAAGCCACAGGGCCGGACGAAAUUCCAGCUAAGUUGCUUAAAGGAACUGCCCCAGUAAUCGCUCCAUCCCUUUGUAAGAUCUUCAAUAAGUCACUCCAACUAGGGUCUCUUCCGAGCGAUUGGAAACUGGCCAAUGUCUUAACUGUCCAUAAAAAGGGCGCAAAAGAUCACGUGGAAAAUGGCCGUCCUAUCUCUUAAUUGCCAAUAGUGUCUAAGGUUUUGAAGCGUUGUGUUUUGAAGAUGGCAUCAAGGCCUUCGACAAAGUCAGCCAUAGAUGCCUCGUCCACAAGCUAAGUCAAGCCGGCUUUGGCGGCAAGCUGCUCAAUUGGUUCCAGUCCUACCUAUGGGGUCGCCGCCAACGCAUCACAGCACUCGGCGCCAUUUUGAAGGAUCUUCCUGUUACCUCUGGAGUUCCUCAGGGUUCUUUACUUGGACCGGGCUUCUUCCUCCUAUACGUUAAUGUUGUUUCUAGUAGUCGAGUGUUAAUGUUCAUCGACGACACAGAAAUAACCAGGGAGAUUAGGACCAUAGGCAAUGCCUGUUCCCUCCAGACAAACCUUGGAAGGCUUGAAACUUGGUCCCAAACAUCUGGUGUCCCCUUUAGCAAAGCCAAAAGUGUAAGGCUAAGCGCAUAACAAGGCCCCUAAUGUCUACCUACAACUCAACAACACUCUGCUCUGAACAACGUGCGCCGCAGAAAAUGACCUGGGUGUAUGCAUUACUAAUGAUCUGACAUAUGGAACAAGCAAGUAUACGAACAUUCUGCCCGUGCCAACAAACUACUUGGGUUCAUCAAGAGAAACACGAGAUUCAUCCUUGGCACCGCUGUUCUCAGUACGUCCUCAUUUGGAAUACACCACUCAAAUCUGGGCACACCAGUCCAUCGAACUCACUGCUAAACUUGAGUGCAUUCAAAGACUCACCACUAGGUUUAUUUUAAACCUGCCUUAUUCUUCAACUAUAAGCUACUUUUAUUCUCGUCUACAAACUUUAAAUCUCUUACCUAUUUGCCACGGGCAAUAACUAUUGGACCUCAUCUUCUUUUUCAAAAUAACAUAGUUUAGUCAAGGUAGACAGACCCCUCUGUCUUACCUGAUAUUCGCAAGUACAGAUGGACUAGAUCAUCCACCAGUGCCAAUAUUAAUAAAUAAAUAUCUAGCAAAUGCAAGACCACUACUUACCAGAAAUCUUUUCUCGUUAGAGCAUGUAGAAUUUGGAACUGUCUCGCUGACGAACUUGAUUUUAGUUUAGUGUCCUUAACUUCAUUUUAAUCGGUUUUAAUCGGUUUUAUUUAAUAAUUAUUACAAGACCUUGUUAGCCACUUUUUUUGAUGUAAUAGUGUGUCUGUCUGGCACCUCAUCCGAUCGCUUGCUGUAUGUAGUUACUGGUAGUCUCUUUUCUUGAAUUUUGUCAUUCUUAGCAUUUCAUACUCUUUUUACUUUACCCGGGCCCUCUGUAAUUGGUCUCAGCUGUUGCAGUGUCCCUGCUGACCUCCUUCUGUAGUUUAAUUACGUUGUAUGUUUUUUUUUGUUUGUUUGUUUCUUCGGCAAAGCUAAAAAAAUCAAAUAAAAAUAAAUAUAGCAAAUGGCGGCAAGUAGAACUACUAUUAUAGACAUUGGCCCAAGAGGACAAAACUGCUAGGCGACAUUUUUGCUCCAAAUUAAAUAAUUGCUUUGAUUUUCUCGCAUUUAAUUAUAGUGACAAAAUCAAGUCUUUUGCCGGAGGGGUGGGUGGACCCCCACCCAACCCCGCCCAACCCUGAUGUUUUGCAGUGCACACUUCAAGUCAUUUGCAUCUCCUCAUUUUAGCUCUGUUCUACAUUGGAGUAUAUAUUAUUCAGUAUCUCAUGUAUUUUGUUGCUAAUAUGUUGCAUUUUAUGAUUCAGUCUUUGUAACAGGCUGUGGGAGGAGAAGUGAAUGUCUUUUACCCAGAGCUUACUGCCAUUGAGUCUUCCUUCAAUCUCUUUACCAAUCAGCUACGCCAUUUGCAAGUUAGUCAGCCAAUCCUCAAGAGGUUAAAAAGACACUGUUUGAAUUUAAUCAAAUCCUGGCCUCAUGGAUAAACAUUGGAGAAGGUGAUCUAAUCCAUAGGUCGUGGAUUCGAUGCUCACCAUUGUUAAAGAUAUUAUCUUUUUUCUUGUGUGCGCCUCUUUCCAUGCUUUGGCUAAAAUGGAGUUACAAGAGAUGCUAUGACAGUUGAAGUCACCCUUAUUUUUAUAGAAACCAAAUCAUAGUUCAAACUGGUCAUCUGUUGGAAGGAUAUAUAUAAAUUAAAGGCUGACAGGGUGUCCAGUUCCUAUUUUUUCCUAUUAUUGAGCCUAUUCCUAUUUUCUCCUAUUUUUAAACUAAAACCUCUUAUUUUUCCUAUUUUUUAGCUGGUGAAGCCAAAAUUUUGAACAAAAAUUUGAAAAUGGAAUAGAAACAAUUAUAGUUGUGUGUGUUUCAGAGUAAAAUUUAUCAUAAAGCAAGUAGUAUGUUGACUUUGAUGUACUAAUGGUCUCAAUAAUGAUAGUUACAUUUGUUCUUCCCACGGCCUCUGUUGCUUAUUAGAGUUCUGUUAACAACUUUGUUAUAUUGUUACCGCUUUUUGUAUAAUUUUCUAGUGCACUUACAUGUAUUGUAUGAAGUGUAAUAUAGUUCUCAUGACUACUGAAUAAUAUUGUGCAUAGCCCACUGAAACUGCAUUUCAGUAUCUGUACAUGUUAUAUUUGAGUUUAUUUUAUAAGUCUUGCUCGCUUUUAUGGUCAUCUUUAUAACUGAAAACAGACUCAAGUUGUCUUCUCAUAACACAGGUCAGAUAGAUCAUCAAUCAGCUUCCUUUUUACAAAACCAAUUAGUAGCUGGAUUCUGGAUGCUACGUGAAAAGAACAGACUCAAGUUUAGUUUACGGCACUACCUCUCUUGGUGAGCCUUGUUAACCCUUGUUAACAGCUAUACCUAAGCAACUGACGAAGGAUCCAAUAUUUUGCUUGCAACACCGGUCUUGCAGUCAAAGCUAAGCAGAGAGUUACCUUCUUCUUAUAACUUAACCAUGACGCACUUACAAUCUGGUACCAAAUGGAUCAGUGUCAUUUUGCGUACACUGCGGAAAGCCUGGUUUCGUACUUAAAACUAUACGGUCUUUUGACUCAGACAAGCAUAUUCUCAACCAGCUACUGAUUGCAGAUUAAUGGAAGGAAAGCUUUCCGUGGGACGUUUUAGUCCUAGUUCGGUAUCCUUCAAUGACAACGCAAUGGUAAGAAAUUUCUAUCCUAAGAAAUUUCACUUAUCAAAGCUUUUCAAAGAUUGGCUGCCAACUUAAAGGGAAUUUGCAUAUGACCACCUUUGAUUAUAGAACCACGCUUGACCUAUAGUCAAGCAUAUCAUUCUGAUUAUCAGCUGAACUGAGCCGAUAAACUAAACGUUUCUGAUCAUUUUCACUCCUUCUAAGCCGCGAAAGUUGAUCUAAAUCCUGCAAACGUAGAAAGCUGAGGACUCGUAGCCUUUAUUAUAACCCUGAUGAGCUGCAGGGAGGCUAUCUUUGUCAAUGAAAGUACUAUUGAUUUUCCUAUUUUUCUCCUAUUUUUAAUACAAAGUUUCCUAUUUUUCCUAUUUUCUCAACCCUGAGUUUCCUAUUUUCCUAUUUUUUUGACCAAGCAUGCUGCUGGACACCCUGGGCUGAAACUACCGCCCCAAUUUCGGUCAGAAUGAAAAAAAUCAGCUCUUGGCAUAACGAGUCAACCAAAAACAAUCUUUAUUUCUUCUCUCUUUAGGCUUAUAAGAUAUUACAAGCAGUAAAAAUGUUGAAAAUAAAAUUAGAGUACUGGCGUUUCUAAUGUGAGUUUUCUCCUUCAGAUGUGUUUUCAUAUAUAUUUGGAGAGUGGCAGUUUAAACCAUGUGGACGGUGCUGAAACUUUCGAUCGAGAAAAGUUCUUUCUUCGCGUCAAAAAGUAAGUGUAGAUAAGGGACCGUUCAUUUUUAUCAGUAUUUCAAAAAUAUUUCACGUGACCCCCCUCCCUUAUUCUUUCAGCCCCAUCCCCGCCCCCACCUCGUUAAAGGUCCAUAAUAGGAAGAUUUAGAAUUGCUUUUAUAGUCAACGUCUAUUUUUACCACGUGGCCAUGUUCUCUCGCAGCUCGCUUGACCCGCUACUCGAAAUGCAGAGCUUGUUCGCAGCAUGGGUAAUGAUCUGUAUUAUCAUCCAUGCUCGCAGCAAUUCAUGGAUCCUUGCAGGCUUUAACAUGGCCUGAGAGGAAAGAAGGUUGGACGCCUUAUCGUGACGUUUUGUAAGUCUUUAAUUUAACCGCCAUAGAAAUGAGCGUAAACUGUGUGGACUCUCAUGUAGAAGCAAACUUUUCUUAUCCAUCAUAAAAGUCCAAACCUCCUUGUGAGACCACCUUCAAUUAGCUCACUUACGGGAUUUUCGAGACAGUUCUUGUUUGUAUUGUAUGCUCUUCUAGUGUUGCUGUCUCCCUUUGCGAAUUCUUAAAAUCCCUAAAACUCUCUACCCUCAUCCAGCAAUUGAGUGCGGAUACGUUAAAGGGGCUUUGAAACGAGUAUUAUAAACGUGGACCAUUAUUUUCGGAAUUCAAUUUAAGAAAAAAAGUAAAUAGUGCGAGAUAGCCUCUUUACUUACAAGUGUUGUUUCAAGCUGAAGUGAAUACUGAAGCUCACGCUAUCCCGGUGUGUGUGUGUGUGUGUGUUUUUUUUUCUGUAGGGGUAGAGAUCGCGGACUCCCUUUGAAAUACGACUCAAAUCAAGGCUUGUUUACACAGAGAUGACAGUAGCCGCACAACACGAAUGUGAAAUAGUUUCUUAAAACUUGUGUUUCAUGGAAAUCUUUAUAAGAACCGUCUACAAAACUGCACUUCUGUAAUGAGUCUUUAACAUUGUGUGCAACUAAAUUCUCCGUUCCUAAAGAAUGUCUGUGUUUAUUUAUUUGUUAACAAUAAUCAAUGUUGUUUUGAUAAGGUGUAACGAUAUGAAACCAGAAACUCAUUUGUGUAAUCGGUCAGGAGCGAAUUUAAGUUCUACCUACAAUCCUAAAACACCCAAAUGAAGGGUAUGUCUUUUAAUUUAUUUGUCAAAACGAUGUAUGUUAUCACCGAUAAACUGUUCACCGAUUCAAACUCCAAACUUUUCCUGGUCAAAUCACUAUAUUUGGAACCUCUUAAGUCUGCUCCAGGCCGUCCGUGAUAGUCGGGAAAUAGGCCACUUCCGAGUUCCGAAAAACCCUCACUUUCAAAAGGUGGCCAAAUGCACAACCUUUCCUGUGAAAAUGAGUUUUACUUGCAUGAAAAAUCGUUUCCAUAUCAAAGGCUAAGCGCGUAACCUCGUUUUGAUACAGAGGCCCGGGGGAACUAGGAAAUAGCCUGUCGAGAAAGCGCGCACACGAAAGUAAAACGUGAGGAAACUGGGGAGAGGAAGGGCGGCUGAGCUACAAAUCAAGCGCUCAUAUUUUCGCGUGCCUUUCACUUACGCGUCAUCCUCACUAUCCGAACCCCUUAGACUCAACAACUUCUUGUAAGCGACCAUGACCACCCCACAGGGCUGAUUAGUUUAAUAUUUUGAAAAUAGGAUUAUACCUUUGCUCUUCGGCCGAAUAUUGGGUCGCAUUCGAUGGAUAAUAUUAUGGAGUAAGAAUGAGAUGAAAUUUGGGAAAUCUCUUCAAACGCAAAUUUACCAAUACCAUUAAAAUGCUACAUUCAUUCAAUGAUUAAUGUCCGCCAGAUUUCUGGAUUUUGCCCUGCAACGAAUUAGCCAAAACAAGUGAUUUUGAGAGAUUAUUGCAUGUUCUUUUACUCCUAAACGGUGUACUGUACAUGUCAAUCGAAAGGGCCCUCAGUAAUAAUGACCGAACGUGUAACCUACUUAUAAACUUCUCGCCUCCCGGUCCCUCGCUUCAGUCGAGGUGGCAACGGAAUCUUUCAUUCCAAGAAAAAGUAACUUAUAAUUAAAAUUCCGAUCUGCGGGGAUGGACAUGGAUUGAACUUGAAGAGGUGGGCCAACUUUUUCAAGUUUUAAUGCAUGACUGCAAAAACUUAGAGUGGUUUCCUGAUGAUAUUUAUUUAAUAUUUUUCUUCAAAACUGUACAGGAGCACUUUGUAUUUGGUUCCUCGGGGCAAUAAGUAAUGACAUAGGCCUUUUUCUAAAGGGCACGAGAACACAGGCUAUGCAUGGGCGGGCCCACCCACUUCCCGGCCAGUCUCUAGCGUAGUUCCAGCCAUCACACGAUAUGAAAUUUAAUCACCUCCCUGCGCGAACGGAUAUUUUUAAAUUUUCCUUUUUUCCACGUACUAAUCCAAUUCCAAUGUGGAACAGCCUUCCUCAGGAAAUAGUUCAUGCUACAAGCCCAGCAUCCUUUAGCGCAGGGGUUAGUGCGUGGCGCAACGGCUCUAGUCCAUACCCUACGCUGGCCCACAACUGUCACGGCAAAACCAAAAACCUCACGGCAAAAACAAAAACCUCACGGCAAAACCAAAAACCUCACGGCAAAACCAAAAACCUCACGGCAAAACCAAAAACUUCACAGCAAAAACAAAAUAGCUUUGGUUUUGCCGUGGGUAUUUGGUUUUACCGUGAAGUAUUUGGUUUUUGCUGUGAGGUAUUUGGUUUUGCCGUGAGGUCUUUGGUUUUGCCGUGAGGUUUUUGGUUUUGCCGUGAGGUAUUUUGUUUUUGCCGUGAAGUUUUUGGUUUUGCCGUGAGGUUUUCGGUUUUGUCGAGAGGUUUUUGGUUUUGCCGUGAGGUUUUUGUUUUUGCCGUGAGGUUUUUGGUUUUGCCGUGACAGUUGUGGGCCACCAUACCAGUCUGCCUAACUUAAAUAGUUUAAUUAGUUGAUUAAUUUCACUAUAUUAAUUUGAUUCCACUUUGUAGUCGUUAUUUGCAGCCCACAAAUUUGUUUGUCUAUUGAAACAUGCCACAUGGUGUAUAUUGUAACGUAGUAUAUCUAAUAUUUAUUUUAUUUAUUUAUUCACUUAUUUUCCUAUCGGUUUUAAUAUGCAAUAAGUAUUACCGAUUAAUAGAACAGAAACACUCUUAAACUGUGCUGUAAGGUGAGUGUUAACGUGGCUUUCUGCUAUGUCCUCACGCCCUUCGCCCCCGCCGUAAUUCUGGACUUCUACAACAACUCGGGCUCAAGGCUCAAAAUAGGGAAAAAAUGGCUGGCUACGCCUCUAAUCUCGUACCCAGAUCUCACUCUGUUUUACACCUUGGCCGUGGAAGAUCUGGGUACGAGAUUACUGCGCCCCUGGCCCCUGGCCAGUAUCAAGAAAUGUGGAAAAUGAUUGGUCGGAGUACAAGUGUGGAUUUGGCUCCUGGUCCACAGUAAAACAUAGGCUUCUGCGUAGACACAGAGUCACGUUACCCUAAGAACCUCUGCUCGCAACGUGAAAGAAAGAGAGAGUAGGUGUCAAUCAUAACGUCGUGACAAAGGAAUGUCGUGAGACUAAUCUAUUCCAUUUAUUUGCAUAAAUUAUGCACCGUAAUCGAAUGCACAGCUGAGUGUCGUUACUCGCGCCGGAGCAUCCACUGUUAAUUUGUUUUGGUUGUCAAUUUUUGACCCCAGCAGUUACUUAUGGCGUUUUUCACUGUUGUAACUACAGCAAAACUAUUGCAAAAUGGCUAAAAGACCUUUGCCUUCAAGUGCUUUUGCGUUGCCUGGGCUGUCGAAACCUGAUACCAAGAAACCAUUCGGAAUUUCAUACACCAGGUCAACUGGUCACUCGAAAAACCUGUCGACAAAAAAUGAAAACGGUCCUGUUGAAGAUAAUUUUAACAGUUCUCCAAGUUUGGUAGAUGACAAGGGCUCACUGCUGCCUGUACAAACAAAACAUACACUUGACAAUUUGACGAAAACACGACCUCGAAAUCCCGGCAGAAGAUCACCUUCUCCUUUGGCGCGAAGGAAAUUUGAACCAGACUCGCUUGGAAGCGAAUCUGUGCAUUUAUCUAAGCCAUCUUUGGAAGCAGGUAACUCGAAAAAGUCUAACUAUCAAAGAAAUAUUUCAAAUGAUCGUUUAAACGCAGUUAAAGAAAGAACAGCAUUUUCUCCAGCUCUCAUGAUCACUAAUGAUGUCGGUUUUUCGAUUUCGAGUGAUGAGCUUUCCGUUUCGCGAACUUCGCCAAGAACAUCGCCGAGGAUAAGAAAUAGACAUCAGGUAGAUCGCCCAGAAAUUCUUCCAAAGCCUAAUAGAAACCUAAACCGCAUGAACGCAGAUCAUGUCCCCGAGGAAUCUGACUUCGUUGGGAACAUUACAGAUUUGACACAUGACUCUAAGAUAUCUGAAGAGCACAACAAUCCGGCAACUAUGGAACCUCCGCCUUUACCUUCAUCGCCACCUCCUUUAGAAGACGAUGUCUCAGCUUCUGACCCAAAUGAAACGCUUCGUAGAGACGCAAAACAUUCAAUGCAAGGAUCCUCAUUUGGAAAGGUAAUAAAAACAGUGAAUGGAAAAAGCUUGAAUUCUAAUCUGUCAAGAACGUUAGGUAGCCCUAUUGACAACUCAGAUGAAGUAAAUGGAUUUAGCAGAACUAAGCAGGGAAGAGCUACAACAUCUUCAGAUAUUUCCAGUUCGUCAUCAAGAAUAGGAAAGUGGCAAGGAUAUGGAAGAACUUGGUCCGGGGAAAAUCACGCUUCUACAGGAAUGGCCCAAGUUGGAGUUGCAUUGUCAGAAAGGCAGACAUCUUUAGAUUCUGCCAUAGCAUCACGACUGUCCAAAUAUGAUACACCUUACAGUUCCAGACAGCGUAAAUCUGUGGACAAAAGUCCAUCAUCUCGCCGUAGACGCUUUAAACCAGUUUCUUUAGUUGAUGAGUCAGAAAUGACAAACACUGCAAGUAUUGUUGAAACUCAAAGUACAGAUUCUUUAUCAAAGGUUGAUGAAAAUCGCAGCCAGCCAAUUUCUGAAAGAUUGCAUGGUAUUCAAGCUGGCAAAUUUCUACCUGGCCAGGCUUUUCCAAGGCAUCUUACCAAUGGAACAGAAAUACAAACAGAUGGGUUGAGUUUGUCAGGGAGUAACACAAAAAAUAGGUUUCAAAGAAAUGAGUUUGCACCUGAAAAGAAAGUGCAACCAGUAACCAGCUCAUCGUUGCUGGCGUCAAAACAUAGUGUAGGUCAAAGCAAUGAGGAGAAUUCCAGGCAACAUCCUAGCUUAUCAGACAAGUUUGCCCUGAAUAGGACAAGCCCAGAGCCUACAGUCUUGUUGGAAUAUGAUGUUAGAAACAGUGAGGAAAAAGUUAUUGAAGUUGAAACAAAUGAAACAGCUCCAUUUGUUGUCUCAGAUAUAUCAGGUAUGUACAGAAGUAAAGCAGAUUAUUUGAAAAAGGAAUUAAGCAAAGAUUCUAGGGCUGUUAUUGAUACUGGUUUAAAUGACAGACCAGACAUGCAGGAAGGAAGCCCACAAGUUACGUUACCAAAAGUUGUUAUUGAAUAUGAUGGUGAAGUCGUGAGAGACUCAAUGCUCCAUGGUUAUGACACAGAAAAUAGUUCAGACGAGGGUAAUUUGUCAAAAUCUUCGUUUGAGGCCGAACAAGACACAUUUAACCUUCAACAAAAAGAACAGGAAUCAGAUGGCAGUUCUCCUGUUGAGAAUGGUGGUGAUUUACAGUAUAGUGAUUAUUCUGAUGAGGAAGAAGAUCUUGACCUUGUGUUGGAUGAUGUUAGUUUAGACGAUGAAGACCUCACAUUUGAAGACUUGGAUUCUGCAAGACAGAAAAUGAAGCAAGGUAAAGGUAUGUUCUUUGUUUUUAUAAGACUGUGUUACAGAUCAUCCUCAGACUGAUCUCUCAAUGCAAAGAAAUCAUUUAUAACUACAGACAGACAGACGGAAGGACCGACUUAACACGUUGAGUUUCCUUUAAUGUAUUCUUUGAGAGAUGGUCAGUAAUGAAAUUUAAUAUCUCAUCUUAGGGCUUGCAGAUAUACUGAUCCUUAAAUGACUUAUUUUAAGAUUGGGUUAUAUCCAUGCAGCACAGACCAAUUCUAAAAAUGGCUGCCAGUUGUGUCUUCUUAAUUUUUUACAUAUUUAGAAUUAGCCUCACUUAUAUCUUUCUCAAGUUCAAAAUUCAAAAAAAAAUUGUUACAUAGAAAGUUAAAUUAGGAAGGAUGAUUACAAAAUGAUAUUUAAAGUAGUUUUCCUUUUUUGGAAUAGGUGUAUGAAAAAGGUAACAUUCAGAAUUGUCAUGUUCACAACAGUGUGAAUUCUGUUCUUAACUUACCCAACAGGGGAAAUUAUUGGGGUAAAUUAUUCAGAUUAUAGAAGAACUUAAUCAGUCCUGAUCAUCAAAAUGUUUUGGGCACAAGUUAAAAUGGUUCGUAGGCUAGUACAUGUUAGCUACAGCUUGGCUGAAAGUGACUUUCUUUACACCUUGAAAAGAGCCUGCAUUCAUGUAGCUGGCCUUUUGAUCAGUGAGUGCAUGUGGGGGGGGGGUGGGCUUUGGGUGGUGAGUGAGAAACCUGCAAGGAACUUGCCUUAUCCCCAUGUUCUUCAUGACUUAACACAACAAGAGCACCUGCAGUCAGUGAAGCAGUCAUGCAUGAUAAAUCCCACCCACUAGGCAGGCUAUCCAGUCCAGUGAUAUGUGUAGGCUGUUUAGAGAUCCAUGUGGUUUCUUAUGUUGGAUUCCUUACUUUGAACUUGACACUGAACAAGAUGAAAUGAAAAAACUCUUGUUAAUUUAAUCAUAGUUAAUUGAGUGGAAUGGUUAUGAAACCCGUCAGACUCCUUUGUUAUAUGUUUUUGUGGACCUGAAAGUGCACAACGUUCAAAAGAAUUCCUAUCAUUUUGAUUGUAUUGACCAAUAAAAACGUUGCAUUAAUUUAUUCCGUAACAAUUUGUCAACAGAAAACAAAGGAUUGUGCACUUUCACGGUGCUUUGAACAUAAACUGCAGCACUGUUGUUUUAUCAUUGAUGUUUGCCGCUUUUCAUAACCAGUCUCCUCUAAUAACUAUGAUUUAAUUCAAUGAUUUUUCUAUUUUCUAGUGUUUUGCGGCAAUUGUCUAUCAGACAGUGGGCAUUUAUUAGAGAAGGGUGUCGUCUAGAAACUUUAAAGUUUUAAGUUUUUUAUAAAGGGGUAUUUAUUUGAGAUAGGGUCUCUAUUAGAUCAUCAAGGGUUUCAAUAAGCACCGACGGCCGACGAAACAGGUCGGCUACUUUGCUUAUAGAGGUCGGUCACUUUUUUACAGAAAGAAGAAGCAUCUUGAUUUGUUUUGCGAAAGGCCCAUUGGUUUUACGUUAUGCUUUAGUCAUGUGAACGCUAUAUGUCAGUCAUUUUUUCAAAAGUUUCUUACAGGUUUACGCAGAAUUUGUUUACGUGUAAAAGUACGUAAUUUAGUUUUCAUCAUUUGUUCAUUGCUUGUAGGAAUUGAUUGUGUGACUGGUAACUUGAAAGCUACAUUUUCUUGAAUGAAAAACACACUCUUUUGUCCUCAAAUUUAGUCCCCAGAAAGCUGAAAAUCACAUUUUUAGGACUUUGAAAUUUCAAAAUUUUCUGGGUCAGAACGUGCUUAAAUCCCCCCCACCCCCACUAGAAAAGGGGACCAACGGCCCCUUGUUGAUACAGUUGGUUACUCUGUCCAAACCGCUGGCUACUUCAAUUUUUAUUGAAACCCCUGGAUCAUACCACAGUAUUGAUAUUACGAGCAGAAAGAUAAAAGUAAUUCCCUUAUAAAAUAACCUGACAUACAGUACAAUGUUGGUUUUCAAUGAAACUUGGGACACUGUUAUAACUAUUCAAGAGGAUGAUAAGAAAAUAAUUAAAAGAGUGUAACACCGUGCUUGUUUUCAGCCUAUAAUGGUGACAAAUUUGGCUAAUUACGCACUUUUAGAAAUAACCGUAUGCAGUCCAUGUAGACACUACUUUUUUCAUGAUGCCUUUGAUAUCUCACAGAAUUUGAUUGUUUUUUGGUUUUUUGAGAGAAGGUAAAAACAAAGGCAGUUUUUGCCCACACAGGCAAUCUGAAAAUCUGGUAAAUUAUUGUAACUAAUCCUUUUUUCUAUGGAGGCGGGGAGGAGGAGGGGUAUGGAUAUUUUCUGGAACCGCAUAUUAUCAUUUUGAGUGUUCACCUUAUCCUGACAAAAUAUUUUGUAAAUGGGCAUACCAAAAAAAGCAGUGGCUACAAUGAAGUCAAUUUUAUGCUUACAUCAUUGUUAUCAAAACUGUCAUUCACUUCUAUUUCUGUUAAUUGUUCUUUUUAUGGGCAGUCAAUUAGCAGUAAAAUGAGUCAUGGUCGAACUCAUUUUCACAUGUGAAAAAAUGAAAACUGUCACUUGUUUUCUAAAAUGUUGAAUUACACUGUAGCUUUUCACUCAUUGACCAUAUACACAGUCUCUAUUUUUUAGAGUUAUUUGUAUGCCAUGUUUUCUAUGUUUUAGUAAAGUAAAAAACUUACCUUCAUAGUUUAUUCAUUUCUUUCAAUUUUUGCCAUUUUCUGGUUGCAUUGGGUUCAUUUCCUUUGUUAUGUGUUCAACUAGAAUGCCUUGUGUACGUUCACCUUUUCACAGUUGUUGAUUUCAUGUUAUUGGACAUGAUUUUGCAUUAAAUUACUUUUCCAAUAUCACAAUAGCACUUAAUUUUGACAGUUUUUGAGCACGGAAUAUCAAAAAUGAUUCAUUCAUGAAUGACAAUCUUAUAUUAGCCCUGAAAGCCAAUUGGAUUAUAUUGAGGCUUCCAUGAAAAUUUGAAUCUUCAUUACCAGUGAUAUUAGCAUUGUUGUGAUAUUGGCCCAAUAUCAUGUUCUAAUGAUAGUUAAUAUGCAGUCACACAAUCGGGAAAAUAAAGAAAUAAAAAAAUAGAAUUUUGUCAUAGGUAAUUUCAGUUCAAAAUCAAAUUAAUUUAAAGUAAAAUGUUCAAUUUUCUGGUUGAUUAUCAUGAUUUAUAGUUAACUUCACACUUGGUUUUGCAAAGAAUGUUUGAGAUGUUAAGAUUUUAAAUAUUGGACAACAAUAAAGGGAUAACUUGUAUGUUCCCUGAUUUUUAAAAGUUAUUCUUCAAGGAUUGUAAAUUGUCUUGUUCAUUGAAAUAUCACAUUCUUUCUUGAUGUUCUUUCCGUUGUACUUGAAAAUUUGCAUGCUGCAAGGAAAACAUUUUGAAAAAUUUGUUAUCUAAAAGAUGCUUAUAUUAGAAGUGGUGGAACGUCCUCUUCACUUCCUUAUAGAGAUAGAAGUAGGCGGUGAGUAUCUAUUGUUCUCAGAGUAGACAGUUCAGUAUUUUCCGUAGUUAUGCACGUAAUGUGUUGGUUAUCUGGUUCGUUGAAAAGUGGAUAAUUUUAGUGUGCAAAUUAUUUUGACAAUUAUAGUCUUUAAAAUUCUUUUUAUAGGUAAUGUAGCGUGAAAUAUAGGAAAAAAGGACCUAAUUCCACAGAAUUGCCAUAAAUAACUAUUAACGAUGAUUUUCAUUGUGACAGUAAAAUUGUCAUGAAAGUUAUACCUUUUGUAUUGCUUACGAGGGUGUUCAUUCCUUACUCUUUCUUAAAGGAAGGCACUCAUACGUGGGAUAUUAGUGUGUGAAAUUUUUUUAGAAGCAAACUUUCAGUUUUGCCUGUGUUUUCUCUUCUCUGCUAGGAAUGACUGAUUCAUUUGGAGGUUUGUCAAUCUUGUGCUUGAUUACUGUAGUAGUUGUUUAAAUUCAGCUUGGAAUAUUGACUUCAUUUUUGAAAUUAUGAUUGGGAUUUGUAAAUUUAUCGCGUUAUGUUUUCAUGUAGAAGCCUUGUUGUAAACUGAUCUUACCAUUUAGUGUCAUAAAAUGGCACUAGAUUCUUGAUGUUAAAAUGUAUUUUGCCAAUAAUAAUAAUAUUGUCGCUUAAAUAUUUAUGCUUGCCAAAGUUGUGUCGAUGAGAAGACUGACAGAACUUCAUGCAUAAGAAAGAGCAGAUUACUGCCAUUACUCUACGUAUACAUACUCCGCAUGUUUUCGUUUUUUGUUUCUCGGCCAAGCUUGGAUGUUUAAUGAUAAUGAAAAAAAAAAUAAUAAUAAUAAUGAAAAUAGACACUCAUUAUUAAUAGUAAGAAUGUUUAGAGUUUUUCUUUGACAUAUAACUUACAUUCUGAUGGUGUUCAUAGGCAGCUUAUACUCACCCAAGGAUUGAUAUUAGCCAAACAAACUGUGGCACACGAUUACAUCCUUGGGUUUCCUCCUUAGAGACUUAAUUCUUCUCUUUGCUGAUAUAAUAUUGCUACCAUGCAUAGAGUUGUAGUAGAUUGAGGUAUUGGACAUUUGUUGAUACUCAUUACAUUCUUAACAUGUAAUUUUGAUCUCCAGUAAAUUGCAUAUAUAUGUAAUACAAGGUGAGCAGUGUGGUGCUAACAGUUAAAGUUGUUACUGGUAGUCAGUAGUCACUUGGCUGCUUUAAACAGUUUUUAUUACAUUUAGUGUUACAAUUGCAUAUAGUUUAUAUAGUUUAUGGGACAAAUGCUUUUCUUUUAAGGCAUAUUUGCUUACACUAUUGCCUUGUGUUCAAUAAAACAUUUCAGGAAAUUUUCUUAGCAUUUACCUUCGGCAAGAACUGCUUUAUUUUGAGUGAGUUUAGGUAGCCUUGUGGAAAGCUCUAAGGUUGUGUCCACACUUGUAAAACUUGUUCUAGUUUUUGUUUACAUUUGUACCAAGUACACUCUAAUUCAGGGUCAAAAACAUUUUGUUAUUUACUUUUUUAUUUGAGAAAUACUGUUGAAUUGUUAAAAGAUUGGAUAAACCAAUAGCCUUAUUUCCUUUCUAAGAACAACUUACUUGAACUUGCGCCCUUAUAGUGUAAUUUAAUUAUAUCUGGAAAUUAAUUUUAUUAGGCUUUGUCAUAUGGUUUUUUUUAUAAAAUUAUUAUUAAUUUUUCCUAGCCUUUCUGUUUAAUUUGUGUUACCAAGCUAAAGCAUGUUUUGCUCUGUGAUAAACUCUAGGUGGAUGUCUCUGAUAUGACACUCAUGGGAAAAGUAAAAUGGGUGAUUUUGUUGCCUCUGUGUCCUGUGUCCCUGUCGCAUAAAAAUCCCCAAAGAUGCAAAAUCAUUUAUGACAUGCGUCCCGUAGGUAGCAGAGAUCGAUUGAUCGAUCUGAACAUGUGUUUUUGUAGAAAAUAAUAUUCAGUUCGUGUAAUUACUGUGGCAGUUAUGACGGUUGUUUAACAAUGCAUAUUAGAAGGACUACGGUGUGUAUUUUAUUUUCAGUGCACUGUAAUACAGAGUUUUGGAGUCUGUCUUCAAAUUAACUGUCUGGUUACAUACAGUGUUAAGACCUGAGCAUUUUCAAUUUUCAAUUUUCAUUGGUUCUGGACUGGAACUCAUGAUUUUUCACAAAAUGAGUCCCAGGACUCAUAGCCUGCGCAGCAAGCGUUUCCAAUAGAGUUAUUGCGUGAAAGUUAGAGAGGAAACAAAAAAAAGUUGAAGGGGGAGGGGGAUGGGAGAAGAGGAAACACUUGCCCGCAAAAACCCCACGAUUCUGGAAAACGUCCCUUGAUAUUUCACAGUUCGGUUCAUUUGUAAAUUGACAGCUCAUCAAAAUAGAAGUAUAACGAACAGAUUACCCCUGGAUUAGCAGAUUUGUAAAAUUACUUUGUUCUCUAAUAGAACACGUUGCAGGCAAUUGCAAGAACUGUAAUAUAAAAGAUUUAUGAUAAAAGAAAGUUAAAACUGUGAGCGAUUGCUGCGGAAUUUUUUGUUUUUUAUUGUGUGGCUUUAUCUCGUCUGAAACCUUGUUGACACGUCAAAAAUGAUUUGUCCGAAACAAUUUAUUCCGCCGGGUAUAAGUUUUGCAGAGCGGCUGCUCUUCAGCCUGUGUCGAAACGUUCUCUACAAUAGAUGCCGCUAAAUUUCCAAUAAACAGAAAUAAUCUUUUCAUUUCAAAAAGCUGACAAAUCGCUUGUCCAUGGCGGCUUUAGCUAGUGUUGAGUACCGAUGUUCUGAUUUAUGUUGAUGUUAUCUCCAACAAACAGUCCAUUUUUUCCAGUCAGAUCCGCACGCCAUCAUUCUCAAUAAAUUGGCCUUCCCUAGUCUCCUCUGCUCGAUCUCCAAUUAUACUUUGAAGACUCUGAUCUCAUAAACCUUGGCGCAAACAGGAUUCAAAGAAAUAUCAGUCCGAAGCAUUUGUAAUCUGCGACCACAAAUCAGAUGAGACCAGAUCUGUGAUGCACGAAAACAAAGCAUAGCUGGUUUGAUUGAUGUUUCGAAUGCUAAGUAAUCAACACUACCCGCACCGCGCCAAUCAGAAGCUGUGUUCGUGGGCGAACGCAGUUUUUCAAAAUCAUGGGGUUUGCGGGCAAGUGGUUCCUUCUUUCCCCUCCCCCUCCCCCAUCAUUCAUUUCUUGUUGCUCUUGUCCCAGCUUUCUAGACGAACCUCGCGAGGAGACGCUUGCUACGCAGGCUACAGGACUCACCAUAACUAUUUGUAACAAAAUCACUGAGUGCAACUCUCUUUGAGGUGUCUAAAAGUGAGCAACCUUUUCUUGCAAGUGGCAAACUAUACUAUGUUCAUUGACAUGUCUUGUUGUUCUUGCUUCAUUGUUAUUUUGCUGUAAAUGACACCAUAAAAGAUAUGCUUGUAUUAUCCAAAUAUUCAUGAAACAUCUGAUGAAUAAAAGAAUUCUAUUUGAUGACUACGUAAAUAACCAUAACACAAAUUAAAGAAGAAAAAAAAGGUUACAUAAUGACUGCUUGAAUAGUCAGUAGAUUUGAAACUCCUAUAGGUUGCAUCGUUAAGCAUAGCUGUGAUUAAAUUUUUUUCAUUAUUUUUGUUGUGAAGGAAUUGAGGAUCCUGACCUGGACCGAGAUGAGGAGAAUGGAAUGCUUGAUCAACACUCCCCUGUUCAGGAUAUUGCUGUAUUUUCUGAGUCAGAAGUUGAAGAAAUUGAUGAAAUGUUGUUUGAUCCUCCUCCCAUGUUUGCAAGGUAGUCUUAAGUUCUUUUUUUGUAAGACUGUAGUACAGGGAUUGUAACAGCUACUAAAGCACAGGAUUGCAGAAGUGUGGUUUUCUGCUGGUUGAGGAAUGAACAAAGUGGAAAUAAUUUUUCUCACACACAUCUGGGAGUAUGCCUGGGUUUCCAGUUUGUGGGGAGUCUUCAUGCCACAAGGUGUUUAGGAGUUCAGUCUGUUUUGUUGGCGUUCUCCAUUGCCCGACCAGUUUUUUUUUUUGCCUCACCCAAGUGAUUUUCUUGUCUUGGCCGUCUUAUUUUUAGUUUGAUAGCGAAAGAUAGUACUGUUCACUUGCUACCUCUUGUGCUGUAAAAAGGUCUCAGCCUUACAACCGAAGGCUGAGUGGUUGGUCAAGUGAUGGACAAGAUUCUGGAGGAAAUAGGAACUUUAAGAUCCAAUGACACGACAGGAACAAGAACAUCUAAAAGGCAAUAGGUUUAAUAAGCAAAACAACAACUUUACACAUGCAGCACACUUUUUUGUACAUUUCUUAUCCGUUUUUGCAUGACUAAGACGUGAAAAUGACUGAUUUCACAUUUUAUGGAGAACAUAAAGGAGCAAUUAUGAAAUCUUACUCCUUUUUCUGAACUUGGAUAUGACCCCUUAGAAUUCAACUUCAGGAGUGUUUGCCUUCAUUUGACAAAGUAAGUCGGUAGGAAUAAUCAUGGUAAAGGCUGAAAAAAUGCAAAUUUGCUUUAAGUGACGUUGUUUUGCCGCUGUGUCGCUGGAUCUUAAUGUCCCUAAUAAGUCAUCUGAAUGAGGUGAAUCAUCCCAUCAAUUAGUGAGAAGUGGUGAUUCUUGUUUGCAAGGGGAGUUCUGAUCCCACUCUAUUGUUGGCUUAAUGAUGUGGCUCCUAGUUGUGUGUGGCAAAAAUGCUUCUCACUCCUUUGGCUUUCACUGAAUAUCAAAAGUAGAACAAAACUGCACGUUUGUUAUAUGGCAUAUUUGUUGAACCUCUGAAUUUAUUUUCUUCAAUCCUGCAACUCACCCUGUUCUAGGUUGGAAUUCCUAUCAUACUGGGAUACGGGAUGAAGGGUACUACUGAAUCUUUGGGUAGUGUUGUCCUCAGCUUGGAACCCUUUUCUUGACUUGGCUUUAAAAAAACCCUAACCUGUCCUUGAUUAGCUGAACCAAAAACUCUAAUUCUUUGUACCAGAAGUCCAAAAUUUUACCACAAAUGACAUCCUAUUCUCAACAAAAUAUUUGAUUUCUGUGCCCUAUCCCUGAUUAAAUUGCUUGAAAGUCCUACCCCUCACAUUGGUGCAUCCUGAAUACCUAUACCAUGCCAAGGAGUAGUAAGGAAAGACAUCAGAAUCCAGUAUACACGAAAUCCGUUGAACUGAAUUAACUAACAAAGAACUUACUAAAUUCCAAGUACCCUUGUCAGGUGUAAUAAGCCAAAAAAAAAUAGAAAGAGGUGCCAAGAACGCACAGCAUGUGUGAAUACCACACUGCUGACAACAGCACAUUCCCAAAUACAUACAUGUACAAUGCAGCUUCUAUGAGAAUCCCACCCCCUUAAAAAAAAGUAUCUGGUACAAGACUGUGCUCUAGCAGAGCCUAAUGUUCCCUGGUGCCUCAUUUUUGUUCCUGUUUGACUAGAAGUCAUAUUUUCUUUCAUAGCAAUCAUAUGCUGGAAACCCUAUAUUAUUUCACAGCCUCAGAGAAGCAUGGUUCUUUUCAGUUUUUCUUAUAGCACAGUCUUGUGGUAUUUCUUCAGAUGUUAAUAACAAAUUUGCAAGAUUAAGCAUUACGUAUUAUUCUGACAUGUGACAAUGGGGAGAGAUGGCUGCUUGAAAAGUAUUUUGUUAAUAUUAUAGCCACUUACACAUGUUUUGGUACAAAAGAAAGGUGUUCAUGGUGAUUUAAAAGAUUAAUAGACUUUCUUUGUUGUGUUAAAGUUCUGAUGAGGGAGACAGAGAUGAUGCAGGAGAAGUACACAUCAUGGAUUAUGGUUAUGAAGUUCAUGCACCAUCUCCUGUUAUACCUCCUUCUUUACUGGAACAGCAGGUAUACUGUUAAACCUCGAUAAACUGUAAUGAACACCAUGCAAGGACUGGGAAAAUUGUUAUUGAGGUGCAUUAUAUUUGAGUCCCAGAUGUGCAUAUCAGAUUGCAUAUACAGCCGACUCCCGAUAACUCAAACCUUCAGUAGAAAUCAAGAAAAGUUCGAUUUAUUGGGAGAUCGAAGCAAAUAACUGGAAUUAAGGAAAUAGGAUAGGGGAGGAAUGCAAGUAUCAUGCAGAUUUCACUUCAAGGGUGGCAAGAUAAAUAUUUCUUUUUUGGAAAAGGAUUAAAAAAAACAAAGCUUGAUUAAUCAAUACAGGGCUAAACAUUGUAUUUAAAUUGGACUAACAAAAGAAUACAUAGUUGUUUCGAAAUAAAUUCAACGAGUUGAACUGCAGUUCACUGCUUUUUUUCACCUUGUCACGUGCUUAAAAUUGUGGUUUGAGUUAAAGGUACAAUAUAUUAUUGAAAGUUUCUGAGGUGAAACGAAAUUUCUUCAAGUAAGCUGGAGGUUCAAGUUAUUGAGGGUUCAAGCCAUUGGGAGUCGACUGUACUGGUAUGCAUAUUGCAACCUGUUUUGAGGGGUGGACUCACAGUUGUCAAAAGUAGCCGGCUGCUGGCGAAAAGUGCUGCCUACUUGGUUAGUAUCAGCCAGCUACUCUGCUUGGCAUUUCUUUGCAGAUGGCGUUUUUUAAAGAAAAUACCCCUGGACUGGCCGCUUACUUUGACAACUCAGCCAUCUACUUCAAAACUUUCUGACAACCCUGUGGGCUGGAAGCUCUAAGAACGGCUCACAGGAUUGGUUUAAUAGAAAACAAUAGAUAGCCCUAACCCAAACAAAACUAACAAUGAACCCCAACUCGGGUCAACAAGAACUUUUUAAAUUAGAGGUUCUAAAGAGGUUCUGGCCGACACUUUUUGGGGUUGUUUAACUCUGAGUUGCAUGUAACUUUAAUAUACAUGUAUGUAUCUGGGUCUUUUCUGUAAGAGGGAGUUUUACAUUAGGAUUAAGCAUCAAUGAAAGCAGUCUUUUAAUUUAGUCCCAUAGAAAUGGCUUAGUGCAAAACACUUCAGAGGGAGGAAGGGAAAAAUGUGAAAUGAUGCCUGUAGACAGGCCAUUGCUCUGUUUCUUCCAAAUGUUGAUUUGGUGAACUUAACUUUCUCUUAGCCGAUUUGUAUCACACAAUACGUGGUAAUUGAUGUUUGUGAUGCAAGCUGUUAAAAUCAAUGGAAAUCUGCUGCAUCUUUCACCCCAUAUUGCAAAGCAGAAAACAAGAAUGGCAUAUUCUUUUUUUAAACAAAGUGAAAGUUGGUAAAUCUGCACUCAAUGCUUAGUGAGAGUGCCCCCACAUAACGCCUGUUGUACCAAAUUAACAUUUAAUCAGGUUCUAUGGUAUACAUGUAUUUUCAUUUUGCAUGCUAGCAUUUGGCCUGAUCUCAGAUUAGCAACAAAUUCUUCUAAUCAGCACCACAUAGGAAACGUUCAGAGAACAGUGAAGAGAAUAUGCUUGCUGAUAUUGGGAUUUUAAGAGCUAAGUGUACAUGUAGGGUUGGGUGUGACUUGACAAGGUCUGUGAUGUCCCCUGAUUUAAUCCCUUCUAAUAAGGGACCACCUCAAUAAACAAGCACUUCAAUGCCUGAGUUCCCUAUUGUUUAACUGCUUCCAGGGGCUUCAUACAGCAGACCGUAUGUAGUUUAUUAUUUGGCAUGUUUGUAUUUUAUCAAAUUUUUUAGCCAAGAGAUGAGAAGAGGUUUCACAACCUGGCUUUGGAUGUGUGGACAGAAGAGGAUUGUGUAGACUGGCUGGAUUUUAUUGGGCUGGGACAUUUUACAGCAGAGUUCAAAGGUAUAGUCUUGGAGACAAUGACCUGCAUGCACUGUUGAGUGGGUGAAGGAUCAGAAAAAAAUAACUUUAUAAUCGUGGUCAUAUGCUCACUGGCUCACCAAUAAAUCCACUAAAUCCAUAAGCAAAACGGGAUCAGUAAUGUCCCUUCUCAUGAGCUGGUAAGGUCCACUAGCCUGAAACUAAUUCUACAAAGAACAAAGUGACUCAAACAUUCGUUUACUAUCAAAAUAAAGUUAUUUUCUACUUGCUUGUGCUGGAGCAGACCUUACAGAUCAUAAUAAUAAUUAUUUUUAACUGCUCACAACUCUUAUCGUUAGCUAUUACUAAUAUUUUUAUUUUCGUCAAAAAAUCAACAAAGUAUCCAUCAAGAAAACUGACAAAAACGUGCAGUGUGUGACGGGGAAAGGGAUUUCUGCGGUUUUGGUUGAAUAUUUGGGAGGCUUGAUAACUAAGUAUUCUACUAUAACAUCAAUAAGAGCAUCACCUGAGAUAAAUUACUUUUUUUUUCUUUUUCUUACAUUCAGAGCAUCACGUUGAUGGAAAGAUGCUCAAGAAUAUCAAUUUCCAGUUACUUGGUAGGACUGUUACCUUGUGUCUUAUUGUACCAUCAUUUACAGUUAUUUGCAAAGAAUAUGAUCAGUUUGGUGUUUGACUUUUUGUGAUUUAAUGCUUUUCCACCAUAGCCCAGAGAGUUUGUCGAUGGGUUGUCUUUUUAUUGUGACAGGAUCGCGGCUCUUGCUCCGGAUUUUGUAUAUUUUAUAGUAAUACUAAUUCUAUAGUUUAUACUGGGCAUUAGCUAACGAACUACACCUUUAGAGAAACUGCUGCACAUCGUCUGAUACCCAUUUAUUCAUGUUACAAUAGUUUAUGUUACUUUCUCUUCCUUUUUGCAGAGGAGAUUGGGAUUGAUUCUCCUGAUGAACGUGAAGUUAUCUUGUCUGAGAUUUAUCGUCGUUUUCAUCCUGAAGAAGAGGACAUGUUUGAAAUGGAAAUACAAGGUAAUAUAUCAUGUUUACUGUGUGAGGUAGUAAUGAUGCUGUCAUGUUUUGAAGCUUUUAGCCAAAAAACACAAAUACCUAUUUAAAACGUAUCUUUUAUCGCCAGAUAACGAAAUUUCUUACAUCUAUUUUUUUAUUUUGCUGGGAAAAUUAAAACUGGCUGCUAGUAAUCGUUCUAGAGCUACUCGAGCAAACUACUCGUUUUCCUUUAACUUUAUCAGGCCCAGGGUUGCAUUCAAAAUCUCCGCUAACCAUCAACAAUUGCUGUAGUUGAUAACUUGAAAUUGAAUUAAAAGUCUGUGUAACUCUAGCAGAGAAAAACUUUCUCUUCCCAGCGAAGAUGAUAACAUGGUGCCGUGUAAGCAGAGUCGUUGGCGAAAGCGAGAUUUUUGUCGCUUCAUGGUCGACUGACGAAGUAGUAUCUGCUGUUUUACAAUCCACUUCUUGUCGUGAAUGAGUGAUGUAGCCAAUUAAGCCAAAUAAGUUAUAAGAAAGCAAGAGUUGCUUAGCACUUCGUCAUGGCGUGUAACGAGCUGGAUGACAGGAGCUUUUCAUAACUCCAGAAAAACUUUUGGAGCUUUUAAUAACGUCAAUAUAGAAACAGUUUUAACAAAAGGCCAAUUCAGGACUUACCAUGUUGAAACACGUUUCUGCAUGUUCAACCCGUUUCAGUUGGAUUUUUUAUUAACGUCAAUAUAGAAACAUUUUUAACAAAAAACCAAUUCAGGACUUAGCAUGUUGAACCUGUUUCAAGAUGUUGAAACAUGUUUCAGCUUGUUGUUCCAGUUGGAACUUUUAGUAACGUCAAUAUAGUAGAACCCGUUUCAGAUUUUUUAGGACGGGGAAAAAUAGGGAGCUCUGCAGUGAUAGAUGAUUAGGCGAUGUCAAACACAAGUAAAAGUGAUCAUUAUCUUCAGUUACCUGUGUUGAGAUGCAGUUGUUCAUAGUUAAUGUAAUAAUGCUUGAUAACUUCCACAGGUGCUCUGCAGUCGGCAUCGGAACAGGAGAGGAUGAAGAUUAUGGCUGUCCUCAAUGCUCUACGAUCACCAGCUUUUCAAGCCGAGCUUGGUAUCGGCUCAUCCACCGGAUCAUCUUCACCGCGUGACAGUGAAACAGGAUAUCAGAUGGCGUCGGAAACAGGAUCAAUAUCCAGCAGCAUGUCUGGCGGUAGCCAUGAUCAUCAUCCGGACAUGCCUCCCCCACCCCCUCCUCCCUCGUGGUCACAGUCAGAUACUAUGCCCAGGGACUAUAAUGUAAGUAUGAAUGCUUUUGUUGUUGUAGUCUCCAAAAGAAAAUUUGUGAUAUUAGUUGCGGCUACACUGAGCCUCUGUUGUGGGUGUGACCGCUUCUCUUUGGAUCGAUUACCGGGAGGGAGAGCUGCGGAAAUCGAUCCUAUCGAAUUCGAAUAUGUGACGUGACUUUAAGUUCAAAUUAAAGGUUUCAUUUGGAAUUUUGUGGAAGAUUAUGGUUGCAUUGUUGACGAUUAAGUGGUUUAUUAGAGUGGAGAAGAUAACUUGAAGUUCAAAUCAUGUAAAUUGCAUUUUAGUUGGAAUGGUGAUUUGAACUUUAACAUCUGCGAUGUCGAGUUUUCCCUUUAUAGUUUCAACUUGUUCAAAGUAACUUCAAGUUCGAAUGAUGGUAUUUCGACUACGUUCAUUGCGAAUUCAAAUUCAUAUGACGAGAUUUCGACAUGCAUAGUCUAAUUUUUGAACUUCAAAUUGUCCUUUAUUUUCAAUUAUUUUUGUCCGCAAAUGUACGCCAUACUUUGCACUUGGCGACCUGUCCGGUAAACAAACUUGAGCGGGUAAAUACCUGGGUAGAGUACCGCGGGGUAAAUACCCGGUUCCGUGGGAAGUUUCCUUUCCCACGGUGCUUGUAGAGUCAUGACUUUUGUAUUACCAAUCACCCAAACUAUUUUUUAUAUAUAACUGAUGGUUCUUGUUUUAGGUGCAUGAUACAAAGGACAAGGGAAAAAAAGGAAAGAAACAAAGAAAAUCCUCUAAAGAUAAGGACAAGUUAGGAGAAAAAGAACCUAAAAGUGAAAAGCAGCAUAAGAAACACAAGGGGUAUGAAAAUGUUUAAUUUUUGUGCUUUACACUGGUUUAAACCCUUUCAUCUCCAGAAAUGGUGGCGAAAAUUGAAAAAUUGACAAAAUUCCAAAUUUGUGAAAUUUGAAAAACAAAUGCACCGCUUUCGAAUUGCUCAUAAUACACCUUGUUUUCCAAAUUUUACGCGAGCGUUGUUUUCAACUUCUUUUGGUGUGACUGUAACACCCAAGAGAAAUUGGAGUAAAUAGGCUAUUGCCUAGGCAACCAGCAGGAUAAGGGCAGCGAAGGCCUAAAAAAAGCAAAAGGUCUUACGAGCAAAAUAAAACAGCUGUACGCGUAGAUCACGUCUGCUGCUCGACUAAGACGUGAGACUACCCAAUGCCACGUUUUAUGGAGGGCGUGAACACACGACGACAAAAAUUUCCCAUCUCCUUUUGAAGUCGAAUACAGUCCUUGAGAAUUCAACUCCCGAGAAAGUUUAUAUUUGAAAAACUAAGCGAGGCUAAAUAAACGCGAUAAACUGAAAGAGAUCGCAAGUUCAGUUUUAUAAGGACGUUUUCACUGCCGUGUUCGUCGUGAUUGCAUAACCUCUCUAUUCUGAAGUUACUUGUUGCAUUUACUUACUACAGUGUCUCUAAACUGCUGGAGAGCCUUUCUAUCGGUUCCGGUUCAUCAAAACUUACAAAACUGUUCCAGCAUCACCAUACAUCAUCAUCGUCGUCACCAUCAAAAAAGCUCAACCCUACCAUGCAAUACCUACUGGAAGCUGGACCGCAGGGUCUGGUACGGAUAUGGCCCACUGCACUGUCUGAAGAAAUGAAUUACUGUAGCUUCAUGAUUAACAUGACUACCACGUGUGCUGAGAUGGUCAAACUUGUUUUAGGAAAAUAUGCAGUAGUGGACGAUCCACGCCGGUUUUACAUCUCUGAAAAAAGUCUAGGAAAAGGAGGUUAGUCUUGCUGUGUUUAUACUUUUUUUUUGUGCUGUUUGUUAUCUGUUGCGCUCCUUACUGGCUUCUCUUGAAGCCUAGAUCACGGAUAAUGGGGUGUUUCACAGUCGACGCCUUUAAAUUUAUAGUUCAAAGGGGACAGACAGCAGACUGUUGUUGCUUGAAAUACCCUAUGUCGUAACUGUAUCAUUAGGAUGCCUAAAACGUGUGCAAUUCCACAAUUGGUUUCGGCUACAUUAAAUCCUAUACCAAUUGUAGGACAUUUAAGGAGGAGCCACCCACAAUGUAAGCACAGUUCCCGACAAGGCCAAGGUGUAGAAAAACACAGUCGCAACAAAAUUUAAUACGUUAAAGAACUAACUAAAUACCAAACACACGUCAGUACAGAGGAGAAGGCGCUAUGCUAUGUUGCAUUGCCAUGGUAGCAAAAUAUCUGGACCUCAACAAACCGUGGUCCUGCAAAUAUGGCAGAAAAAACGGGAAAAAAAAUGACGUGUAUGACUUUCCUGUGCAUGAUAGAGCAAAACGGUAGACCAUACUUUCUUCCAUCGUUCGACAAUGCAAAUAUCAAGAAAGAUUGUUGAGAUGUAGAAAGUUUGCUACCAUGGUAAGGUGACGUCAUAGUCCUCCUCUCUAUUAAAUAAGUAAAUAAAGCGCCAAAAUCAAAGCUCAGCUGACGUCACAUAUAAGGAUGAAUUUGUUCCGUGAUCAAGCUUUUGUAUGGUCAAAGUGAGAAGUUUUGUUUUUACAUCGUGUGAAAAGUAGCUUCUUCAGUGGUCUAUCAAAUGAAUUGAAUUCAUACUAUAGAGGCAUCCAGUACACGCAAAUAAAACUUGAUGUGCGUUUAGUAUUUUGCGUUCAUGUGCAUCAUCCACGCAUGGUAAAUGAGCCACAAAAUACACAUCCUCGGCGUCGACCCAGGGGCAGUCAGUUGCAGGGUCCGAACUGGAAAAGGCGCGAGGAAAGUUUUCAAGCUUUUUCGCCCGUGCUUGAAGAAUUUCGUCGCGCUUUUUUUCCCGACCCAACUGACUCCCCCUGGGUCGACUCCAAGGAUGCCAAAUACUUUGUUUGACCAUCAUCUUACCGCAUGAGGAAUGUUGUAUUUUUCUCAGGUUCUUAUAGCGAUCUGUCAGACUCCGACUGCCCUCUGUUGCUUCAGUGCAGCUGGUCUGAUCCUGAAAAGCAUCGCUUUGAAUUGCGGUGUACAAACGACGGAGUCAUCAAGGUAAGUGCGCCAGAAAAUCUGUGAAUAAUCCUUGCGAAGGUAGAUUUGAUACUAACACAGGCGUCCCAAGCUUACGUUACGAGGGUGAAAUUCGUUCGUCUCAUGAAUGGAGUUACAGGGGUAACGCAGUAGAGCCAAAAUUCGACUAAAUCGAUGAAUUCGCAUUGAGAUACAUCAAAGAUAAAUCUUCUUUAUUUUUUGUGAAAUAUCACGAUAUUUAUCGUUCGUAGACCUCAGUAUAUUAUUUCUCAUACAACGUCUCAACGAGCGCUUGUAACGCAAUACAGACUCAGUCGUGUCACGGAAUGUAAAUUACAUUUCACUCUCGUAACGUACGUGAGCUUGGGGUACCUGUGAUGCUACGUCUAGAACUUCAUUAAAAUUGCAUUCGUCUUUUUAGGAGACUAACCAAGAGAGAUGAGCAAAAUAACAGUUAUGUAAACGUAGCCAAAUACAGCGUUCUUUAUCAAUUAUGAGUUGAUAUUGUGCGCUAUUUUUACCAGAUUUUUCACUUUGGUCUGCGAUUUCCUCACAGAUGCUGUUUGAACUGGAAGGGUAUGAAGAUGAUCUUGACUAUCGUUCCAUUCCCCUGUCACCAAAGACUCCAUGUUCAGAAGCUCUGGGUAUCAUAGUCAAGAAGUUUAAGUUGCCUGGUAAAGUCAGUGAAUACUACUUGGUGGAGGUUUCCGAAGAAAACGAAGGUAAAGCCAUGGAUUUGUUUCCUUGAAAAACAAAGAAAAAAGCACUUUAUUUGAGUGUUAAGGUAUUUAGCAAGGAAGUACUUAUCGGGGACACUAUUUUUACGUCUCCUACUGGAGACGGGACCGCCAUUUCACGUUGUCGUCCGAGGUACGCGAAGGUCUAGCCGUUUGCAAGGCAAAGGGAGUACCUUCAUUUCUCAGUUAUUUUAAGACUUUGAGUGUUGGUCCGGCCCGGGAAUCGAACCCGCGACCUCCCCGGCUCUGCAGUCAAGCGCUCUACCAACUGAACUAAUCCUGCCGCGGUAAAAAAAAAAGGAAAGAAAGAUAAAAACAAAGAAAGCAAAAGGUGUUACGGAAGAAAUUUCAGUCCAUAGGAUUUCAUUUAGUCCGCUACCAUAAAAACUGUAGUUUAGGACACUCCUUGUUUAAGGGUCCACUUCUCUGGUCCCUGUUGGUCAACACUGCGGUUUUUUUUAAAUUUUUCUUGCGGGGAAGGAGGUGUUCAUUUCUACUUAAGUUCUGACCAAAACUAAGGCCAAGGCCAAUUGUCGAACUUUUCAUGAGACGAACCAAACUUAAUGAGUUAUAAAUUCAUGAAAAGUUCGACGUCUGGCUCAGUUAAGUUUGGAUCGUCCAACACGUUCCAUCAGCAUCCGUCUGCUUCAAACGGAUAGAACGUCUGAAGAUCGUCUCUGGGACAAACGUCGAUCCUCACAUGCGACGAACUAAACUAAUAAAUUAAAAAUUUGUAUGAUAAUGUAUAUUUAGCCUCGUUCGGAAGAAAAUUUAUUAAAAUUGGGUUUUGGUCUGUUUCAGUUGAUUUUGCGCGUCCUAAUUUUGACGUCUGACCCAGCAGACAAUCUCAGCUUACCUUAGGUCUACCCAAAUUAGAGUUUGGUUCGUGUCAGGCCUAAUAGAAGAAGCAUCGAAGAUGAAAACGCUUUCGCUGAAGCGUCGCAAUGAGUUUUGUCAAUGACUGUUUAGUGUCCCCGCUAUAGUCUUGUCCUUAUAUUUUUCCUACCUUCUUAAACGUGGCAGAUGACAGAGAAGAGGUCGCAGAUCACGUGUGUCCCUUGAGACUGCAAAUGGCUUGGAGCGCCCCUGAUCACGUGUUCAGACUUUGUAGAAGAGCAUCUGAAGACGUCAAGGAUGAGGAUAGCAAAGAUACAUUAGAUGGCUGGUUAGUAAUACUCUUACAAACAGUGAUUAAGGUCAAUGCUAGAAGAGAUUUGGGUCACUGAAUUUUCAGAAAAGAAAGUGUCUCUCAUUGGCUUCGUUCCAAUUAAUUCUGCCUUGGGUUUUAAAACUAUACCCAACUCUCCUAGCUGGCUUUCAAUGUUAACCUGCUUGUCUUUUAAUUUUAUUCUAUUUAUUUAUUUAGUUUGUUUGUUAGUCAAUUAAACAGAAUGUACCUGCGGCAUCAAUAUUAGAAAAGACGCAUUGUUCCAAACAACAUUUCCCACGUCAACUCAGUCGAAGAAAAGAGAAGAGAAUGUUUCCUUAACAUUAAGUUCUUUAUUUUCAAAGGGAAUAUUGUGUUUAGAUGGGAUAUCACAGACCUUGUCUGUGCCUUAAAGUUGUCAGUUUUAGAGCGAAUGUAAUUUUUCUUGCUUCAUUUUUCAAGGACAACAGAUGCUACUGAAGAUAUUUCUCAAGAGCAAGCAGUUCACUCAGAAGCAUCUUCGGUGCGAGGGGGCGAGGACGAGCUCGAGACUCAUGGUGGAGUCGAGAGGAACGAAAUCGUCGAAGAAACCAGUGAAGACUUGAUGGAGGGAUUGGUUCGUCUUGAUGGCGUGAUCGAGGAAGAAUCCGAAGCUAUCGCUUCCCAGGAACUGGAAACUGUCAAACAAGAACUAAUGAUAAAAGAAGAACAACUUCGCGAUCUACGGUUAAGAAGUGAUACGCUUCGUGAGAAGGAGCUCGAAAUCGAGAGCUUGUUGCAGGAAAACGAGAAGCUGAAACGGCGAGGUGAAGAUCUUGUUAAGCUUCAAAUUGAGAUUGAGAAUCUGCGGCGUGAAAACGAGGAGUUAAGGAUACAAGAGCGGACUAACAGCGAACUGAAUAAUAAAGUUGAUGUCCUUGCUGAGAAAGAGCGGGAGAUUGAAGAGCUUCGUUUGCAGAAUAAACAACUCCAGAGAAAGGCGCAAGAGAUUGAAGGAAAGUUUGAUUCUGAAAUUACUCUCCGGGAUCGCGAAAUCGAACGGCUUUACACUCGAAACAACGAACUUUACACUAAGGAGAAAGUUUUGGAGUCCUUACAAGAAAGAAGCAAUGCGCUUGAUUCACAAGAAAAAGAAUUGGAGAAAUUAAAGGCUGUAAAUGAAGAAUUUAAAACCAAGCAACUUGAGAUGGCUUCAGAGUUGAAAGAGGUUCAAGAAAAGAACGAAGACCUGUUAAUCGGAGUUGCUCAAGCCGAGAAGUUGAAGGAAAUUAAUCGAGAACUAUGUCAAAAGAUUGACGAAGGUGAAAUUCUAAGACAGGAAUUAGGCAAGAGCGAGGCAGAGAAGAAAGAGUUAAGAGAGAAAAUUGUCGUAUUUGAGCGCGAGGGAAGAGAAGCACAAACAGCUGGCGCGGAGGAAGCCGAAAGGCUAAGAAAGGAAAACCAUGCUUUGGCAACACAGUGCAAAGACGCGGAAGAAAUGAAAAAGAAUAUUAUAAAGUUGACAGCGCAGAUGCGAGAUAUGGAAACUCGUAGUCAAGAGCAAGCUGAUAAAUUUGAUAAAAAACUUGAAGAGUUCGAGUCCGAGAAAAAACAGUUGCUGGAGAGAAUAGCCGAACUGGAAGCUCGCGAAGAGAAUGAGACAAAAGCAGAAAACAGCGACAAGGAGAUGGAAGAUUUAAAACUCGAAAACAUCUUUCUUGUGGAAAGGACGAAAGAAAUCAAUGAAUUGAAGUCUGCUUUAGCCAAGAUGGCGGCAGAAGCGAAAGAGAAUGAGUCUUUUAAACAGAAAUAUAAAGAACUGAGAGAUGUGGAGAGUGUAAGUAACCAUGGUAACAGUCGGCCGGCAGCGGUCGAUGUUAGAAUGUUCGUUUAAUAAUCAUAACAAUCGGGCAUCUCCCUCGCAUAGCUUUGUUAAACGGAUAGUGCAGUCAACAACUCUGAGUGCUUCCUGAAAGGGGUUGCGCCGUCACGCCAUUUCUGUGCUAUCUUUGUAAAAAGUUAGAACUUUUCUCUCAGCAAUUGAGUUUGAAAAAUAAUGGUCCAACCCCGAUGACACUUUGCAUUGUGUUGAGUUGGAAACCCUAUCUCGGCCCACAAUGUUUAUUUCUCAAUUUCACGACCAAUCUCGAUUUCACGCGCACCUUUUGGCCCCGGCAGUGUUAUGUUUGUUUUGCAGACUUUUAUUUUUUUUACAAGAAUAACUGAAAGACCAUACUUGUACAUUAUUUCUACGCAGUAUUUGAGCAAGCAAGUGAACGCUGCCGAGACCAUUGCCCGUCAGAAGGACAAAAAGUUAAAAGAGGCUGAAAACAAGAUUAACACUUUGGUAAGCCAGUCAGCCUAAGCAAAACAGUUGCAUUUUUUUUUAUGUCUUGCAUAAAUCGAUUUUGUGUUUUGUGCAAUUAACUUAACUGACAUUUGACCAAAUUAUGCAUUUGAGCCACAAUGCAAACUAUUGGCUUUGAGUUUGCCCAAAUGGAGUUUGAAUUGUCAUCAUCAUCUUCAUCAUCAUUAUCGUCAUUAUCAUUUUUAUGCAUAGUUAUUCUGCUUUUGAAGAAAUGCUUCGCCGAAAAAACGUUGUUCUUCCCAUUUUCUUACAGACUGAAGCAGUGAAAGACAUGGAGGCUAAACUUGAGGAACAUGAGCAGAACAGAAUAUAUCUAAACCAGUUGCUGAGUAUGCUCAGAGACCGCGACCCCACCCUUUUGCACGUGAUCAACACCUCACUUGCGCAAAAGUACGUACUGGUUAUUAAAUUAGGUCACAUUGGCCCAUGGAAAAACAAGAAAGGGAUCUGUAGUUAUAUAUUUCCUUUUCCUAAAUUGUCGAAAAGCGGGCGAUACUGGACGAACCAAGAGCUCAUGGGGGUUAGCGAAAACAAUUGAUUCAGACUGUAAGUCUAAACGAUAAGACAAGCCGCGCGGCAGUAAAAAGGUUACAAUUUGGGCGAGCACGUUCGCAAGAGGGCACCUUUUUCCUCCUCGUUUGCUACAGUUUUACUUGAGCUCUGAGUUGAGGUAGAUAUGUGUGCUUUGUUUUUACAAUAAUCGCAGGGUUGAUUUGAAGUGAGGAUUCUAAAUUUGUUAGAGCGGAUAAGAAUCGGUGAGCCACUCUGCAGUGCUGAUAUUUGAAAUAAAUAAUAAGUAAUUAAAUCCUUUUUCCUUUUUUUGCAGUGAGCCGGAGGAAUGGUGCUGAAUAUUGACGUGGCUUUUCGUCGCGAGCCCUCAGACUUAAUCCAAGUUGUACUUUAGUGAUAAAAGGCUGAAGACAGCACAGCUAAUAGAUCUGUAGUGAAAAUCCAAACUAAUGAAGCAGAGAAACCGGUCUACUUGGACCGCAGGUAGUGUGAAUAAAGGCGCCUCGCAUUUUGUGUUAAUCAAGUCAUGUGGUCUGGUAAUUCAGCGAGUGAGCGGCCCAAUUUAUCAUCUUCUAACACGGCUGCGACGCGGUGACACCACGUUUACAGCACGACAUCCUUCGUUCUAUACAUCGUAACGCUAUCAAAGACUGUUGCAGAACUCAUAAACGUUUUUUGUACUUGAAAUAUCUGUGAAUGAUAACAUAAGUUUACAUUGUUGAAGAAGUUGCGAAACGAAAGGCUCAGCAAUUCAGCGAAGCAACUCAAGCAACAUGCAUGCAAGGCUUGCUUGGCAUAAAACUCGACAUUGAUGGUGCGAUAUUGGAAAGUCAGCUGAUUCCUUUUUUUGACUCAUAAAACUGACCGUAACAUAAGCAUUCUGGGAAGUACAAAGAAACAAAGUUGACGCGUGAGUAGAAAUAUCGCUUGAAUGUAACUCACACUUUCUUAUUUGGAUAUAUUUUGUUCUGAGUCAGUUAAAACGUAGGCCGUCACUUUUGGUAGAAAUCGGCCGGAAACAGGUUUGUUCAGUAUUUCGGCAGGGCUCAUAGAACUCCAAGGGUUUAAUAAUACUAUUAACCUUAUUAGUUAAUGAUAAAUUGAAGUGAACGUAUACUGAACAUAUCCUAAAAUCAUGUUUAGUUAUAGCGUAGAAAAGGACAUUUAUUUAUUACCAGUAGCAGCGAACUUAAAAUUUAAUUCAAGAGUAAAAUUUCAAAUAUUGCCUCAGAAGAGAUAUUGUUUAUAAAUACCAAAUUUAUGUCAUUUACAAAAGAAGGGUAUUCAAUACUAUUCAAAUCAGUAAUGUAUUACAAACAAACACAUUUAUGAGUCACCAUUAUUCUUAAGGAGUAUAACUCUGCUUUUUUGCUAAAACCCAAGCACCUUUAAAAACAGUCUUACUACAGGUGUAAGGUUUAGGAGACAGCAAGGAAUGGGAGCUUAAAAGGACUACCCUGCAAACAGAGUCUCCUUCGAUAUCUAGGAAAGAUCGAAGCGACGCUGCUAGCAGGGUAAAAGAGACAGGUUCAUGGUUCAGUUCAUGCUCAUUAAUCCAAAUGCUGUUUUUCUGCCGGGACAUGCUGUAUCGUCUAUGCAAGCAGUAUGAUCAUGUCAAAAUGUUGUCAAAGGACCAAUCUGCACACUCCCCUGGCAGUCACUUGCACUUGAUCAACUUAAAUAUUUGCAAAUAGCUGUAAAUUAAUCAACCAUGGAAUAAAACCUUCGGGUCAACAAGAAAUUCAACGUUGUUAGUGUUGGCAUAAUCCACCAAUUUUUUCUGCGAUCUUAGUACUCCUCCAUCCUACUUCAGGUUACUCUGAAAUACAAUUCUACUUUGAAAUACACUCUGAGAUCGCUGAGAUACUUGCAUUGUGAGUGAGAUUAUUAACCGAUAGAAUUAAUAAUAAAUUGGAAAGAAGUCAUGUAAUUAAUGAGCAUGCGCUUAACCGUGAACCUGUAAUCCCUUUACCGCGGGCCAUUACUUAGCGAGAUUACAGACCGGUAACUGCGAUUCAGGUUUUUAGAGGUUACUCUUGUCACAAAUUCCCGCCCAAGAUUACCAGGGAACAGACCAGUGAAAUAGUUUUUAUGGUGUUAAGGUCAGGGAAAAGCAAUCAUUAUUUUUUUCGGCUCUAAAGAUUGUCAACCUUGCAAGAGCGGGAACGGAAAGCCUGUGGCACAAGGUUUGGACAGCCCAAAACUACGCAGAAUUUUUUCCACUCUUGACAAGGGCUGUUCAAACCUUGCCUUCAGGCUUUUUUCGGGGCUGAAGAAGGGUUAUGGCGUGUUCAUUAUUCCAUUAUACGAAUUCGAAGAUUUCCGAUAUUCUUUUCCACUAUUCUUCUUCCCCUGAUUUUCUUAUCACCAGGCUCUUAGAUGCAGUUAUAUCCUGGUUUACUAAUAUAAGGCUUCUGAGUGAAGUAUUCUAUACGCCUCAAAUAGUAAUACGGUGCAUCGAGCAGCUAGUCAAAGCACAGAAUAGUCUCAUAGCUUGCUUAGAAAAUUCAUGUGAGUAAUUUGAAAACGUUUUUCAUAGAGGAAACCGACCAGGUGGAGUAUUUUUCUUGUUAAUAUAGAAAUUUAGUAGUAUAACGAGAUAUCUCAA